GACUUACCGUGCAGUUCUGGUUUUGCAAAGAAUACUGGUUGGCGAUAUCAGGGGAUUCUAAGAAUAAAACCAAGGUAUUUGCUUGGGACCGGAUUCCACUGCACCCUUAAGUAUUUCCCGGAUCGAAUUAGCCAUCGCCAGUAAGUAUGGCGGCCAUUUGUUUCAAAAUAGAUUUUUUCAUUGGCUAUAAAUUUUUAAUCUUUUUCUGUUCUGAAUCAUGUAUAUAAGCGCUUAAAAUCAGAAAGGACUCCUUGAUCCUUCCAUUAUUGCUUUUUCGUCGUCAUUAUUAGGAACACUUUCUUAGUAGUUUACUAUGAACUCCAGUCAAUCAGUUGUGCGGAUCGGAUUUACCAACCAGUUAUCGAUCAAUUGAAAUAUUACUAUAUUGUGGUAAUUUUCUACCAAAUACACGUAAAAUCGAUCAGCCAACAUAUCAUCAAUCGGUAAUCUGUCGUGUAAAAUCGAUCAUAUAUCCGUAAUCAGCCAUGAUAAGCUGUCUCAAAUUUCGAUCAGUUUUGCUGAUAAACGAUGAGUUUAUUAUCAAUCAGUUGUCAGGUACUAUACUAUUGAUAGAUUGAUCAGCGUAAACUCGGCUUGUGCAAUCUACCAGUUGUUCGUAUUUUCAUCCGGUUGUGCUUAAAAUGGAUCAGUCGAAUGAUCGAUCAUUUGUAGGUAUUUCCAUUCAGUUGUGACUUCAGUCGAUCAGUUGUUAUAUGAUCCAUCAGUAGUGCGUAUUUUCAUUCAGUUGUGAAUGAAAAUACGCACUACUGAUGGAUCAUAUAACAACUGAUCGAUUAUAGUCACAAAUGAAUGAAAGUACGCACUACUGAUCGAUCAUGUAACAACUGAUCGAUUUUAGUCACAACUGAAUGAAAAUACUCACUACUGAUCGAUCAUAUAACAACUGAUCGAUUUUAGUCACAACUGAAUGACAAUACACACUACUCAUCGCUCAUAUAACAACUGAUCGAUUGUAGUCACAACUGAAUGAAAAUACGCACCACUGAUCUAUCAUAUAACAACUGAUCGAUUUUAGUCACAACUGAAUGAAAAUAUGCAGAACUGAUCGAUCAUUCAACUGAUCCAUUUUAGGCUUAACUGAAUGAAAAUACGCACAAUGGUAGAUUAUACAAGCCGAGUUUACUCUGAUCUACAAUGAACUGAUCGAUUAUCAGCAAAACCGAUCAAAAUUUGAGACAGCUUCUCAUGGUUGAUUACGGACAACUGAUCGAUCGUACAGACAUAUGAUCGAAUUCACACGACAGAUUACCGAUUGAUGAUAUGCUGGCUGAUCGAUUUUACGUGUCUGGUAGAAAAUUAGCACAAUAUAAUAAUAUUUUAAUUGAUCAAUAACUGGUCGGUAAAUCCGAUCCGCAAAACUGAUUAAGAAUUUGUAACCAAUAAAAAAAGUAAUUUUGAAACAAAUGGCGCGCCAUAAGUAAGGAAUGCUCAAACGCAUUGACUCUGACUGUUCACUGUUGAUGAUGGCGCAGUUAUUCCUGUCUAAUCGAACGCUUUGGACACUAAGUCUUCGCUUUGUUUUAAGAGAAGUGGAACAUCACUUUCCGUAGAAAACGCAAAUUAGUUACAUUUUUGCGAAAAUUUCGAAGAGAAUAGAGACGUAAAAUUAACAAGGUUCUGGUUCAACUUCGAUCAAGAUUGGUCAAAAUUUUGACAGGUGAAUAUUGGUGGAUAAAAACGCAGAAGCUAGAAAUUUGUUUGUCAAAAACUGAAGCCUUUUGUCAUUUGCAUUUUGAACUCUUCAUGUUUUUCCACUGCCGCCAUUGACAGAAAUACAACUGCCAACAAGAUUGAAGAUAGGUCACACCGCUGAUAGACGGGCCGCGAGAUUUUUUUUGUCAGACAAUCGUCCGUGGCAAAAUGGACCUCUUCUGGAAGGCUGAGCAACUCGAGGAUGAAGACUACAUGCCUUAUAUUUUCGAUGAUAUCAAGCAUUUUUCCCGGCGUUGCAGUCCACCGAAUAAGCACUAUACUACGACUACCAACAGAAAUGGGUGAUCGAUCUGAGUUUUUGGUUAUUGUCGUUAUAGACCUUUUAUAUGUUAUUCCUGGGGUUAUUUUACCCACUGAAAAAAAAACAAGCCUGAAGGCGUUGCCUAGUGCGGUAGACCCCUUGCACGACAUUUUAAUCCCUCUUGUUAAAACGCCCUUUGUUCAAUUAUUUUCUUUCAAGCUGGUAAAUUAUGCUGUGGGGCAUUCUUAAAUUUGACUGAGCAAGUACUUACUUUUUUUUUUUUCCAGUCUUCUCACAUUGAGAGGUCAUGAAGCUGGGUUUCACGCAUAUUGAUUUCCUGUGGUAUUUCUUUGACCUCUGAUGCAGAGUUUUAGCAUUUUCUUUGACCUCUUUUAAAGCGUUAUGGCUUUUUUUGCGGCUUAAUAACAUUUAUAUAAAGGUUUUAGUUUCUUUAGAUUUCUUCGAAAUGUCUGGAUCGGAAUAACUACAUGAUCUUUUUGUCCGUGUAUGUGAUAAAAUCUAAAUGUCACGCUGGGCCCACCGGCACAGUGAAUCUUCACAUGCCUUCGCCACGACCGAAAUCCUCGCUAAAGGAUAUCAAAAUUAUACUCCUCUUUCCGCAAACAGUUCAUCCCUACCGGUAAAAAAUAUGUUUUUAUAUGAUUAGAUUUUUGUGUUCACAAAGAUCACUUUCCCAAACUGAACCAUGAUAUCCUUCCCUGGCUACCGAGGCCAGGGUGAAACAACUCCGCGUGGACAGUACGGAUAGAAGCUCCGGAGAUCGGCCCGCUCUAUCGCUAUUUAGCCCAUGCAGACAGAUAUUAACGACACGUUUCUCUUUUCCUGCAAACGGCUCAUCCCAGCGAGUAAUGAAAGGGUUCAUAACUUCCUUUCAUAUCUGAAUUUUUUUCAUCGCGACUAUGCUUGACUAUACUCUUGACUCUUGUAUUGACUGUCAUGAAAACAAGCCUGGGGUCAUGCGACUCCAAAUUUGCUCCGUGAUUGGGUAAUUAGUGGUUGUGGUUCGCGGAUCAAAACAUUUCUAAAAGUGGAAAAGCUCUGGACUGUUUUAGUGACCAGCUAGAGAAAAAACAUGAGUUUAAUAUGACCAAAUGGCAGAUGCCGAGUUAAAUUUGUAACAGUGUUCAUUUCUCUGGGAAUUUCAUAUUUUGCUGAUUUUUUUCUCUUCCAAACCAUUCUUUUAUACUCAGAUUAAGUUUUCUAUUAAAAAUGCCUCGAUUUAUAAGAGUCUUAAGUAAAACAGAAUACAUUUAAAUAAUUCAAAAUGGCGGAUCCAAGAUGGCGGAUGCUUCCAGUUUCUUUUAUGGUAAUUAAUGAUGUUAUCGUGACAUCACUGCUAUAGUUAAAGAUCAUUUAUGUGUUCGCCAAGCUCGUUGAUUUUAUCAGAGACCUUACUAUUUAAGUAUUUUUCCCUUUAUGUCUACUUUGAGGAAAAUUUGGAUUCUGCGAAUAAAUUCAACAACAUGACGUCAUAAUUAUUACGUCAUUGUGUCAAUCACGUUACGCCAGAAGUUGGAAAUGAUGAGUACAUUAUUGUGUGUAAUUUAGUGGCCGUAGGAUGAGCGGUUUUGAAGUUAUGGAGGGGGGGCUCCGAGGCCAACCCCGGUCGCAGGAGGCAAAAAAAGGCGCGGCUGAAUAGGGUUAAAUUUUUUUUUCGUUUUCGCUAAUAGUUUUAUAUUGUGACGGAAAAGCCCUUUUCAGGAAGCCUCAAUAAAGUUUGUAUGGUGUUGUACUGAAUUUGAAUGGAAAUAAAUUUCUCAAUUCCAAAACACAGAAUAAUAAUAAGGGAAACUUUAUUUGUGUUUUGGAAUGUACAAUUGGAAAUCUCGCUACGUAUAGGCAAUUUACAAAUUCUGCUUGGGAUUGGAUUAUUAAAAAGAAAGAAAGAAAGAAAAAAGAAAAGAAAUGAAAAGAAAAGAAAAGAAAUCAAAAUUGUGUUAAGUCUGGGUUAUCCGAAUUCUUAUUUCUACAACAAAAGAUGUAAUAUGUUGCUCUAAUGGCUAUAUUUAUCAUUUUCUUGAUUAUAUAAAGUUGCUGCUUUUUUUCAAUGCCAAUGUCAUUCAUCAUGUCUAAGAACGUGGAGCAUUCAUCGGAGAAAACGGCAAGGGAGCUCAUGGAGAGAUUUACAAAUCUCACACCUCUGUAAUAAUAAUAAUAAUAAUAAUAAUAAAUGAACGUCCUUAACUCAGUGAAAGUGGUAAACUAUGCUUUUUCUUUACAUUUUAGAAUCAUGGAUGUUCCAGCUUGGGCCUUCUCCAAUCUGUGCCUUAUUGGUCGCACAUACGACUCAAAAAACAAUAGAGCAGGCAUCGAUAUUUUCCCGCAAGAAAUAAAAACCAGAACUGAAAAUGUUAAUCGAUUUUCCUUCCAAUACAAAUUCAUUGAAUCAAAGGAGGAUGUGAGGGAUUUGUUGAACAUUUCGGGGGCUAUUUCUCUAAAAAUCAAGGCCAAUAUCUUCAAAGUGGAAGGAGCAGGAAAAUACAUUAACAACAACAACAAGGAUGAAGGCGUUUCUGAAAUCCUCGCUGUCGUGAAAUGUACUACGGUAAGAUACCUGAACGGACUGAGCUGUGUCACGCAUUUUUGUCAAGUUGAGAUAAAUAUUAGAUAACCGCGCAAAACAAUGAAGAAGAGAUUAAUUAACACAACAAAUACCAAAAUAAGCACAGAUAGAUCGACAAAACUAAAGAAGGCAGAGGCAUUCUAAUCGGGUUUUGAAAGCAAGCCUGUUAGUUUUGAAACUUAGUUGUCUGUGUUGGUUGCCCUGAACUUCGAGUUCUUAACGCUCGGGAAAUACAUUUUAUGUCAUGAAGCUGCGCGUUGAUCCUUGAGAAUUAAUUUCUUCGCACGCGUUUGGCAAAACUAAGUAAAAUCGAUAAACUGCGGUAACCCAUUGCCUUUAAUUAAGACCCUGAGGGUUUGAAGAACCUCAAACGAAUAUCAUUUCCAUUAUUGGAAAUGGUCAAAGAAAGCUUCCUUCAUACUUUGGUUGUAGUUAAGCAGGGGGCGGGAAGGUGACUCUAUUGUUUUCCUCCUACCUUUCUUGACCACUCCGUCUGCCAGUGUGACGUCACAUAGUAACGAGUAAGAGCCUCGGGUCACUUAUGCAAAUUAGCAAGGGAUACCACAGUUAUUAGGUCGAGCGAGGUCGACGAAAAGCUAAGAAGCUAGCAAAUAUCGCUAUAUAUUGCUAAUUUGAUAGAAGGUGUGUGAGCGUUGGUGUAAACCGUUUGCUGGUGUAAACCGUUUUGAUAUUUUGUGUCCGUAAUUGUAUAAUUUUGUUAACUUGUUUUGCGGGCCGUGUUGCGGGAUCGCCAUCGUGUUUCUCACGGGAGCGGCAAGGUCACCAAAACUUAAAUCCGAUUUUUCUCUAAAAUAGGCAAGUUUUAGUCUUUUAUCUAUUCUUUCGCUAAUAACACCGGCCUAAUUUCAUUCGAGCAUGGGCCUCUGCUGAUCUCCUAAUUCUCCACCAAAUUCAGUAAAGCUAGUUCGAUCGACUGUCUACAUCGAUCGGCCCGUUGAACAGGAAAUAAUGCGAAAUAGCUUGGAAAUACGCGCUUACCUUUGGGACCGGCACUAAGUGUCCGUCUUAGAGAGACGUCCGUCUUAUAAAGAGUCAAAUAAAGGGAAUAAACAAACGCAGGGACCAACUAAAGGUGUCCGUUUUACAGACGUGUCCGUCUUAUAGAGGUGUCCGUUAAGAGAGAGUCGACUGUAUUUGAAUUCACGAUAAAUACAGCUCCACCAGCUUCAAACAGCUAAUAUGGCAGAGAAAAAUGGUUUUGAUACAACAAAAUUGAUGUUUCAAAUCAUGUGUGUCACUGUGGCGCAGUGGUCAAGAAGUUGCUUAAUUGCACGUGCAGAUAUACCGGAUUCGACUCCCGGCAACGCUGUUUUCUGUUUCUUAGUACCGUUUUUUUUCUUUUUUUUUUCUGUUUAAUCCUUGUUUUUAAACACUAUUUUUCCUUUUGGCCUCUUUUCCUUUAUUCUUACUGCUGACCCUGCUGAUCAUGCACUUGGAUCAAUAUAUAUUUUAAGCUUAAGUCCGGAUUUUUCUUUUGGAAAAGGGAAUUCAAGAGCUCUUGAUCUGCAUACUGGCUAAGCUUAAGGGCAGAAAAAAAAAUAAGCUGUCAAGACAUGUCCCUCCUCUGAAAGAGCUGAAUUUUUUUCAAUGAUAGUUGACAUGAUGACAAACAACACACAGUACACCACAAUCUGUACUAAUUUACACCCAACACCCACCAGUGACCCAUUGGCGAAAUUGAAACUUGCCUUUAAUAUUGGUCUUAACCAUCAAUAUUAUUACCCUAAAAUCUCCACUGGGUUUACCCAAAAACAAAAUAAUUAAACGAAACCUUUUAUUGGCUUUCGGGAGUUUAUUACAGAGAAUUACAGGUGUAUUCCCAGUACAGUAUUCAAAAGCGGUAAAGCAACAAGAUUCAGUGUUCACAGUCUCUCACAAAUACCUGUCAUUUAGCUUCCUCUUUCAACGCUACAGCUAAAAAAAUUUGAAAGGAUUCAUAUGAGGUUCCACUAGCUCUAAAGAGCUGAAAAUACGCACAAUGUAAAGUAUAACACAUCCUUUGAUGAACCUCCCAUUGCUGUGUCUAAAUUCCUCAAUCUUGCUGUGGAUUGGCCCUCAAUAGUGUUACAAAAUCCAACACUGUUUUGAAUGUAUUUUUAAGCUAUUUUUGAAAACUGUUUGUAACCUGUUUUGUGAAAUAGGUUUUAAAUAGGGUGAAAAGUGUAUUUUUAAUGUAUUUUUCGACUGCUUUUAGAGGUGUUUUAACCUGUUUAAAACGCUAUUAAAAAAGAAUUUUUAAAGUAUUUUUAAAUUCGUUUAAAAUAUAUAAAAAAUUCCAGGGCUUUUGCAAGGCUCAAAACAGGUCUAAAACAGUUUUUAAAUACCUUAUAAAUCGGAAUAAAAACAGGAUAAAAACAGUUUCAGAAACAUAUUUUAAUUUGCUAUACUAUUUUAAAACUAUUUUUAAUAGCAAUUUUAAACGUAUUUUGAAAAAAAACAGGUUUAAAAUAGGUUUUAAAGGUGGUUUACCCUGUUUAAAACGCUAUUAAAAUGUUAUGCUUCAAAAUAUAUUUUAAUAGGUGUUUAAUCGGUUUCGAAAUUUAGUAAAAUACUCGUAUUUGCAAAUGCAAUAAAAAUACUUUGAAAAUAGUAUUAAAAUGCCACAGAAGAAGAAAAGCAAUAGCACGCAUAUAUUGUCAAAAUACAUCAAAAAUAGGAUGCAAAAAUGCAAAAACAGUAUAAAAUUGUAGGAAAAUAGCCUUAGAGUUGUCUGAAAACAGUACAAAAAUCGGUCGAAAGAGCAUAAAAACAGUACAAAAAUUAAAUUCAUGAAAGAAAAUGAAUACAAAACCGUCGAAAAUUACCCUGAAAAAGCAAGAUUUACCUCUGCGAAAUUUCUCCACACGGUCCUACGCUAGGAUUUCACGAGAAUUAUCUCUUAGCCGAUUACUUUACGUUGAUUUCCCUACGAAUUCUCGGGAAAUUCGUAUGGAAUUUUUCAGAAAUGCUGGAAUCAAUCUUUAGCCUGUGUACAGAUCCCCUCCCCUCAAAUAAAAAUCGGAGGGGAGGGGGGGUCUGUACACAGGCUAUUUAAUCUUACGCUUCAAAAGGGUAUCGCGUUACUGACGUUACCGGUAAAUAAUAAUCUACAUACAUGUAACUUACAUUGUUUAUUAUAUUCACGGCUUUACUCAAAUAUUAUCAGAAGCUUGCAGGCUACGCCUGAACAUUAAUUAUUGGCUGAUAAAGAACAACAUAAGAAUAACACCAUCCAAUUUACGCGGGCAUGAAAGAGGUCGGUGAAAGAGGUCGUGACAUCAAGUGACUGAGAACAGCGAGGCUGAACAUGGAACCCUGUAAGAACUGAAAUUGCCGUACAGGCGGGAGUAUAUAAAUUAAAUGUUUACUACUCUUCAUUUGUUUCUCAUACGGCGUAUACCUAAGCGUGUUAGUAACAUGUUAUGCAUUUAAAGGGAACAAAUUGUAUGUAAUAUACUCACAGAAGAGAAGACUCUUGGAUUAACUACUACACAAGACAGCACAAGACCGAGUGCUUCGAAGAGAACCUGAACCAGAACCUUUCAAAGUACAUAGCAGUCGCUGAGGAAUCAUACCCAUUUUUGAUUCGUGAUAAAUGCAACAUCUACGUGUUCAGACAAUCCGCAGAGUUGAAAUGUACUUUUGUAAGAUCGUAACAAACAAUAAAAUCAAGCGCACCCGUAAUCACAGCAACCGCCGGUUCAAUAAUUUGAAAUGAGCAAAGGAUAAAGGACGGUUGUUUAUCACGUGCAUUUGUCACAUCACUGCGGCGCGAAGUCGUGAUUUCAGUCGCGCGUGACAUCUUAGAAAUAAAAUGCCAUGUAUGUGCGGAAUAAUCUAUGAGAGAAAGAUAACCAUAUGUCGGAGUUUAUUCAGAUCUGAGCUUUGUUUCUUGAUGCAAUAUAUACAAGGUGAGAUCUUAGCUUGGAUAAUUUACUUAUUAUGUAAUUUCAAGGGCUUAUUUUAGAUAAACCUCUGUUGACCGCGUGCAUCCGGUACUCGGCCGCGGCUUCCGCUGUUUGUGAAAAAUUUCUAUAUGAAAUUAAAAUGCGAUUUUAAGAAGUUUCUUUUAAAAAACUUAUGGAAUGUCCCGUAACUGCAUUAAUUGAAUCACGGCUAAAAUCUACGCGAAGAUUUUCGCAGAGAGCUUGCAGGUAAUGAACACUGAGGAACGGAUUGAUCUUUUAUCGGCACACUGUCACAGUUACGUGUUGUCAGUCAAAGCUAAACUCUAUACCUAAUUUUCCUCUCUUUUUAAAAUUUAAUUUCGAUUUAAUUUUUCGCUCAGCCUCGAACUUUGUUGAGAGGAAAAUCCGGUCCACAAUAUAGCUUGUUUUGAGUCAUUUAUGAGGCUUAAGAAUUAACUUUGUUCAAUUGUUACUUUUAUUCUUGGGUUGUACGUGACGUCACCAAAAAUCAAACUAAGAAAUUAUCGAUUCUUCUGAGUUUCUACUUUUCACGAGGUAUUACAGUACCUAAAUACCUUUACAGAAACAAAUUUUUGGUUCGAAAGCGUUCUUCGUUUUGCGAGAGAGGACGCUUUAAUUUCCAGGCUUUGCGUGACGCGGCAUUUAGCUGGCGGCCGGGAAAGCUCUUAUGUGGGUUAAAAACAUUACCGAUUUUGGGAGAUUUUGCAAUCUAAACAUUCCUUGUCUCAGAAUAAAUAUUACUGUAAUCUUUAUGAGUUCCUCAAGCGACGAAUUCACCCAGUAGUAGGAAAACUCGAAAACAGAUGUUUCUGUUGGUAUCCGGCGGCCAUAUUGGUGUUCCUGAAUGGGACACCAACAUGGCGUUUCCAUACAAAGCUUUAUAAAUUUAGGUAAACAGUUUUUCCCAAUAUGUCGCAUUUGAAAUAUUUCACAGACCUGAUUCUUGGCAAGGAUUUUUGUAACUUUAUCUUUUUUCAUUUCCCAGAUUCUAGUCCUUCUGUAUUGAAUGGUUUGCAUUUUUAUUUUUCAUUGCGUGACAGUGCAAGCCGAGAAUAGUCUAAGUAUAAGUAUCCCAAAACACAUUACAAUAUUGCACCCCAGUAAUAAUAAGUUAUAAGUACCCUACUUUAAAGUAUUUAAAAUAAGGUCAGCAUUUGAUGUCUUUAAGCAGACUUCAAAUAGUUUAUGUAUAAUCUGUUUUUAUAGUCAGAGUGUUGUGUGCCCAAAAUACAAUUCAAAUAGACCUCAAAACAGUGUUUAAGUACCCUAUUUAAAAGUAUUUAAAAUGCAGUCAGUACUUAAGGUUUUAAAACAUAUUUCAAAUAGUCUAUUUGAACUAUGUUUGUAACUUUGUGAGUGGAUGCGUCUCAAAAUACAUUUUAGAUACAACUCAAAACAGUGUUAAAGUACCUUAUUUAAGAGGAUUUAAAAUACGGUCAGCAUUUAGGCUCUUAAAACAUAUUUCAAAUAGUCUAUUUGAACUAUGUUUGUAACUUUGUGAGUGGAUGCGUUUUAAAAUACAUUUUAGAUACAACUUAAAACAGAGUUAAAGUACCCUAUUUAAAAGUAUUUAAAUUACAGUCAGCAUAAAAGCCCUUAAAACAUAUUUCAAAUAGUCUAUUUGAACUCUGUUUGAAACAGACUUAUUCUAUGCCCAAAAUACAUUUUAAAUACCCUAUUUUAUUCAUAUUUAUUAAACAAAAUACGUUGUAAAUUGAUGAGAGACCUUUUCCUUUAAAUGAAAUAUAAUUUAACUACACUCAAGAUAUAUUUCAAACAGGGGCGAAAAUUUAAAUUUUUUUGUCAAAUAGGAUUAAAAUACAGGAAAAUAGUGUCCAAAUCGAUGAACACUUUGCUCGCCAUUUUGAAAGUCACUGGCGCGAUACGUGACGUCGUACUCGCAGGCGGACUGACCCACCGAUUUCCCUGGAGACACCUUUCCCCGUGUAGUUAGGUUUUGAGAUGAAACUACACACGGUGGCAUUUGUUGGACUUGUAACACAAACCCGCUCUGAGAAUCAGAGACACGGGACAUUAUUUACCUUGAAAAACUGAAAGUUUGUUACUUAAUCAUUUCAAAGAGCAGACAAGCAGUUAAAUAUCUGCUUACAUCGUACCAGAAUAUUAUCCGUCUUCGUAAUGAAAAUGUUAUCAGUUUAUACGGACGCUCCCCUUCAAGACUCUGUUCAUUGUCAUUUACAAGGGGGGUAAAGUUUUUUUGAUAAGGCUAUAAAAUAGACAUUUUUAUUUGGGCAGUGCCCCGAUAAAGUUUUCUGUAUUGCCAGAUUGGCUUCUAAUUGGCAACAAGCCUGUGGGCUAGAUUGGGCAUGCAAAGCCAGGCCUAGCCUAGGAACACAUUGUCGCUUCCCGCUGCCUAUAAACUGGAAAUCUGGGUUCGCAGGUCAGAGCGGGACGCUCGAUCAGGCAUGUGGUUUCUUAACGGUACUGAUGCGAAAAGUACUUCUUUAUAUAAAGGGUUUAGAUCGUAAAUUAAGUCAGGAAAUUAAAGCGGGCAUAACUUUGUCAGAGGGUGUGACACUGCGGCAAACAAUGAGACGAAGUUUGAGGAAGUGAUCAAGGGAAAAUUUUCAAUAUGGAGGAAGCUUAUGGUAUUUUUUACCUAGAAACCUAGAAAACGGAAGAUUUUUUCAGAAAUGAAAAGAUAAAUCUCUCAAAAAUAAUUGGAGUUGACGGGUUUGGCUAUAGCCGAGAGUUUCGGAGAGAUUUUUUUUUUUUGGCUAUCAGAUCAUGUGUCGAGAGGCGAAGGAGAUGCCACGUAAAAUUUUUUCGUGAUCAACUUUAAACCGAUGCAUGAGAUGACCUCAUAUAAAGUAUUUAGGCAGUUUGGUAAUUUUGCAAGAUUGCAGAAUGCCUCUCCACCUACAUUUAACCUCAAAAAGCUGCCACCGUUAAGUUCCGCAAUAGUCUAAAAUUUAACUGCAUAUUUUAAUAAACGUGCAACCUCGUUCUUUAACCCUAUUCAGACUGGGCUUUUUUGGUCAAUCUGUGACUGGGGGGGGGGGGCUCCUCGGACCCCCCCUCUGUAUCUCUGGAACCAAUAAUGCUAGGGUCAUGAAAUUUACACACAAUGAUCAUCUCCGUACAAAGAAGCCCCACACCCAGUUUUGACUUGCCACGCCCAAUGAUGACGUCACAGUGACGUCAUAUUCCGAUUUUCAAUGUUUCUUAUUAUUUUUCCACUUACAUACGUAAAAUAUCAAUAAUAUUGGUAAAGUGAUCUCUUUGUUAUCCUUUCUUAUGAACUAGUAACAAGGAAACACUUGUACAGCGAGAAAACGCAAUAGGAAGCAAUAAAAUUUAAAAUUUGAAAUGGUUGUCCUCCAUCUUGGAUCCGCCAUCUUGGAUUUCCGUUUUUUUGUUAAAAUUAUAAUUUAAAGCAACUUUCAAAGGGGAAAAAACUCAGAAUGUAUAAAAGAAGUAUCAAACUAAUGUUUAUUACCCAAACAAAUGACUUUGGAAGUGUUAUUUGGAAAAUAGAGCAGCAUAUUUGUCAAAGCAAAAAAGUGACAAAUUUUACCCCACCCCUUCCCCCAAAAUAUUCGAUGUUGAAACAUUUUGAUGUAAUUCAAAAACUAGUCCCAAGCAAAGACCAUUUUAACAACAAAAAGCACUAUAAGUGUAAAAACUUGAUCUUAAAACAAAAAAAUCACCAUUUUUUAAAUUUUCCAAAACCUAUGUGUCAGAAACUGGUUGCCAUGGCAACAUGAUUAAUCACAUGGACAUGGUAAUUAUACCAAAAUGUUCCUAGAUAAAUUUUAGGAAAAGUCAGAAAAUUUGAACGUCAUAGCUCUUUCGGUGUAGGAGUUAUCACGAUUUUUCCGGAGGGGGGUUUCGAAAAGCCCCCCCCCCCAGUCUGAAUAGGGUUAAGUAAUGAAACGAAACAAUUACUGAUAACUCUAUAUAUACACAUAUGUAAUAUACCUCGUUCUUUAAUCCACAAAUCCCAACUCAGGUAGUUUAUUAUUCUGCGGAUUGCGGUGGCAAACCAGUCCAUUAUAAAACUGCUUGUUUUUUAAUAUGUUAAUUCAACAACUACCGCACCGCUUCUAAGUUGCCGAGUAUUCUGUAAUUCCCCUGGCAAUUUUUGCUGGCGAGCAUUAUGCGAGGCAGCACACUACUCUCUAAUAUAUAGAUUUAGCCAUGGCUAAAAGCGAAGCUUCCAUUGAAAAGUUAAGUGAUUUUGGAGUGAAACAAAUCUUGUAUCGAGUUGAUAUAGCCUUAUAUGUACACCCAAAAAGGUGCACGGUCAAAUUUAAGAGCAAUAAUGGCUCUUGAUCACAGUAGAUAAGGCGUGGAAAACAAAUCAGGCCGAAUUUUUUGCGAUCGACAAGUUUACAAAUUCUUGCCAAUAAAUCUGGGUGCGUGCAAGCCAAUGUUUUAUUUUUUUUUAAUACACCACAUCUGAGGAGAAAGAGUACUAUGUGGCGCUGUUUUUAUCAUAAAGACCUCGUAAAAAAUGCAGUAUUUCACAGUUUUUCAAAACAAAUUGCAUUCACUCAAUAUUCAGGACCAUCGAAGCACGCGUGGACUUUUAAUUAGCGAAACCGUUCAAAAAAUUUCCAAAAUCACCUAUACGGCCAGCCGGUUCUAACUUUUGACAAGCGCUAAAUUUGCGAAGAAAUUUUAAAAGAGUUACGCUUCAACGUGAUAAAGAAUUUAUUGAGUCUAUUUUUUAUUCAUGGUCUUAUAACGAUGUGUAAUCUUAAAAAGCGUUUGAUACGCUCGGCAUUUUGAGUACUCCUGCAAGUGAUGUUUAUGAACGCCUGAAAACAAAUGGCAAAGCGAUUAAAAUUACACUUUUGAGACUACCAACAAUCAAUAAAGAAAUAUAAUUCGGUAGAACAUUUACAGAGACAACAAUUUUCAUUCACGAAAACAAAUGAGUAUUUAAGUGUCUCUAAGAAUCCUCAAGUCUUUACUAGUAAGCUUUAAGAUUAAGUUUAUGUUUUAAGCCGCCGGUUUCCCGGACCUGUUUGCUGUUUUCAAAGAUGAACUCAGGACAAGAAAAUCGCUCAAAGCUUUCUUUCUACAGCCAAAAUUAUAACUAAAUAUUCUUCGGAAAGUCUCUUCUUUCUAUUUACGGUGAGUUAAUAUCGACUAAAGGCCUUUUAAAGUUCUGUAAGCUUGAGCUUAUAUCAAACCUCAUACUACUGUAGGUCAGGUCAGUGUCUCAGUCAAAUCUUAAAACAAACGUGCAUAAACUAGCUUCAUAAACUGCGCUGCUCGACUUCAUGAAAUUAGAUAUAAAUACAAUAAUUAGUCAGGCUUACCAUAUUUCGAGAUGCAGCUCCUGAAAGCUAUCAAGUAAGGCAAGGAUCGCUUGAGCCUUUAUAAUUCUCGCACGCAUCCAGCAAGGUGAAAAACAAAAACGAUGCCAUCCGAAAUCGGAUUAUCGGCUUUGACAAGCGACGCAUUUCUCGACCAAAAACCCAAUAAACAAACCAGCCAUGAAUAAGAGAACACUCUUGAUAGCAGCUGUAUUUCAUUUUGUACAUCCAGUGGAAAAAGACAGUUAAGAACAUCAUAAGUUGACUCAAACCUCUGUCAGAUUCAGCUGUCAAAGUAAACAACUUUCAAGAUGCUGCAUAAAUUUUACGCAUGAACUCACCAGUCAAAUUUUAACCAAUCAGAGCAUAAAAAUUGCACGUGGAGCGUGACCAACACGUGACCAUGGUAAGAAAAGGUCUUCCCGGCCUGUAUUUUAAAAAAAACUGGCUGAAUGUUUUUCGUCUGAGGUCAGUUUGAUAGUGCAGGGCGAUACUGACAUAAACACAACAUAGUUGAUAUGAAUUUUUAAAAAAAAGUAAACGUGAGCCUGCAAUCAUUUGAAAACGAAUAAAUUGUCAGCGGAUAACUUCAAAAAAUACUCGACCUUGAUGGGUCGACACCUGAGCCCGCGAUACGGUCAGGUGAUACUGGUCAGCGGAUACCCUGUUUUGACAGCUGUCAAUUGAUGACAACAUUGAUGUGCAAUCAGCUUCCUCCUGGGCUCUCAAAGUAGCAAGAAAGUGUGAGAGUAAACAUUGGUAUGCCUGUGGUGCGGACGGACGGUCGGUCGCUCCGUCGCUCGGUCACGUGGUUACCAAAUUUUCUGGGAAGGGGAGAUUACCUUAGCUAUGGGGCUCCGCCCACGCGCGCGCGUGGAGCUCCCCUACAAAAGCGAAAAAAAGCCAAAAUUUAAGAUCAGAGGCAUGCGCAAUCGAUUUGUUUCUUGUUAUCCGGAGUAUUCACUCCUGCGCGAUGACAUCACGUACAACGCACGUGGACAAGAUCGAGAGACUUGGAGUAAAUUUCCAGAGUGCAAGCAGAUUAUAAACGAGGUGAGCGUUUAGUACUUGCUGUUUUGAUUUUCUAGAUGUCUUUAUUUGCUUGUGGAAGUUUACAUCAUGGUCUCGAUCCAGAGCGCCGUUUUAGUCAUGAAUCUCGAGGAAGACGAGAGAUUUAUGUGUGUCUGGCUGCUCUAUUUGCCGAUUCGCGAUGGGGGUGCAAAGAUAUCGAUCAAAUCCUCGUUCAUGGAGAUAGUUUUUCCCUGUGCAUCCAAUUUUCUCUGUUCAUUUCUCUGUGCAUCCAACAGAAGUGGAAAACUUUCUUCUGUUAGUGGUAAACUCCCUACUCUAGCUUUCUUAUCUUGGGAGGAUAGAGAGGGAAGGGCGGAAAGGUGCGAAGCAAACCAUCUUUGCGUCUAAAGCGACGACUUCAGUACCACAUGCAAUUAGUAUUCUUCGCCCGUCGACGCGUUAGAUUUGAUCGUUGAGUCAAAAUCUUUGCCCGUUGGGGUAGAUUAUUCAGGUGAUAAUUUGACCAUGAGUCAUAUAUGUCCGUUAAGGCGAAAUAAAAUUCAAAGCUUUGAAACCAAUCGAUUCAAAAUGUGUCUCGGUCUUUGAAGCUAACCCGUGGCUAACCAUAUAGUACAGGAAAAUGGUAUAGAAAACAAGGGGAAUUGUCCAAAUUAGUGUUAAAAGCACGAAAUUUGGCAGAGGUAUAGCGGUCAAUACCCUGAGUAAAUCUGGAUAGGACGUCACGCUCCAAGCUGGAUAAUUCCAGUUUUAUAGCCAUGGAAUUAGCUCUCUUUAAAACAGCAAAAAUACAAUCUUAAAGUUAAAGCACGGGACCGAAACUUACAAGAGCGAUAAAGUACAGUACAGUGCAAAGUAGUACUCACAGAACCACGCCCUCUAAGGGAUACUUCUAGGGGUAUAAAUGAGGAGUACAUUAAAAUAAAAAUAUUUAAAUUAUUUAUUUAUUUAUGUAUUCACUCACAAAACCCAAUACAACAUGAACAAAAGUUGUUAAUUAAAUUAUAAAAUUAAUGUGACAAGGAAGCAUAACGAAGCUUGAAGCUUAUAUAUAUUAGUAGGCUUCCUUCAACUACCUAAUGAACUAAAUUCAUGGCUGAGUGCAGGGUAAGCAAGAUCAGAAAAUUAAGCAACAGAUCGGCUAUCAGUGAGAUAAUUCUUUAAAUUUUUUUAAAAAACAAAUAUAGAAGGAGAGCUAAUUAGUGAAAUAGGCAACGAAUUCCAGAUUUUAGGUCCUCGGUAAAGGAUACUGAAUUGCUUUAUAUUUGUUCUACAAAAAUGAGGUCUAUACUGAGAGGCUAGUCGAGUUUUGUAUUGAUGGACUUGAUUACUACUUAAGAACAAGUCACGAAAGCUAUUAGGCAAAAGAUUAUGGUGAUAAGAAUACAUAAAAGUAGCGACAGAAAAUGAAUUAAUACUAAAUAUGUCAAGGACUUAAAUGAAGGGGCGGUAUUUGCUAGAUAGUGAGCUUUUGUUAUGAGCCGCACUAGACGCUUUUGCAAAAGGUAAAUACAGUUUAGGUUGGAACAGUAGGUGGAGGACCAGGCGACAUUACAGUAUGUUAAGAAAGGAUAUACAAGGGAGCAAUAUAAGGUCAUCAAGGUUUGGGAUGAUAGUUAAAAGCGGGCCAUCGCAAUAAUUCCCACACUUUUCGAGAUUUUUUUGUGAGACGAAAUCAAUAUGUGGUUUCCAAGAAAGAUGCUGAUUAAUGAGAACACCGUCCGUGUCUCCGUGACUUGCUUGAUCGCAAUGUUUUCCAGAGUAAGAGGGACAUUAGCAUUGACUUUCUUUUGCCUUGGAUGAAAAAUCAUAAAUUUUUUUUUAGUCAAAUUUCGAGAUAACUUAUUCACUUUAAGCCAAAUAAUUAUUUUUGCAAGUUCAUUGUUAACAAUAGAAACGAAGUGGUUGGCAUCUUUGUGGGAACAAAAGAUACUUGCGUCAUCAGCAAACAGUAAAGAUUGAGUGAGACUAGAGAAAUUAGGAAGAUCAUUAAUGUAAAUAACAAACAAAAGAGGUCCAAGAAUUGAGCCCUGGGGAACGCCACACAAAAGUUUCCGCGGAUAAGAUCGAUGGGACCCAAACUGUGCACUGUGUAAACAAGUAUAUACUUUAACUCUUUUAUAUGGAUAAGUGUUAAUGUUAUGAAUAAUUCUAGAUAGCACGCCACGCCCCUUUUCAAUUACUUACAGUUAUACAGCUAUGAAAUCGAUUAGUUAAAAAUUUGAGAUAAAGAGCAUUUUUAGGAUGGAAUCAAAAGAUUCAAAAUGUCACUGUGAUUAGCUACAUUGCGAUGUGUAUUUCUAUUGAUGGAACCACGCCUUUGGGGUAUAUUUACAGAGAAAUAGAUGUUACAUUGGUGUUACUGAAAGUGUACAAUCGGGUACCAAAAAUGCGCACACAUGUCAUAAUUCUGUACUUCUGUCUCGUCAAUAAAGAAGUGAAAAAACGUAAGGCCGAAUACUAUUCAGAUUUAAUCAACAAGAAUAAAGGAAAUCCCAAGGAGUUGUGGAAGACCUUAAAUGAGAUCACGUCAAAGAAGUCCAAUGCGACUAUAACCUCAAUUGAGGCGGACGGUGUUUUAUACACGGAAACCAACGAAAUAGCUCAGGCUCUAAAUACGCACUUCUCUCAUAUCGAAACCAAGCUAGCCGCCAGAAUUAAGGAAAAACUCCGGCUUAUAGCCAGCAAUUGCAGAAAGUUUUUCCCACCUGACUUUUGCGAUGUAAGAGCAAUAAUAAAUCGUUUUCCUUUCCUUGGUUCUCCAGGAACUGAAAACCUUAAAAACUAACAUAAAGCUAUGGGUCUGGAUCGUAUUAGUAAACGAGUAUUGAAGGACUCAGCUCAAUGCAUGGCACCUAUACUGACCAGACUUUUUAACCGGUCACUUGAGGCAAGCACUUUUCCAUCGAUUUGGAAAUGUGGUAAGGUGUCUGCUUUAUUCAAAGGAGGCGAUUGUACUGAUUGUAACAACUAGAGGCCAAUCACAAUAUUACCAACCAUUAGCAAGAUCCUAGAUCGGGCUGUGAAUCGACAGUUGUACGAGUCGUUAUCAGAGAAUAAACUAGUUACUCCAAAUCAAUUUGGUCUCCUCCCUAAACCUUCAACCGUAACUGCCCUUGCUCAUUUUACUGACAACAUACUACAGAGUCUUGAUAAAGGCGGCUUCACUGGAGCAGUUUUCUUAGAUCUUUUGAAGGCUUUCGACACAGUGGAUCAUGUGCUUCUUGUCGAAAAACUGAAGACCAUUGGAGCUAGCUCUCAAGGUGUGAAGUGGUUUGCCUCAUACCUUGAAAGUCGGUAUCAAGUUACAUCUGUUGAUAACUGUCAGUCGACUCAACAAAUGGUUCCUGCUGGAGUACCCCAAGGAAGCAUCAUUGGGCCUCUUCUUUUUCUAAUGUACGUUAACGACCUUCCCAACUAUUUUGAGCACUGCCAGGUAGUCAUGUAACUAUGCAGACGACACAGUGAUUUACUUCAGUGCAAAUUGCUGUCAAAAUAUUGAAUACCACCUGAAUGCCGACCUUGCCAAUCUUUCCGAAUGGUUUAACAACAACUAUCUGACCUUAAAUACAUUGAAAUCGAAGUCCGUAUUGUUUGGUGGGGAUAGGAGGUUGCAAACCUGCCAAGGUAUCAACCUUGUUAUUCAUCACGAAAACCUUGACCUCAAUCAAGUAUCCCGGGGUUGUCAUUCAUAAAAAUCUGACUUGGAAUGAGCAUAUCGAAUCAUUGAUUGCGAAAGUGAAUCAAAGGAUUGGCUUGUUAAAUCGUAUCAAGCAACUACUGCCUUUGGAUGCGCGAGUCGCAUUAUACAAUGCUUUGAUAAGACCUCUCUUCGACUUUUCUGAUACUAUCUGGGGAGACAGAGACAAUAUUAGAUUAAUGCAUGAUUUACAGGUCAUGCAAAAUAAGGCUGCCAAAGUUAUCCUUGAUUUGCCCAACUAUGCUUCAUCUACCGACGCUCUCAAAACACAAGGAAGGUCUUCUGUAAGAAAAGUUCUUCUCAGCUGUCGAAGAUGUAGGUGAUAUCAUGCAGGACGAUACAGAAUGCCCGUGACUCCACCAUAUCCACGAUCAAGAAUAGAAGAUUCACCACUCUUUAUUUAUACAGGCCUUGACUAUCUUGGACCCUUGUAUGUAAAAGCAAAUGGAGAAUUUGUAACACACAAAGUUUGGUUCUGCCUGUUUACCUACCUGUUAAGCUAUCAGAGCUGUCCACUUAGAAGUCGUUCACGACAUGUCUGCAGAACAGUUCCUUUGGUGCCUAAGAAGAUUUGUCGCCAGACGUGGCAAGCCAAACUAGUUAAAUCCACCGUCGAUGAAGCAUGGCAGCUCUCUACCACAAGCCCUGACACAUAAAGUUAUCUAGCUAAUGAAGGAAUAAAAUGGAGCUUGAUCAUUGAACUAGCUCCCUGGAUGGGAGGUUUCUACGAACGUCUUGUAGGACUAGUGAAACCGUCUCUUCGAAAGAGUAUUGGCAAGAUUUCCUUAAACAUUGUCCAGUUGGAAACCAUUCUGACAGCAGUCGAGAUGGCUGUUAAUUCCCGACCAUUGGUCCAUGUGGGAGCCGAUUUGAACUCUGUAUUUGCACUUACUCCUGGUGACUUCCUCAACCUGAACCCAAACACUGGCGUACCCAGUGUGCGAUUCAACCUUCAAAAGGAGAUGUUUUACUUCUGAAAGAAAGUUCACCACGUGGCACCUGGAAGUUAGGAAUGAUAGAAGAGUUCAUUGCAAAUAAAGAUGAUGAAGUCCGAGCGGCCACAGUUCGAACAGCAUCAGGAAGGCUGCUAAAUCGAACAUUGAACCUUCUGUUCCCGUUAGAAUUCUCUGAAAAAAGAGAAAACCCAGUCAGCCAAAAGACACUAGUGUAGACACUGAACAAGGUAAUCCAAAAAAACAGCAGACCAAUCAGGAAACUGUAAAUAGGCGACCAAUUUGCGGAGAAGCUAUCCAAGCAAGACAAACACUAAACAAACUGUUGAACACUUCGUCUUGAUUGCAUGUUCCCUAUUAUGUAUUUUUUGCAUAAUUUCCAGUAGCCCCCCUUCGUUUUAGUCAAAGUUAACAGACUUCAGAUCAAAAAAUUUAUCAUUUUUUCUGAGGUUGUAGCAAAUAACACUUGGCUGGGGAGUGUCGCAGAGUAACCACUCCACGAUACAUUAUUCACGGGAAUCCCGAGAACACGUGACAAUCCUAAGAACUUGUGAGAACAGAGUUGAUGCAAGAAAUAAUCACCAUGUUGUAAUUUUGUUUGUAUUAAAAGAAGUUAAAAUGCCAUGGUCAUAGCAGACAGAGAUUAUCCUUACGAAUUAAUAUUGCAACCCUCCCACGACCUUGGUGUGGUUGACCACCAGACGUUCGAGUUCCACCACGUAACUGAAAAGGACAUCCUGAAAUUAUGACAAAUCUGCCAUCAAACAAACAAAGCCUCUGGCUAUCACAAGAUCACUGCAAGAGACCUUAAGGACAGUUUUCCCAUAAGUCUGCCUAUCAUCACUGACCUCAUUAACCCUCGGACGUACAGGCAAAGUCAUACCCCCACCGUGGUACAAGGGGGAGUUUUUGAUAUGUUUAUGUAUUUCGAAACGAUUUUGCCUUCAGCGCUACUGGAGGCCUGCGACGUCACCAAACAUAGUCGCCAUCUUGGCCGCCAUAUUGGAUUUUACUAAGAAUUAGAAAUCAGGUAAAAACGGCGAGAAUAGACCUUUUUACCGAUACGGCGGCCAUAUUGAAUUAAUUGGAUUUAAGGAGUAUUAUGGGAUGCCCAGGGGGCAUGAGCACGAUCUCAUAUAGUCGCAUCAGUAUUUACGCGCGCUUUUCGGGCCAAUUUUUCUUUAAGUUUUCCUAGAAAAAGAUUGUAAUGAGAAAAAAAGAUCGUUGUGCCGUCUUUGGAUAUAAUAACGAUCGCCUUUUUCCCGAGAAAUAAAAAAAAACAUUGAAGUUCUCUUUUUGCCCGAAAAGUGAGCGUAAAUACUUAUCGAGUGCCCCCUGGGCAUCCCAUAAUACUCCUUAAAUCUAAUAAAUUCAAUAUGGCCGCCGUAUUGGUAAAAAGGUCUAUUGGUAAUUUUUUGUGCUUGACUUGUGAAAUAACACAUAAAUAGUAUUUUGCAUCAGUUUAUCCACAAGCUUUACUUUUAUCGUUGAAAGAAGUUGAAAAAACAUGCAUUUUCACUCAAAAAUGGCUUGACCAACAGCUACUUGUGACGUUAUAUCUUGUAACCAUAGUAACUGACCAUCACUAAACUUGUCUCAAAAUGCGCGCGAGCGAUAAACAAAUAGCUACUGAAAACGUCACGUGCUGAUGUUUUAUCAUCGAGGAAAAAACUCAGAAGAACCUCAGAAGGGGGUGGCAAGAAAAAAAAUAUACAAGCCUCACAUCCCUGCUCUUAAUGAUGGAUUAGGUCUGUGAGAGGGCCGCUCACUCUCAAUUUCUAGACUGUUUUGGAGAGUAACGAUAAAAUAACUUGUGUAUAGAGCGGGAAUAGGAAAAUGUACUCAACAGAAACCGCGUUGUUACAAUACAAUGAACAACUAUUGAAGAACAUAGACCGUGGUUUUGCUAGACAUGUCUAAGGCCUUUGAUAGCGUUCGGCAUGAUUUGUUACUAUUAAAACUCCGCCAGCGGGGUGUGUCAAUCAACAAUUAAUCAAUUUUUUUUGUUCGUUUUUAAAAGAACAAUAUUUCAAACAUUGACAACCCGCAGUUAGCAUAGCUAAUCGAGGCUGGUUGUCACAAAUGAGAACAAAAAUUAACAAGUGUUUACUUUUAUUGUCCGACAAUAUUUAAUGUCCGACUCUGCUCAUGCCUGGUUUGAAUCUUAUCUUUCCUCGCGCAGUCAAGAUGUCAAGCCAGGUUCUGCUUUGUCUGAUCCCCUCCAUUUAACGGUGCGAGUGGCCCAGGGGUCUAUCCUUGGCCCAGUAUUGUUCACGUUAUAUGUGAAUGAGCCUUUCUCCGUCCCUAAGAACUGUCAAACUAUGGGAUACGUGGACGAUACCAACAUCCUUUGAUCUUUUCCCCUUUGCAAUGUGAGUGAGGCUGUGGAUGCCCUUAACAGUGACCUUAUAGAAGUUUCAAAAUGGUGUUGUGCGAACUCGCUUCUUAUAAAUCCUGAUAAAACCAAGCUAUUGGUAGCGGGCGUCCCGAACCUGACAAGAGCCCUGUCUUGUUAGGGAAACAAAUUUAUGCCUCAUUGGUUGCCAAGGACCUAGGGGUAUGGAUUGACUUCAACUUAACUUAGGAUGAGCAUAUUUCUCAAAUGUCAACCGUGUGGAGUAACACCUCUAAGAAAAACUCUCGUAAACUGAAGGUCAUUCAAAACUUUGCCUGUAGGAUUAUUUUAGGGCUUAAGAAGUUUGAUCAUAUUUCAGGGGGGCUCAAGUCACUAGGGUGGUUCAACGUCUGCGUCAAACUCUCUCUUAAUGGCGUAGCCAUGUUUCGUAAAUGUUUUAUAUAACUUAUGACCACCUUAUCUAUCCGCUUUAUUUAAAUCAAGAUUUAGCGUCAGCAAAAGAUCCAGUAGAAAUGACUCUGACCUUGACCUAACAAAAUGUAGAUUGGUUACAGGUCAGCGCUCUUUUGCUUUCAGAGACUCAAAGGGUUUUAACUCCCUUCCUAAAGACAUAAAUCUAUCAAGGAUCCAAAGGCAUUCAGGCGCCAGGUGUCCGCCCGCCUCAUUACGCCAGGUUUAGGGUUAGGGUUAGACUCCCGAAAUAUGUAAAUACAUUUGAUAUUUUCCCUUUAUUUUUUUACAUAAACAUCUAUAUUUUUCAUGAUAGGUUUUUGCAUUGUGCAGUAACUUUCCACUAUUUUAUCGAUACUUUGUGAAACCUAAUUUUAAUAUAGUUAUAUGUGUGUAUCAUUAUCGUAAUUAGGGCAGAAUAGCCAUGCAAAUAGAUUACCAUUAAAGUGUAUUUAGUUAUAUCAUACUUAGCCUAACUCCAUGAUAGUUAUUUAUCUUGUGACUUAUGCUUGUGACAUUGAACACCACGACUAAGAUAAGAUGAGAAGGAAAGAAGGUUUUGUUUUAAGCCUUAGCGACAUCCAUUCUGAAAGGAAAUUCGGAUGAUAAAUUGAUUUAUUUGUUGUUUUUUCUAGGUAAAUAAAACAAUGGAUGGAACAGCUAAGGCCAAUGAUGAACUGAUAAACUGCCAAAGUUUGGGUACCCAUUAUGUUCGGAGCGUGACGUAUGGCGCUGAGAUGGUAGCAAGUCUGAAAUUCAAGUCCUCGUCAUCUUCAAAAAGGUGAGAAAUGUAUCUAGGAAUCCGCUUAGUUUGGGGAAGUGUGCUUUGUCAAGGUUACGAUAAUCUCAGAAAGGGGUUGACCAGCUGCUACCCUACGUGAUUGUUAUAACGUAACGUCGGUUGAGAUGAAAAAUUAGCAAUUAGUGAAUGAGGCUGAGUGGAAUAUGAAGAAUUAAGGAGAUCGAGGAGGGUGUUAUCCACCAAGGCCGAAGGCCGAGGUGGAUAACACCCUCCGAUAUCUGCUUAAUUCAUCAUAUCCUACGAAAGCCGAAUUCAUUAAUUGCUUUAUUAUUCAUUCAAAGUAAUUCCUAGUUUAAAAACAUGGCUAAAACAUGCUUACCUGCAUCGAUGUUAAGUUCAUCUUUGAUAGUGUACGUUUAGGUUUGUCCAGCUCCGCAAAUAAUCUCCAAAUAGCAGAUGUCGCCCUCCGAGUUGUCUUCUUGCUGUUUUUGCCAUAUUUUUAGCUAUUAUUUUGCCUAAUUCCAGCUGUAGUUCUUACUCUUGAAACGAGUGAAAUGUCCGCCAUUUUUUUUUUCUCAACUAAAACAACUCAACCUCGUCCCCAGGUCUUCUCGAUAACAGUGCCUUAAGAGCGACUUUCUGUAAAUACCACGGAUAGGUGUGCAAGAUGAAAAAAUCGAAAUCCCCCAAACUUUGUCACAACAAAGCCCUUUGGAAACUAUUUUAGAAAUUACAAGACUCAGUUCGUUUGACUUUAUAUUUUCCAAACUAAUCAAUUUUUUUUUAAUUUGCACCUGCGAGAGGCCUUCAAACAACCGAAAAAUGGGCGCCAUAUCCUCGCUUCGUGAAUGGAAACGGAAAAUAAUAGCAUGACUUUUUUUAUAUUAAACAAUUUCGUGAUCCUUCCUUUGUAUCUAAACGUUGUUACAAUGUCAAAAGAUUUCAAUCUGAUUUUUUAAUGUUUUUUCAAAAUUACCAUCUAAAUAUGUGUUAUCGCGACCAUCAAUUUUGCCAUUUUUCAACGGCGAAAAUCCCUUCCUGGUACAUGGCUUUCAUUAGAAAAGUGGUAUUCCAGAGAAAGAGUAAUGCUUCCCCUACCCUGGGUACCAGAGGUUUUUCUCGCGUGAGGCGGGAAUUUUCGGUGUUGGCCGAAGGCCGACACGUCUUUGGCCGUAGGCCGAAGCCGCGAGAAAAACCUCUGGCACGGAGCGGUGCUUUUUACCGUUCCCGUUGACCUUUGAGCUUUUUUAUCGGAUUCCAUUUACGCCAAUCAGAUUAAAAGUCUCCGACUGUGAUCAUGUGGGCCGGCACGUGAAGAAAUGUCCAAAGACCCACAUUAUCCUUAGAAAGACAAGUUCGAGUUUAAAAUUCAUGGCUUUAAGAGCAAUCAUGACUGGGUCAAAUCGAAGUUCUCCAUAAUUGAUGUAGCUUCAGUUUUAGCUGCAAUCUAUUCUUCGAGAUUUGGAUCUGAAAAUCACUAUCCGUGAGAAUUUAACAUCCUGCUAAAAACGCUAACGAGCUGGACCCAGCGUGACAAAACAUUGCAGGAAACCGUCACUUUCACGGGCAAAAAGAAAAUCGCUUAUAAUUAUUCAGAUCCAGGAGGCACUUUGGUGAAAUUAAACAACCUAAAACCCUCAUUUAGCCGCAUUGAAGAGCUUAACAUUUCAAAAGAGGUCAAAGAAAAUGCUCUUGCAUCAGAGGGCAACAUGUUGUAAUCGUUUGAAAUAGGAAAUUAGUAAAGCUUAAACCGUAUUGCUGCAAAAGCUGAAUUGGUGAGAAUAGCUUAAUUGCGUUGAAUAAAAUUAAAUACUCCACUUGUUUGCUCAUAGCUCUUAACUUGUCUACACCGUCAAACCCUUCUAGUACACUGCUUAUCCUGCUCUUUCAAAACUUUCCAAAGUUGCCAUCACAACACUUCUCGCGAGUACAACAACAGCAAAGUUGAAAAUAUUCUUUCACGUGCUGGUCUAUUCUUGUCAGCCAAUUGUAGCGUCUGUUAGAUUCAAAAUCCCUCAGGUGGUCGUUACUAGCCAAUCAGCCGUCUUGUCCAAAAUCUGGACCAACUGAUUUAACCGUGUUAACGAUUGGAUCGGCGCCAUCAAAGCAAUAGCGCUCUGCUCCAGAGGCUUUUCGCGCGGGUCACUAUAAAGACUUGACAGAAACCGGAAACCGCGCUAGAAAAGUCUCUGGCACCCAGGGGAUGCUUCCCCUAUCAAUCUGUGAAAUAAAAUUUUGGGGCAAUUGAAACUGCGAGUUUUUACAACUAAAAACAUUUACGGUACUCCCGUGAUCUACGACCUUUGAACUUGCAGUUGUACUGAUGAAUACAAGCGAUAACUUAGACAGAAUUUGAAACUCUGGCGCAAAUUCGCCUCUUUUCCGCCAGUUUAAACACCAAAAACGAGUCUAGAUUUCACAGUGGUAAUUUUUCAAAAGGAAGAGCAUUUUAUUGUGCGAAAGUGAGCUAUGAACUUCUUGACUACAACGCUUCCCUUGCGUGCGUAUUUGUUUACUUUUAAAGUAUUUGUAACAGCUAUCAUUUAUGUACAAAACGGCUUUAGUCUUGGUAGCGAUUCUUUUAAAUGCUCUUCUUUCUCAUGAAACAAAUCGUUAUAGCUAUGAAAGGAAAACAUUUUAAUCUGCCUCACAUCUUUUGACAACAGACCCGAACCUUUAGCGAAACGAGAUUGUGUUACAAAGAACUUUGAGACCCAGGUUAUACCGCGAAGACCGAUACCAUUCUGACAAAGAAACUCAGGCGGCACCUUAAGCUUCUGUAACCAUAAUUUAAAGCGAAACAUGUCAAUUAAUUAAAAUCCUUAGUUUUAUUGACUUAUCCGCUAGAGCGACCCUGCAAACGUAACACUAAAAAAUAUAUUUUCCUCAAAAGACUAUAAAAGGGUAGGCCCUUGUACAGUUCUUUACCCCAAUUCGUAGCAAAAAGGGAACCUAAACUGGAAUCAAAAAAAUUCUCACUUGAUAUGCCAUUUACGUUGUUUCCAGGAAAACAAUACUGAAGCCUUUGUAAAUUCGAAAAGACUUUUAAAGUUCCCCUAGGAUGACCGAACUGAUACGAAUUUUAUAGCGCCUCUUAGAAUGCAUUUCUAGAAAUCUAAAAGUACUCUGGGUACGUACACUAAAAAGUGUUUUCAAUGAAUUUAAAAGGAAACCGUCGUUAGGUAGCUCUAAAAUUUUGUCAAUUCCUUGGCCCUUCCUUAAAUCGAGGUUCCACUGUAGUCUCUUGUUUUCCAUCACGUUCGUUUUGAAAUACGAUUAUGAAUUCCUUACGUGUAUUCUUAAAAAAAUGAUAUUAAGGGGAAAAAGUGCUAAGUCGUAGUCUGAAAUGUUAUCCGUCCCUUUCCCCAACCCCCUAAGGGGCCGCAGCCCGUUACGGGGUGGGGCGAACAAACGCAUAGCAUUUCAGACUAGCUACAAUGAGGGACAAAAGUGUUGAGACACUUCGUAAAAUGACCCCUUUUUGCAUAGUGGACAUACCUAUCCCCUUCCCCUGUCUACCCCAACCCCUUCCCCCCAAAAUCAAUGUUGUAUUUUGGACCCUCAAUUCUUUCUUUUACUUCAGACAACAUUGAUUCGGGGGGUGAGGGGAUUUACGGCGUUUGAAAGGAAUGAAAUAAUAAAUGAAUUAAAUGUUUGACAAAAGCUCCCGUUUUAAACAAGUGUGUCAACUACUUUUGUCCCUGAUUGUAGGUCGGGGCUAGAAAACCUGCGUAACUUUAGAGCACCGCUGGUGUUUAAAGCAACAUUUCUGUGGUUCUGGUAACCUCGAACAAGUUUUGCAUUUCUGAGCAACGUUUGGGCAAAGUAUAGGCUGAGUAUAUGUUUGGGCAAAGUAUAUUGCAGAUAGAAAAUGUCAAGUACGCCUGAACCGCGCCCGUAUAAGCACCCCUAAUGACUCGGGCGGGGGAGGCUGGGUGGAGAGGAGGGGGGGGAUUUGAAACCCUAAAAUGGAGCAAAGGGGGCUUAGCUCUAAGCAUACCGCCUGCGUUUUAGCUGUACGUCUGCCUUCGCCCAUAGUUUCGAGCAACUCAUUUAAAGAAGAUUGCAAGCUCGUAUAUUUAUGUCCGUCAGGAACGCUCGAGCAGUGAAACCAAUUAUCGCGCCCCGGCCCUGGCACCUUGAAAAAGAAACCGCUUUUAUGAGAAAAAAAAAGGAUAAAGGAAUAGAAAGAAAAACAGAAGGAAAAGCCGUUCGCACUAACUGAAGGCCAUUUUUUGUUACAUUGCUUUUGAAAAUCUGAAAAGGGACAGUUGUUUAUACGUAGCCCUCGGGGCGGUACCAGGUGAAUAUAUUACAUACCCCUCGUUCCAGGUAAAUAACCCUUACAUAAGCGUAGGAUGUAAGACACACUUGCGGAAACGCUUAACGUGAGAUACCCAGGCACAAAAAAAUUAAUAUUUGGCAGUGCUAAUGUUGGCUCCCCUACAAAUAUAAAGCACAAGAAGGUGGUGUUGAUAAGCGAGAUGCUCGGAUAUCUUUGGAUAAUUGAUUGAAGGUAUUACCAGCCAUCAUAUAUCCAGAUCUGGUUGUGGCCUGGACUGACCACAUCAUAGUCUCUUGUGGAAAAUAUUUUUGUAGUGUUAUGUUUUCAUGGUCGCUUUAGCUGAUAAGUCAAUGAAACUAAGGAUCUUGAUUAUUUACAUGUUUCUCUUUUAUAGUUACAGAAGGUGGUGCGUGAGUUUCUUUUUCAGAAUGGUAUCUUUUUUCGCGGUAUGAUCAUGACCCGAGUCUCAAAGUUCUUUGUCACGCAAUCUCGAUUCGCUAAAGGGAGUAAAGGAUUCGGGUCUGUUGUCAAAAAAUGUGAGGCAGGUCAAAAUGUUUCCCUUUUUUAAACCUAUAACGAUUUGUUUCAUGAGAAAUGAGAGCAUUUUAAAGAAUAGUUACCAACACUAAAGGCGUUUUGUACAUAAUAAUAACUGUACAAAUACGACAAAAGUAAACAAGUACGCAAGUAAGGGAAGUCUUAUAGUCAAGAAGUCGCACAGUAAAAUUACUUUUCCUUUUGAAAAGUUGCCACUGUGAAAUCUAGAAUCAUUUUUGGUGUUUAAACUGGCGGAAAAGAGACGAAUUUGCGCCAGAGUUUCAAAUGCUGUCUAAGUUCUCGCUUGUAUUCAUCAAUACAACCGCAAGUUCAAAGGUCGUAAAUCACGCGAGUACCGUAAAAUGUUUUCAGUUGUAAAAACUCGCAGUUUCAAUUGCCCCAAAAUUUUAUUUCAUAGAUUGAUAGGGAAGCAUUGCUCUUUCUCUGUAAUACCAUUUUUCUAAUGAAAGCCAUGUACCAGGAAGGGAUUUUCGCCGUUGAAAAAUGGCAAAAUUGAAAGUCGCGAUAAUACUGAUUUAGAGGGUAAUUUUGAAAAAAAUAUAUUAAAAAAUCAGAUUGAAAUCUUUUGAAGUUGUAACAACGUUUAGAUAGAAAAGAAGGAUCACGAAAUUGUUUAAUAUAAGAAAAGUCAUGGUAUUAGUUUCCUUUUCCAUUCACGAAGCAAGGAUAUGACGCCCAUUUUUCGGUGGUUUGAAGGCCUCUCGAAGGUGAAAACUUAAACAAAUUGAUAAUUUUGGAAAAUAUAAAGUCAAACGAACUGAGUCUUUUAUUUCCUAAAAUAGUUUCCAAAGGGCUUUGUUGUGACAAACGUUGGGGGAUUUCGAUUUUUUUCAUCUUGCACACCUAUCCAUGGUAUUUCUUAACCUGUAGCGAGCUGCAUUUUUGACGCCAUUUCCUCGUUAAACACAAAAUUCUUCCAAAUUUGGUCAUCAUUAACUGGUUAUGGUGAAUUACGCGUGUGCUUUUAGCCAAUCAGAAUUGGGGAAAUAUUUUGAAUGAAUAAUAAAGGAUAUUAACAAGAUCUGCCAAGCUUAAUUUUAGCACUGAUGCUGAAUUAAGAAACUAACGCUACUUAAUUUUUUUUUGUGUCCUAUUAUUGAUGAUAAAAUGAGGUCACAACAUCGUCAAAGUGUUGGAUCCACAACACCUUGACAAUGUUAUGACAUCAUUUUCAACCAUCAAUACGAGAAGAGACAUAAAAAAUCUGGCGGCAAUUUGUUUUUUGCAAUACCAGAAGCACAAAAAAGUCAUAUUGCCGAUAAAAAUGAAGAAAAGACAACAAAAUUUAUCAACUAAAACUAGUGUAAUGCUCUAGACCGAUUGCAAAUAUGGCAACGAUUUUACCAAAGCGAGGCUUUUCGGUAGCAACCGUUGCUAGGGGCUGGUUGCCUGUGUUUACCUGUGCCGUUGCUGGAAAGACUGCAGCUUCUCAGGCGUCUUUUCCUUUAAAUUCGACAAAAAUAAGUCAAUUUUCUUCGCUAAAAUAAGUUUCAAUCUGGUAUACACGCUUUGGAUACUGUUUUUCAAUGCUAAAGAGUCAUUUGUAGCGAUCGCGAUACUUUGACUGCCCGAUAUUUUUCAUUCAUUGUAUUUAAGGUUCACAUGUAAGUCAUCGUGGACCAUUUUAGCUUUUGUCAUGGAAUAGUGGGAAACUAGAUACAUUAGGCCUAUGGCAUGAUUACAAAACCCCAAGGAUCCAGAGACACAGGUGCAGGCCGUGAAGCAAGUACAUCGUAAGGUUUGUCGGUUGAGAUUGCUAAUCUUAUUCUAUGUGGGGGUUCACUUUUCCGUAGACUUUGGUAGCAAAGGGCUCUGAAAUAAAAGGUUUUGCUCUCUUUAUGAUUCUUGGCCCCGACGUUAUGAAGGUAUCCUUCAAUAAAAAAUUGACACCACGUUCAAACGGCUUCAUUACCAUGUAGUCCGGGGAAUGCUGAAUGUUUUUACCGGAGUUUCGGACAUAUUUCACAAUGGUAUUUUUUAGUAUACGUGAAUGGUGGAAGAUCGUCCAGUAGUUUAUCCAUAUUCUUCUCAGAGGGACAAAAUCUAAACUUUUCGUCAUUCUCCCUAACAAGAUCUGAGUCAGUCUUUUUGUUUCGAGCACGAAGUGCAGGGGCGGUCGCUUGAUUAUUUUGAUCAUUUUGCCCGCGAUCAUCUGUACACAUUUGAAGUACUUCCUUCUCCCUGCACAAAACAAAAUCAACAAGGGACGCUAAUUUUAAAUUUGCAAUCACUUAGACAAAAAAAUAAUGAGACAAGAGACAAAGGUUUCCAAGUGUAUUUAAUCAUAUAAAACAGAGGGUUAAAAACGCUGCCUACUUUGCAACAAGUUGGUCCUUCACUGUUAAACCUUUCAGGCUCACUUUCUUCCUAAAAAUAAUUUCUUUUAAUUCCCUCACAUGAAUGUUUUCCACAGGCCUAUCCAUCAUGAACUUAAUACUGUUGGGUAAAAAGAACAUACAGUGAAACUGAGUCUAAAACAUUCUCAAGAAGUUCAAGUUCAACGUCGGAAAUGUAAUAUGAGUUCACACAUAAGACCACAUAAGUACAUCGCAAUCGUGAUUUUUUUCUAUCAUCUACGUUCCGAUUUGUAUAAUAUAGGCAAAGUAAAAAGCACUGGCCUCUAUUUUAACACAACGAACCGACGAUGACUUCUUCUUGAAAGUUUUUUUUUUUAUUGUUUCCAGAGUGCAAAAACAACAAGAUAACGGACUCGCAUUAGCAUAUAAACAAGCGACCAGCCCUUAGCAACAGUUGCUACCGAAAAGCCUCGUCUUGGUGAUAUCGUCGCCAUAUUUGCAAUCGGUCUAUUGUCAAUAACUUUUGUCGCUUGGGAUUUGCUACUAAAAACAAGUAACGGAGUUUCUUAAAAAUAGAGGCAUUUUGGUGUAGUAUAAAGUCGUAAACGAGCCCAAGGUUAAAAAUUAUUACAAGGAAAGGUUUUGGAGCCGUUGACCGAAGAAGUGGAAGCGAUAUACGGUUGAACUGUCUGUAGAGCAACUAGCCAGGCAGUCUUGAAAAGUUGCUAACCGAACAGUUCGAACAGAAAUCGUGUACGUGUUGUUUACUUCAGUUCAAAAUGUUUGUCGUCCUGAACGCCAUUCAGCUAUAUGAGCUGUAUGUGUACAAUCAAACCGAUAGGUGGGUUUUAUACGCGUGUAGUCUUCAAAUCACCUAACCAGGUACUCACAAUUAGUUUCGCAAGUUUGUACAAAAAGUUUGUUAUGCUUUCGGAAAGACGGAUCAGAAAAAACACUCGGUACUUGUCAAAAGAAAACUUACUGUUACUAUUAAUGUCUUUAUUUUGAAUAAACUAGACUUUCAGGAUGUUUUCUUACUUUUUCUAACUUUAAAACUAUGUGUGAACAUUAAAAGCUUAUCUAAAUCGCAGUUUUAAAGCUGUACAAUUUCUUUUAAGACUUUUAAAAGCCGUCUCCGCUUUUGGAAACUAAGUGUUUUUGUUCAGUUUCCUGUGUUUGAGCCAUUUUGUAGAGAAUCCGAAUAGGAUGCAGGUCUUACAUCACAGCUAUUUGGCUAUUUUUCUUAGUAGUGAGAAAGUAAAUCUUCAACGAAACUAAAUUAAAGAAAAAAAUCGAAGUUUGGUAUUCGUUCGGCAAAUGAGCCGUCUUGCAUAAAUUAGAUUUUAUGUGUCUGUCCUCUUAUUGGUCAAAAAUAAAUAGCUAAUCAGCCCGCGAUAAAUAAUUCAGUUAUUGUAAAAACAAAUUGGUCAUCUGCAUCAGUGCAAAAAAAACUAACCUUUGAACUGAAUCAUUUUCUAUUUCAGUUUUUUAUUAUUAUUGUCAUUAUUUAUAGCGUAAACGUCACAGGUAAAUUGGAUGGAGGUCUGGAUAUUGCGGGAAUUGUGACUGCCGGAUUAGAGGCCGAGUUAAAUAAGCUGACAUCCGAUUGCAAUAAAGCAAACGAUUUGUCCAUUGAGUAUUAUGCCACAGAUCUACCAGAUAAAAAUCCAACGAACUUGGAAGACCUUGUGAAACUUAUUCAAGAGUUCCCAUCCAGAUUGAGAACAAUCAAUGAUGGUCUGGGAGUUCCCAUUAAGGUAACUGUCUUUUAUUGCUUCUUAAAAGAGUGGUUAGUCAACGUUUUACGUGAUUUAUACCCCCGUGCGUUGCCCGAGGGGAAUAAAUCACAUAACCACGAGCUGAAGGCGGAUAAACGGCCUAUCUUUACAUAAGCGAGGAUUCCUCAAGGGAUGCAAAAAUACAUUGACGAAAAAUGCCUCUAUUGUUCAUCUUUCUUUUGUUUUUUUAACACUCCAUGCUGGCACUGGUGGCAUUCACAGGUUUCUCGGCUUUUUAAUUAUGUUAGUUUUUCAAAGUCGUAUUUCAAAUAAGUUGUUCGCGGUGAAUGUUAGAAACAGCCUAAAGAGCCUAGGGGUGUCGAGCGAUUCAGAGCCAUAAGUAGAGCCGUUUAUAACUCCAACUUAGGCAGCUUCAGUGGCGGUACAGCAAGAGCUUUCGGAAAACAAUUUGAAUCGUAAUUUGCGGGUGCAGAAAACGAGCAAGCAGUUGACAAUUUCAAUUUUCGCACCGAGGAUCUUUCGACCGACCUGCAUGUUUACAGACAGAAGAUUCCGGGCGAGGGAUCACUACUGUACCUGAGUAGGAAAUUCAGUCGAGGAAUGAAGCAUGAAUACCACAAAACCCAAAGAGGCCAACUACAUGUCUUCAUGGAGACAGUAUACGAGUUUGGGAUGACUGGUUAAAGAACAGAACUCCUUAACAUGACAGCGACACUUUCGUGGAAAUGUAGAAUUUUAAAGACGCUGUUCAAUUUCGAACUGUCGUUUUGGCUGUGGAAAUCGAUGAACCAGCAACUAAGAAAAUCCGUGAAUAUGGCGCAAAAGAAACGCAGCUCAGUUUAAUUUUAGCAAUUAUAGCGUCGUGUUUAAUAUUUCCAAUAAACUUUUGUGAAUUUUUUCUUUAUGAAAAGCUAACUGAAAUGCGAGGGGAUUAUGUAUUAAUAUGCAAGGGGAAUAAGUCACUUAUCCCCCUUGCAUAUUAAUACAUAAUCCCCUCGCAUUUUAAUUAGCUGUUUAUUGGCCCCGCUCUUCCCUUCAAACAAUAUAUAAUCAAAGCCGCACCCAGCUUUUCAGACAGUUGAUUCGGGGGUUAUGUAAUAUAUUCCCCCCGAAAAGAACAAAGGAAUCCGAGCUUGUGUAAAAAUAAUGUAAAUAAAACUCCAGGUACAAUUUGAAUUCGUCUUUAUUACUGUACGAUUCACUAAAAGCAAUUUUUAACAAAGGAUAACACAGAAUUACUGCCAAACUCAGAAAACCGUGAAACACUGAUAAAUUUCAGGAAUGUUGAUUGUGUGGUGACCAAUCACAACAAAGUUCAGAACACGAGGGCAAACCUCAAAACUACAAACUAAGGGCCUGUUUACAUGGAGGUGGGGGACCCCGGGUAGGUGAGGUAACCCGCUUAGGUGAGGUAAAAAAAUAACCCUCCUUUACAUGCAAUCUUACAACCCGCCAUCCCGGGGUGCACUUUGUCAAGAUUAUUGAAUGGUCGCUAAGCACGCAAACAAGAAAAAUGCUGGCAAACCACGAGUUUUGGCGAUUAAUGCACUUCUUCACUCACUUGUUGCUGUUGCUGCAACCCGUCAGUGCAGUGGCUUUCUAUUGUUAACUUUAAUUAUAAUGCAAAGCCACCGCCAAAGUGAAUUUUGCGAGAAUUUGAUGUAUCACGAAUCCGACCCCGGCCAGGCGGGUUACCCCACCUUGAAACGUUUACAUGGCAAAAUGUGACCCCGGCUGAUAAGGUAACCCGGUCUGGUAGACAGGGCUACCCGCCUUGGCGGGUCACCCCACCUAUCAUGUAAACGUGAUCAAAUUAAAAUGAGAGAUUGUAUGGACAGGCGGGUUACCCCACCUAAGCGGGUUACCUCACCUACCUGGGGUCCCCCACCUCCAUGUAAACAGGCCCUAAUUACCGCUGCUGAUUUAGUUUUCUCACACCUUAUUCGGCAUGGGUGUUUCCUUGCAACACAAUAACAUUCUAUAAAUAUUUCUGGUGUCCACGGUUUUGUGAAUUUUAUAGUAAUAAACGCGAACUGAAACUCUUACCAAAAAAGAAAAACCUACAUGUACAUUUGCGUUAUAACGGCAACUUUCUGCGACGGACAUUUUUAUGUGCGACGAAGACUAGUGAUCUCUAAAACCUUACUCCCCCUCAAAUGCGCUACUUCCUCUCACUCCAACAUUAGACUACAAAGUGGCUCCGUGCCUAUCGAGUUCUGUUUACUGAACACUAGAUCAAUCCAUAAUAAAGAAUUAGCUCUCAAAGAUUACGCGACCGAGAAUGAUCUUGGCUAAACGAUCAUGACAAUUUUUCUGCCGCUGAGAUUUGCCCCAGUGGACAUCACUUCUCGUACCAUGUUUCACGAAAGAAUUCUCGUGGUGGUGGGGUAGGUCUUCCGUUAAAUAAACGCAUCCAAGUGAAGAAACAUACUCGAAACAAGUGUAAGUCUUUCAAAAACAUUGAUAUUUUAGCCAAAUGCUCUACUAUCUGCAUGAGAAUUGUUACCAUCUACAGACCACCGCCAUCAAAAGCAAAUCAUAAUUUUAUUCGAGGAAUUUUGCUCUCUUGCUGAACGGCUAGUUGUUUCUCCAGGCAACCUGCUAAUAGUCGGUGAUUUUAAUUACCAUAUGGACUUGAUAAUAACGAGAGCAGGGGAUGAACUGGACUGGUAUAUGGUAUUGAAAUGCGAAAUCCAAUGCUCGCUGAUCACUUAACUGUACACGGUCAAAUACGCGUGAAUAAACCUCCUCUGGAACGAGCUUAAAUACGGUACCGCAAACUUCGCUCUGUCAAUAUGGAGAGAUUUAAUGAAGAACUUAAAAAAGAUCAAACCUUCUGAUGCGCAGUUACAACGAGGCAUGUGGUCUUUUAGAGGAAUAUGAAAGGACACUAAGGAAUCUACAGGAUACAUCAUUAAAACGGCGCACGAUCACUCUUCGUUCGCCGUCACCGUGGUACGACGAGGAUAUUGGCAAGGCUGAACGGAAACGUAGGAAGCUUGAGCGCCGCUGGCGAGCGUCCAGGCUAAGUGUAAACAGACAAACGUGCGUUGGACAAUGUCUGGUUGUGGAUAACAUGCUGAAGAAGGCUAAGGCUUCUUACUAUUCCUCUAUUAUCUCAGAAAAUGCAUCAAAUCAAAAGGUCCUUUUCAGCAGUCGACAAAUCAUUGAAUCGCAAACCAGCUGAGAGACGUUGUCCAACCUCGUCCUUCGUCCAACAUGGUCCUCUACAACUGAGAUAGCGAACUCAUUUUUUCCAAUUUUAUCCAAAAUAAAAUAGUCACAAUUAGAAAUGAGUUGUCUGAAGAACCUACCUCUGGUACCCAGUCCCACUCAAAUGAGGAGAGGAUAACACGAGCUCAACCUAAAGAAUUCCGAAGGGUGACAGAAAAGGUAGUAGAUCACGAUUUCGAUAUUGCCAGUAAACAAUCGUGUGAGCUUGAUCUAGUCUCAUCAUAAAUACUAAAAGGGUGCGAGAGGACCCUUCUACCGAUCCAAACCAGGUUCAUCAAUAUGCCGCUCCAAUCAGCGUACAUGCCUGCUCAACUCAAGGAAGCUAUGGUUAAAAACGGCUUGGAAACUAAAAUUUCGAGGACGUUUUUGGACUCUUUACAUUUAGGGCAUGAAUUUUUCGUUAUUUCAGGCCAUGAAACCUAAAAAUGAGCCUAGCUAGCUGUAAAAAGGGGCAAUACGGAGGUAAUACGUCCUAGCCGGAAUGAUGACAUGCUGUUUACGGAAAAUUCCCUGUUCCAUGUCAGGAAAUUCUGUAUUUUAAAACCUCCCCUAGGGCAUGACUCAGCAAUUGAGGACAUUUCUGCUACGUUUUCAAUGUUGGUUAGCAUGCAAGGAUUUUUCCCAUGCCUAUCGUCAAUGAUUUGCUCACUGGUAAUAGAGGGGGUGGCCCCAGAGUGGUUUUGCAUUGAAAUUGGCUUGCAACAGAAUUUCGCAUGCCCUGUAAGCAUAAUUUGAGGUUCUGUGACCUUCUCACCCAGGCCGCGAGAAGCCUAGGUUCUAGUAAUAAGUAAUUCAUACCCAGCAAAAUCUCCGGCGUGCCAAAUUCUCUGGCAUGCCGGGCGUGCCAUAAUCUGGGUCAUGCCGGGCAUGCCAAAAUCGUUCUCUGGGAUGCUCUCAACGCACAUGUUAUAAUUCCUUGAAUCUACAGAUAUUUUAAGCCUGGCUAAAAAAAUAAAAUAAACAGAUCACAGUGCUUAUCUUCACAAGAGUGUUAUCCACAACCAGACAUUGUUCAACUUCACAAGAGUGUGCAAUUGAGAUAAAUGCAUGGUAAAUAAAGUGAAAGAAACGUGGUUUCACAUGAGCCAAUUUACAUUGCGUUUUUCGAUGAUGUUCACACGCUCUUCCACUGCGAAAUAAACCUUUGCAUUUGGAUUUACAAGUCAAGAUUAUACCGAGUUUCACUGACUCUUAAUUGAACAACAGUUUCAUUUUUAAGCAGGUAAGGUGUAGACCCAUAUAAAGCCGGAAUAUGUAAAGGAAACGCAGCGAAAACUUUUUCGCAUCUUUUUGUGGCGAUAUUCUCUCACGGCCCGUCAACUGAUUAGGGGUUGCGAAGAAAAAAUAAAUUAGGACCAAAGGUUAAAGCCUGUCCGUUACAUCAUUUCGUAUGUUACCUAGAGUUCCAAUAAAUAGGUCAUAGAAUAGGAUUUAACGAGAGCGAAUUUGUUUCUCAAUCGGUGUAUAAAAAAGUGAAGCUAUCAAAUGAGAAAUUUAUAGAGUAUCAAAAUUAUUAAAUUAAAAGCUCAUAUAAUUAGGAAAAUUCCUAUACGAAAACAAUGCUAGUGACAUUAAAUUGAUCAGAUAAAAUUCUCAAAAAAUAUGUCGAAUAAAAGCCACAAUGUUUGCUUUUGUUUUUGCGUAAAGAUAUAAAAAUUUUCGGCCCACAAAGCAAAGUUGAAAAAGCGACUAAAUCUUAGUUUUUUUACAUUGAACAUGUUUAUUAGCUUAGUUUUCGUCCGUUUUAAAAGCUUUAUAACCCAAUCAUAAUUUUCGGGUUAAAAUAGUACAAAAUCAUUUCAAAAACCAUGUUCAUUUAAAGUAGAGCCGGCAAACGUGAACAUUUUGUAAUUCAAAAGUCGGACCCAGCCAGGUUGUUUAAGGUGUCUGAACACAGUUUUAGCAGUUUAUGAGUAUGUGUCAUUUGCCAAAUCAUGGCAAGAGAAAGGUUGGACGUCACAAGGUGAAACUUGGCAAGUGAAAAAUACACUGAUGAAAAAUUUUGAUUGACAGCUAAAAUUUUACGUUUUCGUAGUUUCCAUGGCAACAUGAAUGAUUGAAUACAACUUUAAAAUUUCACUUUUGCUUAGUUUACAUAAAAUUCGCUCAUUAGAUUUUCCUAUAAACUUGCACACACCUUACUAUAAUUAGUCAUUACCAUUUGAAACUUAUUUGACCAAAUUUUAACAGACGGGAUUUUAGAUAAUCAAUAAUAUAAUGGUGCUGUAAUUAUUAAAUAUGUCACAAAAUUCGUCUGUUCAACUUCCAUUUUAAAGUUUUCAUUAUUUAACAUACUAUAAAAGUAAAAACGCUGCCAAAUAUCACAAAAUUUUACUGAGUAGAUUUUGAGAAAUCGUCUUCUGUGUGCCAUUGCUUUUUCGCCGCCAUGUUUGUUUGUCUAAUUUAAAACACACGCCGUCACGCUAGUUACCGCUGACCGCCCGCAAAACUGUGUUCAGCCACCUUAAGCUUAGAAUUAUUUGCAUUUUAGCGUCCUAUAAAUUUACCAGAAUCGCCUCUCAGAGGCUUACUGUAGCAAAGCAUUUUGUAGUACACUCGUAGACAAGCAAUGUAAGCCUUAAGUCUUUUCUUGGAUGAGAUUUCCAAAAGAAAAAUUAGUUUUGUGGACCUAAACGCAAAUUCACAGACUGCUUAUAUUGAGUUGUUUACAACUUUGCAUUGACGCCUGCAGCAUGUUCAUUUUUUUAAAGCGAAAUCCAAAUCUGAUUUUGGCAUUUGAUUUACGGGUAUUUUAUUUUGUCUCCAAAAGUGAUUGUAAUAUCCCUUUGAUUGUCUUUCAAACAACAGUCAAACUAUGCAGCAAAAAUAAGUAACUUUACCAGUACAGUGAAAAAAUAUGACCGUAGGUGCCAAAAAUAAUUAUACUCGAGCUACAGAAUUAGAUCUGACUUUUUUUAGCUUUGGUUUCUAUAUUUUUGAAGUUUUCUCUAGUCUUCUUAGCAGCAGAAGAAGAUUACAAGACAUACAAACAGAAAGAAAUCCGAGGUGAACGAGUUGACAACCACUUAUGCCGGAGUUCUUAGGCAUGCUCAACAGCAAGAUAAACUGAAUGCCUAAAGGCAAAUUCACGGGAUUUAUUCGAUAUUAAAGCUUUUUCUUUACCAAAUUAAUACUAAAUUUGUACCUACGGUCUCUCGCAAAAUCCAUUUCUUGUCCAGCGUUCACCAACAUCUCAACCAUGCCCCGCAGAAAAAAAAAGACAAACAAGUGCGAAGAGACAUGACGACAUCGUGACGCUACAACUGCCACGCUACAACAAACUAGAUUCAUCGUCAUCCGAAAACACUUCUGCGGAAAUUCGGCCGAUUUCGUGCGUGCUCGGGGUAUCUUCGGAUGAAGCAGAUGACGUUUCUGAAAGGACUAUCGUCAGCAAAGAGUAAAACAGUUUGCGAGAUUCGCAUAGCCGACAAGAAGAGCAGUGAAAACCUAAGCAAAAUCUCUCUGAGAAGGCAGUCCAAAUUCACCAAAUCAGAACGUCUUUGCAGUAUUAACGUCGUACUCUCGUACUGACUUGAACGACCUGGUAAGCUUAUUUUUCACUUAUUUUUCUUUUAAUGUUGUUGACCGGGAAACAUUCCGACGCGAUAAAACUUAAGCAUGGAUAAGUUUAUACUGAGAAGAUUUGUUAUGUUAUUGUUUAAGACGCUUUUCCGCGAUCAAAUUUAAAUCUGGACCCAGAAAUGUCAGUAUCGGUUUGAAAUAAAAGGAUUAAUCUUUGAUUGCAAGUUAAGUAUUCUAUUUUAUGCAUGAAUAAUGUUGUUUUGUUGUGCUUUUUAUUUAUAAAUCCAGGCUUCUGUCUUCAGUUUUGCCAGUCGAUCCCGUGACACACAUUGUGACAAACAUGACUUUUUUUGUUAUAAUCUGCAUUUAUUGCCAGGCAUGAAACCUGUUACUUCAAGCUCCCUAAGAUACAUUUGGCGAUUAUAUGAGAUUCUCAGGAUAUGAUGCUGAAGCAAACAUCAAAAUCAGUCUCGCUGGGCAUGCCAAUUUCUUGCCUGGCAUGCCGGGCAUGCCAAACCAACUGGCUUCACCAUCGGCAUGCCUGGCAUGCCAAACCAGAGGAGCAAAAACUGGGAAUGAAUUGGUGUCCCCAAAUUAGUAAGGGAUUUGUUCCCUGGCUAGACGGUUUUUGACACUUUAAUAAAGUUUCUAUUCUAUUCUAUUCUAUUCUAUCAACCCGGCGAGAGAUCUGGGACCUAAGUUUAGCUGGGUCAAUUUUGGGGCUGCGAGGGCAUGAACCCAUUUUUUCCAUGCCUAUGAGAUGUUAUUUCUAAGUACCAAUGUUCCCUUGAAUUUUGUCAUGCCUAAAUAUAUAAAAUUUUCCCUCUCUCAUUAAUCCUCAGACUGGAUGCGAUUUUUACGCCCGCUAGGCAUGUUCAACUGAAAAUCAUGCCCAUACCCUUAUUCAAAACAAAAUGCUAUCAAAUUUUAGUUUCCAAGCCGUUUAAACCAAAGGUGAAGAAAGACUUCCUAGAUCCCGAACAGUACUCGAAUUUUAUCUCGAAUUUGAAGUUUGCGUGCAAGAUAAAUGAGAAAGCUGUUGCCUGCCAAUUGAAGGAUUGCCUAACUGACAACAACUUAGACGUACCUAUUCAGUCAGCUUACAAAUCUACAAACGUUUCCACAGUACCGAGACAGCCCUGAUAAAAGUUCAAAAUGACGCUCUGCUUUUUUUUAACAACAACAAAAACAACUUUAUCAAAAGCAAUGAAAUACAUUAAACAUACCUACUACCCACAUUUAGCUAAAGCUAUUCGAGGCAGGUAGUAUGGGUACUCUACAUACGUGAACUGAUACAAUUUAAGACAUUUUACGAGGAAAAUAAAAGAGAUCUGGAACAUCAAGGAAAAAAAGGUUAAAAAGAAUAACGACACGAAUGAAUAAAUAUGUAUUUCUAAAUAAGUAGAUAAAUAAAGGUUACAAUACAUUGGAUUAAGAUGAUCCUUUUUUCAUUUCAUUAAUAAGGGUGUCUAUAUCAGCAUAACAAUCCUGUCUUUGAAGAUCAAGUAGUAAUGGAUUGUGUAUUUGUUUCCUAAAGGCAUGCUUUGGAAGUUUUCUCAAAUUCUCAGGAAUACUUUUCCAACUUUUAGCGCCAACGCGAGCAAAAGAGUUUGUGAUGAUUCAGUCUAUAGUAUUUCCUAUAAAAGUUACCGGCUGAAGAGGAUCGGGUGUUGUAAUUGUGAACUUGACUUGAGAGAGUGAACAUGCCAUUGACGCUAGGCAGUGCAGAAUCAUAAGAGACAUCACGCAUUAGGGCAGAUGAGAGCUUGAAGUAUAGCAUGGAUACUGGCAUUAUAUUAUAUGAAACGAAGUAUGGAAUAGCAUGAGUUUGGAAUUUGGCAAAGUUCGUCAGGAGCACUAAAAUUUUUUAUAGGUGGGAUCAAGCAGCUAGGUCCCAGGCGACAAGACCAUACGACAGAUAUGGAUAAAUAAGUGACCGGUAAACAUGUUCAAGUGUUGAAAAUGGCGUAAAAUGCCUCAGUCUCGCAAAGAUUCCAAUAUUUCUGCUUAUCUUUGAAGCAAUGAGGCUAAUAUGAUACUUCCAGGUGAGACGCGUGACUGUCAAUUAGAACCCCUAAAUAUUUUAUAUAUUAAUAUUUGCGUUCCAAAGCAAAUUGUCAACGUGUAUGGUUAUCAUAAACCUUUAAGGUUAAAUCAUGAUUUAGAAGUUUUCGAUAGGGGUGAAAGAUAACGAAGUUAGUUUUUUUUUUAAAUAUUAAGGGAGAGUUUAUUCGCAAUCAGCCAUUCGCAAACUUUUGAUUCGAGAUUGUCGGCAUAUAGUAAGUUAGUGUCGUCAGCAAAAACAUAGUCUAGAUUCAAAAGCAGGUUGAGUUUGAUCGUCCGGGUGAACGUAGUCCUGAAUAGGACUGUUGUUGUUGACAGUGACUGACGUUUCCACAACCUGUGCGGUAGUCAUCUUCAGAGUCAAAGUCAGUUGUAUCACGUCAGUUGAUGGUAUUAUACUCUGGUUAUUGAUCUGAUUGGUCAAUUACGUCGCGAUGUUAUUGGUCGUCUGUCAGUUAAGCCGUGAUGUUAUUGGCUAUGAAGACUCGUCAUCAGUAAUUGGUGCGUUUCGAUCCGUCUAUUGUCAAAGUUAAACAGUUGUCUAUUUUAGUCGAAUUGUCAGUUCUCCAGUCGUUCUCUCGUAGCUUAUAGUUAGUUUUGCUUGAUCUCGUCAAUAAGUCGUUUGUAGGGCGCUGGUAACUGUUGGCUACGAUUCAGUGGCGUUUGUUCUAAGUUAGUAAACCAGCUUUCUAAAGUGUUUCGUCUGUAAAUGGUGCUCAGCAAUGUGAUUGUUGACGUCACCCUUCCUCGUUGCUCGUUUUUGUUCGGUCAGUCGCGUGCUAACGUUUCUGUCGGUUUCACCAAUGUAAGAAGCCUGGCAGUCGCAGCAUUUGAUCUUGUAUAUUACUGCUCCCUGUCUGUCCUCCGGUUUGUCUUUGUCCUUGACAUAAGUAAGCAGUCGUCGUAAAGUGGUUAAUUAUCGGUUUGUGUGCAACAUGUAUAUUGUAAGUUUGAAAUGUACGUACAAUAGUUUCAGAGGUGCUUCUAAUGUACGGUAUAGUCGCUGUCGUAACAGGGCCAGAGUCGGUCCGAGUGUUGGAAUCAGUGUUACUGUGGGUGUUCCGUCUAACAAAGUCCGUGUUGAAAUUGUUCUUGCUAAAAAUGUUGUUAAGAUAAUCAGUCUUAUCUUGUAGGCUGUCAGGUGAGUCGCAAACUAGUUGCGCUCGUCUCGUCAGAGUCCGGAUAGUAGCAGCCUUGUGAGAGGUCGGGUUGUACGAAGACUGGUCUAGUAAUCGGUCGGUAUGUGUCGGUUUUUCUGUGAAUAGUCGUUUUUAGUUUGUUGUUGUCGCGAGUGACCAAGCAAAAUUCCUAACUAUAUCAUAAGAAAAAAAACGUUUGAUUAUAUAAUGAUAAAAUUACAUCAAAUCUAGUAUAAAAGUUCUAUUUACAAUUAUUACUUAUCUACACAGUGCAUUAUAAAAGAAUUUCUAAACCUCUUUGUUUUUAUACGUGGGAUUGAAAACAUAUACCUAUUCCUAAAGUUGUGGAUGGUGCAGAACAAGUUGAAGUUGAACAAAUACACGAACAAACUGCUGAUUUUGGGUGCCCAUCAUCGCCCACGUCCAUCGAUAGAGAGUAGGGACCUUAAGUAUCGACGACGAAAGAGACUACGACAACGAUCUGCACCAUGAAAGGACUGGGUCGAGAACGUCGUUCACGGCGAGAAAAUUCGAAAGUUAUUGAAGCGCACGCUUACUGUGGACGACGAGUUUUCAGGAACAACAUCACUUUAAAUCAAUCAAUCAAUCUGAGUUCUUAUUAUUAUUAUUUCCCAUGUAAACAAAGGAAAUACGUAUGAAGUGUUCAAUCAUCUUUGCCUCGGAGCUGUUUUCGUCGGCCAACUUCUCCUUGUCAAUGAUCUCUGCGAGAGCUUGGUCUAGUUUGGUCUCCUCGCAAGUGAUUCCAGAGGCAUUUUUCUCUUGACGCAUUUUCGCUUUUACUAUUGUUUAUCAGCAAGGUCAGUCUGUCUCUCGCGGGCCUUUUAUUGACUCUAAAUUUCGGAUGAUCAAGGCCACUCAGGUUAAAGCUAUCUGGUUCCACUGAUACAUCUCCCCUUUCCUUGCUUCUAUACGGAUGUUGCUAGGGUGCCAUAACUAACACUUCUCGGCAUAGCACCAAAUCAUACGUUUGUCUGACCACUCCAUUCAUACAAAGAAAAAUAGAUCCAACAGUUACUAAUGUUUGGAAGCAAAUCACUACUGUCACAGUGUUUAAAGAUAAAAAAAGGGCGGAACAGGUUGUGAUUUAGCAUCUUUUUGACCUGUAAACCUUUUUGCUUCGCAAAAGCUGGAAAACACAAACAAGAAAGUUUCAAUGCAACUCGCUUCUGCUUGUUCACAAAGACCUACGUCCCCUACUCCUUUCGAACAGUGGUGUGGGUUCUUUUACGUCCCACAUGAACCAGAUAAGUGCUCUCACAACUGAGCCAACCAGGCGGCGGUCAUUUGGUCAAUAUUCCCGUUCGUAAAAAGAGCGUUGAUAAUUGUUAUGACUUUAGUGGCUGUCUCGGAUACAAUAGGUUGAGUAAGAGGUUCGUAGAAAUCCUCGUUAGAGACUUGUUGUAGGCCGUGUUGAAUUUUCUGUUUAGUAUACAUUAUAACAGUAGUAGUCCCUGAAAGCAAGAAACUUGGUCAUUCUUUAAUAAAACCCUGCUUCUUGUGACAUGUCUCAUUUAACAAAAAAAUGGAAAAAUAACCUGUAUUAUGCUAUUUCGUUGACAGUCACACUUAUAAUUUGGUAAAAUUAGGUAUUAAUAGCCUUAUUUUAACCAGGUAUUUUAUGUUCUUCUGGCAAUUCCAGCUCUUAAUUAUCGAAUUUGUGCCAUAAUUCCUCGUCUUAGAGUACAGGCAUUGGAAUGUGUUAAAAGCCACGCUGUUUUUGAUGUCUUUGUUUUGAUCUUCGGGAAACACACACAUAGAUCGCGCAAAAUUGUUCGAUCGUGCCGAAUCACCCUGCGGACGACGAGAAAAACAGAACAAAGAAUCAUUGGUAUACUACUCCAUUCUAGUAUUUAGCAAUCCGUGAAUAACGAUGGAAAGUAAACUCUGCUGUUUUCCAAAAAUCCGAGCAAACAUGGUCGAACACAAACCGUGGGUUCAGUGACAUGACAUCUCAAGAUCAAACUAGUGCCCCUCUAAGUCCGUCAAGAACAAGCUGGAAGAGCAUAAUCCUCGCGGAGAAUCAAGCUAAAUACAAGAAGUAAUCUAACCAAAUUCUACAAACGUUUCUUUCGCCAAAAGUUGAGUUUCUCGAAACUCACGGCCAUGCUGUUGUAAUCGUUUAUUAAAAACAGCCGCCGCCAACUCGACAGCCACUUACAUAUUAUGUCACAUACUUUGAGCACAAAAAAAAUUUUCCAAGAGCCAGCAACCUCUAAAAUAACUCAACAAAUGGUACUGUGAACUAUGAGGAAAGAUUCCAUCACUCACUGUGGAAGAAAGUAGUCGUUCAUUCUCGGCUUUCGGCCGCUGCCAGUACUACGGCCGCUGAUGAGAGGACACAAUGUAAAUCCACGUAAAAUUUUCAAGGGCAAACAAUUUCAAAAAUGAUUAACCGCAAAAAAGUUUUUUGUAAUCACUAUAGAACGAUUCUUAAUACAAAACUGCGCCUACUACCAAACGAUGGCUGAGAUUUAAACAGACAAAAAGAGCCUUCCAAAAUCUCCAACAGAACUUGGAAACGUCAGGCCGACUUUUUCAAUUAAGUUGGUCCACCAAAAGAAUCACAGGUUAUUUAAGAAACGGUUGUUACUGAAAAUGUUUCGUGCUAGAUUUCCUUAACAUGAUAUGAAUAAAUUGAAGAUCAUGUUACAUUUGGCUCAUUUUAAUGUACACGUGUUUUCUUUUCAGAUUGAACUUCAACCGAUAGAAAACGUUUACCCCAACCUAGGUAAAGUGUCAAGUGUUCCUGUACACGAAUGCGACAUAGAUGAGAUAGAGUGCCGCUUUGACGAUCUUAAUGAAGCACAGAGACUUGUGUCAGUUUACAUAACAAAUGGGGGAGUGCUAGACGGCGAAAUGAAAGAAUUCCGUUCUAAAGUUAGCAAGAUCCUGCGUACAUUUCGUUCUGCUAUAUCAAGCCUGGAACAAGAAAAGGUUACACAAUGCCUAGAGGUGUAUGAGAAGGCCUUAAGUAAAGAAGACUACGAAGGAAAAUUUGCAGCGCACUGGAGGGAAUUGUUGAAAAAAAAGGUGCGUCACAAGUUAUCUUUAAGCAAAACUGAUGUUCAUGUUAAAACGUAAAGUUUUGGUGUAAAUGUAAUAUUCCCCUCCCUUGUUAUAAGACAGACCCUCUCUUAUCUGAAACUGAUAUGAUCCAACGGUGAAAAAUACUAAUAUCUGAAAUAACUUUCAAUUGGUGCUACUUCGGUGUUUACUAAAACAAGGAAUCAGUUAUAUCCGACAUCAGGACUUUGGUCUGUUUUUAGUACCAGGUCAGCACUAGGCAACUGCUAGUGAUGACGUUAAGACAGGUAAGCGUUUUUACGAUAAACACAGUCGCCGCUCCAACGCUAAUUGGCAGUCACCAAUCUAACUAAUUAUCAAAAGUAGGUUGAGUUUGAUCAUCCAGGUGAACGUAGUCCUGAAUAGGACUGUUGUUGUUGACCGUGACUGAAUUCUGACAUUUUGACAACCUGUGCGGUAGUCAUCUUCAGAGUCAAAGUGAGUUGUAUCACGUCAGUUGAUGGUAUUAUACUCAGGUUAUUGAUCAGAGUAUAAUAGGGAGCUUAAGUAGCGACGUUUUUGAGCGACGCACGUCAACCGGAAGUGAGCCGUUUUCUCUUCUAGUAAGCCUUGACGCUACCGUAUUUAUAUUGCCAAGUGUCUUAAUUCUUAAAGAGACGAUCUGCCCAAAAAUUUGUUCAAAAUCACGGCUCAAGUGUGCAAAAAGUCCAUUUCCGGUUGACGUGCGUCGCUCAAAAACGUCGCUCCUUAAGCUCCCUAAUACCAGUAACUGACGUGAUACAACUCACUUUGACGCUGCAGUUGACUACCGCACAGGCUGUAGAAACGUCAGUCGGUGUCAACAACAACAGUCCUAUUCAGGACUACGUUCAACCGGACGAUCAAACUCAACCUACUUUUAAAAUGACUCCUGGGCUCAAACCUUUCAGACUUCUAUAUAAAUAAUUAUGUUUUAGAAUAAAAGCCCGCCUUUCCUCAAACGCUCUAUUGUAUUUAAAUUUUUGGUAAAAUAUAAGACGAAGUUUUCAAGAAAUAAGAAAACGAAUUAUACUUUUUGUUGCGAUGACUCGCCUUAAACAGAUAAUGGAGCCGCGUUGAACAGUUCUUCUAUUGAGGAAGACUGCAAAAAGGCGGAAUUUGUAUUUGUAAUCAAAUGGUGAUGAGUGAAAUUAGGGAAUAAUUUCACGCGCGUUUUGUCCAAAUCCUAAUAAUUUCCGUCGCCUAAAGUGUCGGGAAAUUAUUAGGAUUUGGACAAAACGCAAGUGAAAUCAUUCCCUAAUUUCACGAGUAUGCCAUUUGAUUACCUAUUAAUAUUAUGGGUGACGAAUUACGUUAGCAAUCUUGGAUUUUUGACAUGUUUAUCCUGGAUCGUAUCGAUCGAGAACUCCACUCUCUCAAAUGUUUAGACCUUAAAUUUGGCUUCUAAAGUUCAGAAUUUUUCAGACUUUUUCGGCAAAAUACCUGUUAGAAUCCUUCUUGAUGUUCUCUUGUGUGUUCAGGUUUUCUAAAGCGUCUUUUUGUGCCCUGAUAUCUUCAUUCACGGCAUUUUAAAACUUCGUCGCCAUCUUGACAGUGAGACGCACGGAAGGGUUGCCAUGGCAAUUUUGUAAUUUCACAUGUGAAAUCACAAAUUAACGCUGAAAUUUCGCGCCAAAAUUAAGGAGUAAUUCGUCACCUAUGAUAUUAAUUAAUUUAUUAUGGAACAACACAUGGCUCGCAAAUUUUAAAUUAAAUGCUUUGCGUCAGUCGCCUUUAGUGGCCCAACGGUCGCCGUCGUAUUCGGCUAGGAAAAAAGUGAGACGAAACACGGAAAUGAAUGCGACAAUCUAUCAAGAAAUGACUUUUUUUUUUAUUUUAUUUAUUUAUUUAUUUUUGGAAGAGAGUAGAAAAUAAUUUCUUUUAUGACCUCCAUUUCUGUAUUAGCUAUAACUGCUUGCACUCCCCCGAGUUACUUCCUUCUGCACAGGAUUUUGCUUUUGUGAGUAAUAAACCUUUUACUUUUCUAACUUUCAGGAAGAAACCGAAACCGACGGCAAGGUAGGUAGUAUGGCCUAUUUGAGCAUUUAGUAGCACCGAUCUUGCAGGAUAUAGCCUGCCAGCAGGCUCUCCGGGGCGCUCUGGCGGACGAAAAAGGAAGCAAAGCUUGCAUUCAUGUCUCAGGAAUUUGAAUAUCUGCAUCGAACAAGUCGAUGCAAAAUGCUGAUUGGCGGAGAUGAAAUUUGGUAAUGACGUCAUUACUGUGAGAAACUGCAAGGGGUGACAUUGCUAGUUGCUAUUUCUGGUUUUCAGUGUCACGCAAUUCAAAAUAGAUCAAAAGAAAAAUCAAAACCGUUCAGUAGAUUCGAGAGAUAAAGUCCAGAAUCUGGGCCAUGAAAGGAGGUAAAUAUGCAAAGAGCCUCGCCAAGAUUCAGGUCAGGGCAAUAGUUCCUAUACGAGAUAUCCGGAGAAAUGUUUUACACAAAUUUGUAGAGAUUUGUAUGGAGACGCCAUACUGGUGCCCAUCCGGAAGGGCACCAACAUGGCGGCCGGAAACCAACAGAAACAUCUGUCGCCGAAUUUUGCUACAAAAGCGUAACUUUAUCUCUCGAGGAACUCAUAAGAAUUAAAGUAAUACUUUUUCUAAUACAUGAACUAUUCAGAUAGGAAAAAUCGCCGAAACAAGUCAAUGUUUUAAACUGCAUGACAGCUCUCUUGGUCGUCAUGUAAAUGCCGCGUCACACAAAAGCUUUGAAGCUCAAGCGUACUCUAUCACAAAAACCCUUUUGAAGCGAGAAUUUGUAUGAAUAUUAUAUUAUUAGAUUUUUUAGGACCUGCUCGUUUCAAUAUUUUGGGCUCAAGUUUGGCCACAAUGUUUCCAAACUAUCUUGACCCAAAUAUCUCGCUCAAGCAGGCGUUAGCGGCGGUUUGCCACUUUUUCAAUGUUCUUCUCUUGAGAAUUUUUUCGACGCUCAUUUCCUCUCCAUGCUGACUGGCUAAAAUCUGACUGCUCAGUCAACGGGGAGCCAUAGGAGGCACUGGAGGAGGAAUUCGAAUGCCGGAAACGUGACUGCAAGCUAUCCCUUUUUUUCGCCCACCGCCAGAGCACCAAAAAGCUUGCUGGCAGGUUAUGCGGGAGAAAAAAAACUGAGUAGGUAGAUAAGUAGUGGGGACUUCAGAACUUCACAAGGUGGUCAUGCAUUGGCCCUCAUAACGUUGUGAUCAUGCGUAUAACGAGAUUGUAGAAUUACAAAAUUACUGAACUUUUAUUUGAGUCAGGAAAACGUGAUCCGCGUGACAGGGCUUAAAAGCGGCUGGACAUGCUCACUUAAACUAAGGCCUUCUUCCCACCUUAAAUUCUAUUGUAACGGCCGCUGGCAACAUCUUGCACAUCCAAGACCUUCAACUUCAGCUUGAAUCAGGAACUGAACAAAGACUGGUGCUGAAGUUUUGACUACGAUGGCAGACAUCGAAGCUGUGUUUUCAUUUUUAUGAAGCACAAGGCCUUCAAACAGAAUGUUUCACCUUUUCAGAAUUCAUUCAUGGUUUUUCAUUUCAUUAUUUUGGUUAAUUUACAUGAACAAUUUUCUCACUGCCCACAAAUAGGUGGGCAGUGUCUAUAUAAAACAAAGUACGCACUCCAAAUUGUACUCAAUUGACAAGUCAACAAAAGUAAUUUAUAUAAAUUGUACAAAUGGCUGCGAACAGAAGAAACGUUAAGUAAAAACCAAUGCUGAGGUUAACUGGAAUACAGAAUAUAAAUCAGAAACUUACAAGUACACUAUUAAGACGAUUGCAAAGAUAAUGAGUGGGUGUGUUACGGACAAUUUUGAAUAUGUUGCAUUUGUCCUAAUAAGGUAAGUAGCUCAGUAUAGUCGUCUCUCUGCGAAAGGAUUUGAAGUAAGCAAUCAUGUAUUUUCUUUUUAAAGCUAUGCUUUGGGGGUUUUCUGAUACUCGGAGGCAUGAAAUUCCGUAUUUUGGCCGCAAUCUUGAAAACGAUUUGCCUUGUUUAUCCAGGCUUGAAAAUUUAAUUUCGUAAUCACCUCUUGACAAGGAUCUAUGUUCAAGGAAUGUCUCGAGAGACAUGCCCCUCUUCGGAGGGUCCGAGUUACGAGACCGCCAGCACCCUCGAUGGACGACAGCCAAAUACGGUCACUACAACAGCUGCGGAAUAAGUUCCGGAAGGAAGCCCACCAGACUCGCUCUCAGGACUCCUGGGAAUUUUUUCGGGACGUCAGAAACAAGUUGAAGGCAGCUAUUCGUCGGGCUUGCGAGACCUUCAAAAGGCAGGCGUUAUCCUCUAAUAGACCGCAGGAGGAGUGGUGUAUUAUCCACCGCAAAUUGAAACCUAACCAGCAACCCUGGCGGCAUGAUCCCGAUAACUUAAAUUCAUUCUUUGCUUGUACUACCGAGAGAACUUUACCUGUUAGUAGUGACUUACCUUUCUGUUUUGAAGAACUAAUUGAAUCUCUACCUGAUGAUAGCCCUGCUAAUUUCAAGCUCCGAGAAGUGUCCCACGGUGAGGUCCUGUGCGUGCUGAAAUUGUUACGAUCUGACACGUCUACUGGCCCCGACGGUAUCCCUGUCAAAUUCGUUAAAAUGGUGACUGAUUCCAUUGCUGGCUCCCUGACAGCUACUAUCAACAACUUUAUCAGAAAUUACUGUUUUACUAAGGCAUGGAAAAAUGCGAGGAUCAGUCCAAUUCCUAAAGUAGAUCAACCGAAGUCUGAGGAACACUUUCGUCCCACUUCAAUUCUCCCCACACUAUCAAAAGUCUUUGAGAAACUUGUCGCGCUGCAGAUGACCACCUUUUGUGAAUCUGAAUCAGUACUCCGCGAUACAACUUCUAGCUUUCGUAAGGGACACUCGACCAAUACAGUGCUAAUGGGUAUGCGCGACGAUUUGCUGAGAGCGAUGAAAAAAGGUGAGGUUACUCUCAUGGUACUGGCCGAUUUCUCUAAAGCGUUCGACACAGUCAACUGCAAGGUUCUUAUAACUACGUUAUCAACGCUUGGUUUCUCGAAGCCGUUUCUGCGCUGGUUGAAUAGCUACUUGAGUGACCGGUCACAUUUCGUACAGAUCGAUGAUCGUACAUCUGAAUCAGUGAACGUACGUGAACGUAUUCAUGUAACUACAGGAAUUCACUGUGUCAAGGCAAUUGUUCUUGCUCCAAUUUAGAUUUGGCCUGUACAGGGGCGUGCUCUUGCAUAGCGGACGAAAGUUGUAAAAACCGGCACACUGCAGCGGUGCAAUAUCUACCAAGUGACUCAGAGGAAGAGUCAGAGUAUGAUGUGGAGGAAGACUGGGAAGACAGCGACACAGAGUGAAUAACCUCCGUCGUAAGGUACCCGUAAACGUGCUUUUGGCAGGCCAUGAAGUAAAUUAAUUUUGUGUGAAUGUGUAACAAAACUAAACGCUUAGCCAACUAUGAGACAGGCCGAGGGGCAUGGAAACAACGCGUUCACACCUUAUACCGUCCAGUUUGCUAUUUGCGCGCUAUUUUCCCGCCUUUUCUCUAAAUAUAACAAUCAAAAUUCGGUUCACCAAUGAAUCACGUCGUUUUUCUGAAAAUCAGCAUUCGGCUGUGGAAAAAACAGUCUGAUGUUUUAGGAAACAAAAUGUUUCAGAGAAAUAAGCAGCUCGAGUUAAAUGAAUUGAGUCAAAUUGCGCUUUUUAAAAUAAUUAUCUUUAUAAUUGUUUUCGUUCCUUUUUUACUAUUGUGUUUUAUUUUACUAUUUUAUUUUAUUACUAUUUAUCACCAUUUUAGUAUUUUAUUAACAUGUACGCACGUGCGUGCCGUACUUACAGGUAGCUACGCCCCUGACAAGUUUUCAGAAACCGAUAAUAAUUUCAAUUCGUUUUAAUCUUCUUCAAGUUUCUCCAUCUGUGCCUUCUUUUGUAUUUGCGGUGUUAUCAAUGUCUGCUUUUUGAUGUUUUAGCUCGCACUUCCUACUGUAAGAAUUUUGGUAAAAUUCCUAACACAGUUCUAUUAAUAAUCGUAAAACAUAAAAAGCAUUGAAUCAUUUACUGAAAAAAAUAAGAAUACCCUAGUCUUCUUCGCAGCCGCUCGGGCCGGGUUAAGAAUACGUGGAAUAAACUCAAAAAUCACCUGUUUUGACUUUCAUCGCACAGUAAAAUCUAGAAAUCUGGUGGAUAUCAAUAACGAUGAAUGUAGCAUUCCAAUAAUCCAAAAACUUUCGAUCGAAGAGAUUUAUCACUUCUGCGUAUUCUUAUUCCGGAAUACUACCAAGCGAACGCACCCUGAGGCCUAGGCCAAACGUCGAUUUUUUCAAGAGACGAACCAAACUUAGUGAAUUCAUGAAAAGUUCGACGUCUGACUCAAUUAAGUUUGUCUGAAUGAGUUUGGAUCGUCCAAGAUGCGUGUUCUAUCCGUCCGCUUCAGACGGAUGGAACGUCUGAAGAUCAUCUCCGGGACAAAGGUCGAUCUAAACUAAUAAAUUAAAAAUUUGUAUGAUAAUGUAUAUUUAGCCUCGUUCGGGAGAAAUUUUGUCACUGAUCCGGUUCAGUUGAUUGAUUAGACACGUCCUUAGUUGGACGUCUGACCCCAAAAGGCCAUCUUCACUUAAUUUAGGUCGACCAAAAUUAGAGUUUGGUUCGUCUUAUGAAAAUUUCGACGUUUGGCCUAGGACUGAGAAUACCCUGGCCCUGCCAGAAAUUCGAAUGUCAUAAUUCUCACUUAUUUCGAAAGUUCUCGACCAUAUAUCGAUUUGGUUUUUUUUUAUCCUCUCAAAGGUACGUCAUGUAGUGCGUCGAGACACCCAGACUGAAGCGAAAGUUAUACGCAUAACGUCAUAUCUUAUAGUACGCACAGUCGCCACAAAAGCCACAUAAAAUGUGCAGCUUAAAGCGACGCCGGACAAUCAAUCCAUGCCUUCAUUAAUGAAACUUCUUUCCACCACAAAACGGCUUUUCCAAAAACCACCCAAAAUGAAAAAGGCCUUGACCAACGGUGGCAACUACUUAUUGUUAAUUAAUUGAAUAUUCUCUCCUCCACCCUCCCCCCCUCCCCCACCUUUACGUAAAAUAUCUGUCGUUGUCAGGAACCCAUAACAAGAAUGCCUAGGAAUUCCGAAGAAACACAACUGCACGUUUGUUUUGUUUUGACAUUUUUCUUUUAGCUGUCGGCCAAUCAGCCGUUUUUAAGCCCUGUUGGUCCGUGUAAAAAAAGGGGGAGGGGGGGGAUAACGAAUUUUUUUUUCGAGGUGGUUGGUCGUAACUGUGGGCUUCAACUGUGUAGUAGCUCUAAUUACUUUCCCUACGGUUUUUUUUUUUUCAGGCUCCAACAACUGACAUUAAGGUAGGUUAAAUAAGUUGUUUAUCAAACCGUAACAGGGAUAAUUAUUCUUAUAAAACUCGGAGAAUUAAUCAUACAGCUUCUUCGAGUGCGCACCUUUUGGAAAAACGAAUAAAGACAAUGACAUCAAGGGUGGAUUUAUUUGCAGCACGCGUCAAUAGCCGUCACAUUUGCUCGCUUAAAUAUUUUUUAUUGUUUUUGAGGUUAAAAACAGUAAUAAAAAAAUUAAAUUACAACAGGCAAAUGCGACCUCAAAUAAAUCUACCGAGAUAAUCUAAUCUCCAUUUUCAAAAUUUACACAUUUAUUUUUAUUAAUCUUUCUUAGUUUUUAGUCUCGCUUGCGUAAGCAGCGAGACUCAUAAUCUGCAACGCGUUUUUCGCCCCGCGGGGGUACUCCCUAUAUAGGCUAUAUAGGUAUGUGCGGCGCCAAAGGGUAUUGGUUUUUUAGCAGUUUUCGUCUGAAACAGGUUAUCAAUUUCGACCAUUUUGGUCUGAAAUAGGGUAGGGUUUGUGCACUCUAGUCUUGAACUGGGUAUGGUUUUUUAGAAGAAGCUACUUCUUCAUUAUAUGGCGAUAAGACCAUGUAUGUCACUCUUGUCACGCGCUGCAGUCACGCGCCGGGCUCCAGGGCUUCAGGUCUGAAAUAGGGUAGAGAAAAUCACAGAUUUUGCCCUGAAAUAGGGUAAGGGUUUCAGGAAGCGUGCUGCACACCCCCUCCCAAUUUCUCUGGAAGUACCCCCGGGAUUUUUCGUCGCAUUUAAUACACAAAUGGGGCGUCAUUGUGCCAGGCGUUUCUUCCGGAGACCGUGGAAACAAGGACUAAGAAUCGUUGCGUGAUCGAAGCCACGCAUGUUUAGGAAAGAUUAAAUUUAGAGCUUUUCCGAAACGUGUCGGUCAACGAAUUCUAUCGCUUGAAAGCAUUGAUUACUUUGGAACAAGUGAACACUACUCAGUAAUCGAAAAAAAAAGAAUCUUAAUUAGCAAUGGUCGGGUGUUGUAAAAUUUCAUUGUAGACACCAACACCAAUAAUUGCCACCCGUUAAAAUGAAUGAGUUGUAGUUCAGUGUUAAGAGUGUUUGAAAUGCUGUAACCUGUGAGUGGCAUAUACAGUAGUGAUGGAUGUUACAAGUAUAACUGUCACUGUAUUCAAGGUGGAAAAAUUGCUCAAACACUGUAACUAUUCCUGGAAAUUCUGUUAACAUUGACAUAGAUUGUCUUGCAAGCAGUGACAGACAAGAAUAUAAUUGACUACCAACAAUCAUUAUUUGAGUCAUAUCAUCAACUGAAGUAAUCUUUGUUAUCUUACUGUAAAUUAAAGCGCACAGACUCAUUGCGACACAUCGUUGUCCACCAAUUUCCCCAAAUCCUGUAACAUUUCCUUGCAAGUAUGGAGCAUUAAUUGUUUUUUUAGCUUCUACAUAAACUGAAGGCCCUGGAUUCUUCUCCAUAUCAGUACAAAGCUUAAAUUGGCCAGAAUUAACCCGGUGAUUCACACUGUUUUAAGCACUAUAAAAUGGAUAAUUACAUGUGCAGAGGGGCAAAUUCUUACUUAGAGGCCUAUUUGGAUAUCUCAUUCCACCUAAAUCGCUCUGAUGCUUGGACGACAGAUACACUUUCCCUCGUUUACGAACUAGUUUUGGAGUUGCCCCUUAAAAACCUCACACUGUUGCUGUUACUUCUGUACCUGUUUAAGUGUAAACCUUUUCUACUUUUAACGUAACAAUGAAUUUCAGACGACAGUGGUGUAUUUUUCCGAAUACUCUUCCAUACAAAAAGUGUCACUUUCCGUGUUUUCUGUAACAAAAAUUUUAAUUUGUUCAUUGGUAGUCUGCUAGGGGCAUGACGGUAACCGGUCAUUUCGUUCCAUGGUCAGAUCGUUGACAUCGUUCCAAGUCAGAUCGUUCUAAUCAAUAGUCAGAUCGUUCCAUAAAAUAGUCAGUUCGUUCCACAAAAAAAUCAGUUCGUUCCACAUAUGAAAAGUCAAGUAAAUCUUUCUAAAUUUGUCGAGUGAACUUUAUCGAGAAGAAAAAGGUUUCGUUCAUACCACAAACUGAUAAAAUAAUAAUCGAUCCAAAGUCGAUUCGAUCCAUCCUAAAUCGUUUGAAAACAAACAAGAGACGAUUUCAACCAGCCACGGGUUUUAACAUUUAAACCGCUGCUUUGAGAGUUUUGAGCUAGAAUCGAUCGAUAGUUUUGAAAGAUAUAGCACAACAAGUAAAAGCUAUGCCGCUCUGAAGGUACAGUAUUCAGGGGCACCCAACGAGAAUAUAGUUCAAAACCACUAAAACAUAGCAUUGUUAAAGGUAUUUUGGUAUUUAAACGUUAACAGUAGAUAUAGGCAUAUUUUUAUCCCCUAAAAAUGUUUCAUCUGUUCGGAUUUCCUAGCUGAAAGUCUAGUGAUCCGAAAAUUAUAGGGAUCAAAACUUACCUUUUCGAAAAUUUCAGCCAGAAAAAAGGCUCCCGAAAAUUCUAGGUGACCUUUUUAGAGUAAAAAUCAUUUAAAAAUAGGCAAUUAUACCAUAUUUUAGAUGUUCGAAAAUCCUAGGAGAAGCAGGCAAGCAAGAAAUUUUAUAACAAAUGUUCCGAAAAUUCUAGCUCUCCAAUCGUCUUCCGAACAGAUAUUUUUCCGAAAAUUGCCGUUGGGUGCCCCUGAGUAUUUCGAAGCGCUUGUAACCUAAAUAUUUCUUUGCAGCGGCCGAUUUAUGCAAAUUUUGAAAACAACGCGAGUUUCGAAUUACAAUCUCGAUUUUAUGGUAAUUUGUCUUGCCGAAAAUAUAAUGGACUAACCUGGUUUAAACCAAUGAAAUUGUAAGUUCUGUUAUAAAUAAAUUUCCCACGACGAGAUCUCAAUUGAACUUCUUUUAUUUCCUCCACAACACAAUUUUCCUUCUGUACAACUAGCUCAUUACCUUCUCUUGUCGUCACCUCGCUGCCAUCAAAACACUAACACAAAACUUGCUGAUAAUGCGGUGUAUGACAUUUGCAGACUGCAGACCGCAGACUGCAGACUGCAGACUGCAGAUUGUAAAUUAAAAGACACCAAAAAUCUUCCUAAUAAAGGUGGCACCAUCAAAAAUAUAACAUCGUGUGCAAGUGAGAAAGUAGCCUGGGAACAAGGUUGAUAUUUUUGCGCAAAGUUACAUUGGCUUCAUUUCCGAGAUGCUGUUGGCUAUUCUUCACCGAUGCAACUCUUUAUUGACUCACCUGGCAUAUCACUAAUUGCGUUGAUUCUUUAUUCUUCUUUGAUUAUUGUGAAUUGAUAAUGACAAGUCGGGCAAUGGCCACUAAUGCCUGUCUAAAUAUAGUAGCCUUCUGUAAAAAAAGUGUUUAGAUUGCGAGCACUUCGUGUUCAAUACAGUUACGUCGACAAAAACAACUAGGAUAGGUCACGGACAUUUAAGAGGCGGUCCGUGUAAGAACCGACCACUCGAAUUUCUGCGGAAAACAGAAUUCCUUCAUUUUUUUUUCCUGCGACAUAAUUAGUCCAUUCCAUUAACAAAAAUCGAAUUUGUUUGGCUGAUAGUGCUUUUUAAAAAAAAAUUGGGGCGGCGAUUUGCCCGCGGACGGUCCAAGAGGGUCUCAAUGGGGUUAACCGAUAGGCGUAAAACGACCAAAAAUUUAGUCGAUAGCCGUAAAAAUUGAAAAAUUUUAACCGUUAGACGUAAAUAGGGUAAAAAAGAGUUAACCGUAAAAGAAAUUGUCACCUAGAUUUGCUACUUUUAAGGAAGGUACUAAACUCACUUAUGGUUGCUUUUUUCUUUUUGGGUGAAGCGCCUUUUAGAUGUUAACCAAGACUUAGGCUCCUUUUCCGGCGCUCUCUCGGGGAACUAAUUUUUUCUAUAGCGAAAGUGUGGCUUCUUGCUGGGGAUUAAUAUUUGCAAUUUUCUGGAGGUCGUGCCCUCGAAACACUAGUGAAACAACACGCAGAGAUGUCACUGUUUGUAAAACACGUUGCCGAUAAACAAAAUUUCCUUGUUUUUCUCUGACGCUACGGUAGACAUUGCCAUGCCUAGUCCCUGUACUGUGUCUUCCCACGCAAUCUCGGUCAAGGCCUUUCGGUAGAGAACUCGCUCGGACCGCGUGACCCGAAACGCAUUAGCCGCGCGAAAUAAUGCGGCCUACGGACAAGGCAACGGCAGACAGUCGUUCCGUACAGUCCUUCGCUAUCAUUAAAAACACUGGACACGGGAAUGUUUGUUAUUGGCCGUUUUCACACUAGAGCUAGAAAUGGAUCAUCCUUCUGAGACUAGCCUGUGUACAGUCGCGCCCUCCCCACAGACACCCCUUCUCCGAUUUUUUCUGGGGGGAGGGGGCCGCUGUACACAGGCUAUCUGGAACGGAUAAUCCGUCUUCAAAAAUCAGGCGGAUUAUUUUAUUCAAAAUUAAAACUAUUCCAUUUUCAAAUUAAGACGUAUUGCCUAUCUGACGCGAAUCAUGAAACGGAUAACCCGUCUCACACGAAUAAUCCUUCUCUAGUGUGAAAACGGCCACUUCUGUUAUAAUGAAUUUCGCGCCCCGGCCUUGAGUUGGGCGUUUGCGUGUCUGCUUUUGCUUUUUCACAAAGAUUAUUUUCAAAUUGACUAUUGACAUUUCUAUAUGUAAAAUAAUAUUAGAAGUGCAAUACUUUAUAGAAAGUGUGAUCUAUCAAAUGUUAAAAAUUUUCAAAAGAAUAGCUUAUUUCAUCCCGAGAUGAUUCGAAGACCUUUAUUUGGAUUUAGAUACAAAAAAAGUACGGGUUAAUUAAUAUUUAACUUUUUGAAACAAAAGAAGUUAAUUUUUAACUUCCGUUAACCGUAACAGAAAAAAAAUAACCGAUAGCCGUAAAAGAGCCAAAAUUUUAGCCGAUAACCGUGAAAGAUACCACCCCAUUGAGACCCUCGUCCAAAGCUGUCAUGAUCGUCUUUUUGAAGGUCAAAUUUAAGCGUUUUGUUCAAGGCUCGCAAAAAUUUCGCUUUUAUCCAAAUAGCAUAGAACAAAAGUAUGAUUUUAAUUCAUGCUUCCUUUAUUCCAAAAAGGGAAAAAAAAUUUUAAAAAAAAUGAAAAAUGCGCGGUUAUCCUAGUUUUGAAAUGAGCUUUUUUCAAAAGUCUGACGUUAUCUGGAGUCUUGGUCACCAUCCCUGUUCAGAACAAGGGCUAGUGUAUUAAAAUCAAGAAAAACAUUUUUGGGCACUGUUGAUUCCGAAGCACAAGAGUUCGACAAAGUUGGGUAAUAUUUUACUGUAAUUGUGCGUAUGACGUAAUUUAUAAGCAUUUUGGUGAUUCCGAACUUUCCCACUGAAAAUCAAACCCAGAGAGCAAAUGUAUUAAAAAGUAGCUUUUAUUGUUCGAGAUAAACUGUGAAUAACUAACAGCUUGCCAAAUGGUACACGAAAACAGAAAUUGUGAAGUUUAAUAGCCCAAGUUAUCGAUUCCCGCGUAAGUUGUCGUCUAAGUUUACUUCUAAAAAGCUAUUUACAAAAUUUCGUUCAGUUGAAUUGGUCGUAGGUUUUCAUGAUCGACAAAUAAAGAAAAAGCUUUUCAUUCCGGGGCUGAGCAUAUAAGUAUUUGACGAAAGUGAGUUCCGUUUAAAAGAAUAACACAUUUUAUUUAAAACACUCGGUAGAAUGCAGCCGAAAUUCAAAUCAUCUGAAGAGUGUUAAUUUCCUGUCACGCUGGCUACGCAUGAAUUGCAGCCAGGUUUUUAGCUUGUCACGCGUACGUACUUUUUUAAUACGGUUGACAAAAGACAUGUUCUUUUCUAAUUCGACUUUUCAAAAAGUAUAAAUGUCAUAAAACGUCUUUUCAAGUUUUUGAAAAAUAACUGUUUCCACGAUUUUUUUUUAAUUCGAGGUUGAAAAACCCUGUUGCUUACCAUAAUAGCGGUUUGUGCGUUAAUGCGGCUGGUUACAGACACAGCCUUCAAGAAAUUCGGAUAGAUUCGCUACAAGAUUUUUUUUUCGAUCGCGAGAACUAAAAGGAAUUUCAAAGUAUUUCAACAUGUCCUUGAGCAUAGCAACGCUAAAUGUUUCAAGUUUCUUCUCGUGUGAAAGGUCUGCACAUAAACAGUAUGAAUCAUAGCAGAUAGGAUGCUUAGGACCAAGGUGGGUGGCUUCGUCUUCCAGGACGGUUCGUCUCUCCUGCUUUUCCUCUUCUGCCUGUACGUCUUCAUUGAGCGCUUCUUGAUGUGCUUUGCUCCUUCGCGAAGCCGCUAGCCUCGAAAAAAAUCUCUGUACUUGACCCUUUGUGAGCCAAUAUUUCCUUUCAAACAUCCGAGAACUCUCUGGGUUUCUUGCAGUUCGCAUAUCUGCUGCCACUUUUGCGGGAUCUGACUUGAUGCCAGUUCUUUCUCCAAGGUCAAAUUUCGUUGUUAGGUACUGUUUAACCUUGGUAGAAAAACGCACAGCUUCGUUUCGGGGCUUGUGUAGAGCCUAUCCAGUCUGCAAGUCACUGCACUGGGGGGAUCUGCCAGUUUCAUUCUUUUCGUGAAGCUCCUCUCCAACUGCUACAAGCACACUUCUGUUUUCUUCGUCCUUAUCAACAGUACGAAAUUUCUCCGCCCAGUCUCUUCUGAGCUUGUCAUACACCGUAUCAGAGUUUCGGCGAACUUGGCUGUGCUCACCAACAUCAAGGUGAUUUUCGAGUUCACUCAAUUUCUUGAAAACCAUGUUGCACCAGGGCUCAGAACAAGAGAAAAGACCGUUGCUUUGUUCAUUUUCACUGGUUGUCUCUCUCUUAUAUACUCGAGCUUCUUUGAGAGGAAAGAAGUUCUCAUCCACAAAAAAAAAUUAUGAGGUCAGUAGAACCUUGAGGUUCAGUUAUGACUUCUCGGUAAGGAAUAAACCUGCCCAGUCCAACACCAUAAGCUCUCCAUGCUCUAAUUCCUUCCACUUCAAACUUGAAAUUUUGAUGCUUGCUGAAACCUUCUAUCUUAUGUCUGAGUGUCUUUUGAGUCUCAUUUAUUGCGCACACGGAGGCAGUUGUACCUUGAACAGGGCGUUCUGAGAGCGCUACACGCAUGUCUUUGGCAGAAACGACAUCGUGUCCCUCAUUGCAAUAUCGUCGGUUGGAUGAUUUCAUUGGACAAAGGAUUCUAUCACAGAUAUCUUUUCCAUACUGCGGCUCGGAAAAGUCAUACCGUGCUACUUCAAUGCCUACUCGUCUUCCGGCAUCCCUAACGGCGGCUAAUAAAACGUUAUUGUGGUAACAGCCUGCUUCAUCACUCCUUAGGUUCACUUGGGUAGUCUGGGGAUGUUCUUUCUUUACAACCUCUAGCGUGUUUUCGAUGAUCGAGCAUACUGCGUACCAGUCUUGUUGGCAAGAGUCGAAGACAUGAGCAUACGAUUUCAGCUCAAUUUUUCCAGAGUCAAUAAUUAACGUUCUUAGUUAUAAGGGUGGAAAUAUGCCAGCUCAGCCCCCGUUUGCCGAACCAUUCAGACUGUUUCUCACGAAAUUUUAUUUGGAGGAACUUCAUAGCCCAGUCCAUCAUCAGAAUGGCACACUUAGUGCAUCUUGUUUCGCCUCUUCCUGAUUUAUUGAGCGACCAAUGCGCGCUUUCCACAACAAGAUGUCUGACUGUGCACGGUCAAAGUCGUAAAGGACAUCUUCUCGUUGUUCGGAACCGUAAGGCUUCCAUGAUGACCCUUCAAUCGCUAGUGUCACUUCCUCUAAUAAUAAUAAUAAUAAUAAUAAUAAUUUAAUAUUUAUAUUGCGCAAAAUACAUGUGAAUAUGAUCAAAUGCGCAUUACAUGAAAGUAAAUUAUCGACAUUAAUAAGUUAUCCAAAAUAACUAAAAAUAUUGUAUAAAAAACAAUGGAUCUAUAAAAAAUACAAUAUAUAUAUAAUCCUAAAAAAUCCCAAUAAAAAGCUAAUCUAAAAAAAUGGGUCUUAAGUAAACCUUUAAACCUAUGAAAAUUGGGCUCAUUUCGUAUUUGUGAUGGUAAACCAUUCCACAGUUUAGGUGCCACAGCUAAAAAAGCAUGGUCACCCAAUGUCUUUUUAGUUAAAGUUCUAGGCGUUUGAAGCAUGAUUCCCAUUGCACACGAUCUUAAAUUGUAACUCUUUUCCUCCCUUUUGUUAAUGAGUUCUUGUAGAUAUACCGGAGCUUGUCCAUGGAUCGCUUUAAAAGUAAUUAUAAUAAUCUUAAAAUGUCUCCUAAAUUCUACUGGAAGCCAAUGAAGCGUACACAGAAUUGGUGAGAUGUGAUGAAACCUAGGAAUCUUAAAAAUAAGUCUUGCUGCGGAAUUCUGGAGCCGUUGUAACUUUGCUAUUUGUUUAGCUUGUAACCCAUACAGAAUACUAUUACAAUAGUCAAUGCGCCAAAUUAUUAGAGCAUGAACAAGUGUCUGGGUUGCUUGGUUACUUAAAUAUUUUCUUAUUCGUGUUACAUUCGUAAUGUAGUAAUAGGCAUCUUUACACGUGUUAUUGAUAUUAACUUGAAGACCCAUGUUACUAUCUAUACAUGUUCCUAAGUUCUUAACCGACUGAACAGGCGACACUUGAGCAUCCCCUACUGCAAGCGAGUCAACAUGAACCUUGGAUAGUUGCUGACGGGUGCCUAUUAUUAAAAACUCUGUUUUGCCAUCAUUUAUCUUCAGUUUGUCACAUAGCAUCCAGGCUCUUAUCUCAUUUACACACCGUUCCAUAGCAGCAAUGGCAUCAUCAGUACUUGAGGCACAGCCAGGUUUAAACGCUAAAUAUAACUGCAUAUCGUCUGCAUAAGCGUGAACACUAGGCAGGUGUCUCUUGACAACUUCAAACAGUUUACUGGCAUACAGAGUAAACAGUAACGGCCCUAAACACGACCCUUGAGGAACUCCUUGAUUUAACUGUAGAGAUUCUGAACACUUGCCACUUAUUGAGACACGUUGAGAACGUCCGGACAGGUAUGACGCAAACCACUCCAGUGCUGUACCUCGGAUCCCAAAACUUGUGCUCAGACGAGAUAGUAACACAGAAUGUUCCACCCUAUCGAAGGCAGCACUCAGAUCCAACAACACAAGCAGAACAACUUGCUGACGAUUCAUUGCCAUUAAUAUAUCAUUACAUAUCUUGCGUAAGGCUGUUUAUGUGUUGUGACCUCGUCUAUACGCAGAUUGCAACAAGGGUUAGAGGUCAUGUUCAGAAAGGUGUGCAUGUACCUGGUCAAAUACUGCACGCUCUACCAAUUUAGACACAUACUGCAGGUUACUAACUGGACGAAGAUUAGUGAAGUCAUUAAUUCCAGCUUUUUUGUAGCGAGGAUCAAUAAGGGCUUGCUUCCAUACCUUCGGAAAGUGUUCCCCAAUUAGCGAUGAAUUGAUCAUCUUAGUAAUAACAGGUAACAGAUGAUCAAGUGAUUCUACCAUAAGUUUAGUCGGCAUGGGGUCUAGAUUACACGUUUUCUUUGAUGACUUCUGAAUAAGUGCCAAAAUGUCAGUUUCAGAGAGGGGCUUGAACUCCGACAGUAUCUUUGCAUCACUGACUAUAGGAUCAUCUGGUACAGUAUCCAUAUCAGCAAUAACGAUGGAGUCUAUUUGAUCACGUAUCCGCAUUAUCUUCCGCGCAAAGAAUCGUGCUAUAUCAUUCACAAGUAAAGACAUUAUCAAAGUCAGGAAACGACGGUGUGCUAUCAUUCUUUCCAAGCAGCGUCCUGGUGGCACGAAAUAACCUCCCCUGGUCACUACGAUUAUCCUCAACAAAGUCCGUGAAAAACUUGCGCUUAGCCUCAUUACGGAGAUGCGUCACGUGAUUCCCCCGCUUCUUGAAUAGCUGAAAAUCAGUUUCCCGUUUUGUUUUCUUCCAUUUUCUUUCUGCCUUUCUGCGUAAAAGCUUUGCCUUGUGUAUGUCGUCAUUGUACCAGGGUACAGUAGGCCUUGAUACAAUGGUCUUCGUUUUAAGUGGCGCGUGUGAUUCGAUAACGCUAGACAGAGUGGUGUUAUAAUUACAGGCAAGAGAAUCCAGGUCGCAAGCGCUGAGGAUGUCUGGAUGAUACAUAACGAUGACUCCCCCAAAUCACACGAAAGGGCGGAGACAUCAACAGACUUGGUCCUUCGGUACUUCACCUCCUUGACAGUAUUAAGUGGCUUAGAUGACGUUAGCUUGCAUAGAAUAGCAGCAUGAUCAGACAGAUAGCGGUCAGCCUUAGGCGUGUCUAAUAUAAUAUUCUCAGCUAGGCGUGUAACAACAAGAUCCAAAGUAUGUCCAUGAAUAUGUGUUGGUCCUCUGACAUGCUGCUGUAACCCUCAUGAUUCCAAUAAAUCCAAGAGAUUACGCACAUCCGCAUCACUUGAAUCAUCUACAUGAAUAUUCAUGUCCCCUACAAUUACAAGCUGUUCCUUGGACAAGAGGAUGGAUUCCAUGUAAUUAGCACACUCUAACAGAACAUCCUUCAGUUCUUGGCAUUGCUCGCAAAUCGAUUGAUGCUGAUGCGGACAAGGAUGCUGUAGCUAGGGAUCAACAGGAUCACUAAGCGCAAACUUGCUACAGUGGUCAGCGCAAGUAGAGUAGUACUGUUGACAGUGCACGCGGUAGUCAGUUUUGAGAUAGCGUUUAGCAUCCCGUAGGUUUUGGCAAAUACGUAGACACCUCUGUUUUUCCAUUCCUCCUUUCUCAAGAGUUUCACCCAGCGUCUCAAUAGUAAUGAAAGCCUGCGGCACCAUCUGCAGCAGUAUUGUCUAAGCCCUGGAGCAAUUUACGCUGAGACGCUUCGCGAAACUUCAAUAUUUUAAACAGAGUAGACCUACUAAGUAGCUCGUGACAUUGCUCUUUGCAAUACUCCAAGUAUUGCUCAAUCAUUGUAGACCUAGGAUCCUUACAACGUCAGGCAUCUCAAUUCUGUCACCAUUAUCUGGGGUGAGUACCUUGUUACCACAUGAAACAUCCUGAUAAAAAUACGGUCUAUUAAUGAAGUCUACAAAGUGGUCGACCUUCCCCAUAUCAAGGCGUACACGAUGCUUCGUCUUAAUUUCAGGGAUGGCCCCAGGGCGGUGCAUUUUAGCAUGAGAACGUGCUUGCUUUAUUUCCCAUGUAGAGAGACUUCCGUGAGGUUGGUGAAUUUUCCUAAGUUUGGUCAUAGGGUAUCUAUGAGCGUAAAGGCUCAGAAUCUGUUUCUUUAAAAUUCCUGGUAUUUGCGUUCUUAUAAGCAGUCAUGAGUACUACAAGAUCAUCGGGAGCUGAGCCAUCUAAUAAUUCUCUUUGUACACACAUCAUUGACUCGAAGAGCUCCUCCCCGUUACCUGGGGCAAUUACAUUACAUACGUGCAAGCAGUCCUCUUUAGUCUUUUUUACAACUUUCAACUGUUCCCCAUCGCUUAAGUUUUGGAGUGGAGUUUUUAGCUGAUAUUUAAGGGGCUCGCGUUCUAAUUGUUCUUGUGUAAUAAGACUCGCAAUUGUAUCCAUCGCCUCGUUAUACCUGCCGACUGCAUCGGUUACCACGGGUGCAGUAAAAGAGGCGUUCUCUGACCCUGGAGUCCAGCAUGGUGUUGUGGGAUUCCAGGAAGCUGGAGUUGAUUGGUCUUCAAGAAAUGGAGUCGAAGUGACCAUGCGACCGAUGGCUCCCACAGCAGCCUCUUUAGCAGGUCUGCGGAGAAUAGAAAUGGAAAGGCUGAUACUUAGUUGCCUAUCUUGCGAUAGGAUAACCUGACAGGAAAACCGUGUGUAUAUUUUUUAUAAAACAACAACCAAACGACUACCCUCCCGACAAUACCUUUGAAGGAGCACAUCUCCCUCAGUUUCCUCUGGGUAUAGCCAGUCUGAUUUCCGAUCUAAUUCUUCACUGUGUUUCUUUCUGCACGUUGUGCAAAUAGCUAGUAACAAAAAGAAACAAAAAAUAGUUUUGCAACCUGGAAAGACUUGUUAAAAAAUACUAGAUUUACUACUUAGUUGAUAAAAGAAGCUAUAUGUUUAUAUUCUAUCUUGGAAAUUACAUUAUAUAGGCUAUAAAUCACCGACUAGAUUUAUGGACGACGCACAGCAAAGAACUAUCGCUAAUGAACUACAAAAACCAAAUUAUGAUCAUUUGAUAUGUUAUUUGUUUGGAAAUGAUUUUCUGGCUGCAAAAUACUAUCAAAUACGGAAUCGAUCGUUAUCGUUCAGAAACUGUAUAUAGAAUGGGGACUUCCCCUCAGUCUAUAACUCGCUUUUAAGUAAUUAGAUUACGAACGAAAGUAUUUAGUUGAAAUGCGAAGGAAGACAAAACCUUUUAAUUCUGAUAUGUUAAUUGUAAAAUGAAAGAAUAAAACAGUUAUAGUUGCUAGUCUGAUAGUACUUACGCGAACCAACGGGAACGGCUUCUCCAAGGACAUUUUUUAUUUCCCUUGUAGUCUUGAAAUUAAUAUCAUGUGUUCCGGCUAUUGACAUUUUCUUCCCGUGAUGUUUUGGAUACUGGCAGGUCUUUGGAGCUUGCCAGUAUUUUCCCAAAGUGUAGCGAUGGACUGGACAAACCGUCAUAUUCUUGAUCUGAUCAUCAGUCAGUUCUAACAGACCUGCCCUUGCCAGUAUCAGAUCCAUUUCACCAACAUUUUUUCUUGACAGGUGGUGAUUCAUUAGGUGUGAACUGAUGUCAGCGUUGCAACUUUUCAAGCACACAAAAUCUACACAUCCUCGAUUACUUCCACAUUUUCCACCUGUUAUUGCGGAAAAAUAACAAAAUGCAGCCAUUGUAUCUGCGGAGGUUAUCCCGGCAAAAUGUAAAUACACUCUUCGAUUUGUGUUGCAAAUUUGCAUACGAAAUUGAAUUAAGUGAACGACGCCAGAAAAAUUAACUUCAAUUAAAUUAAAAACUUGAAGAAAUAGUAAACCAGCAAAACAGUUUUAUUCUUAAAAGUAGCCAGUUUUUUGGACUUUGUUUAUUCUACCUCGUUAAGCCUGACAAGUAGUCUCAGUUUCGAUAAAAUAACAUCCAACAUGUUUUGCACUGCAAACUGAAAUCUGAAAUUGACAUCCUCAGACAUAACAUAAACUAUGUCGUCUGCACAAAAAAACUUGUGGCUAGAAAAUUUGGUACAUUUUGGUAAACUAUUUCUAUGCUGAAUCGUUUCAUAACUUUGGAGGUGGUAAUUACACGGUAAAUCUAUUCAUAAUGUAUUUUAACUUUUUUACCGUUCUAGACCCUUUAUUUCAACGAAAUUUCUUAACUGUUUAGCCACAACUUGACAAGCAACAUUCACGGGAGCUGCUACUUUUUUUGUAACAUCCCAAUUUAAGGACAAUAUGUAGUGGAUUUUAAGAUAUUCACUGUUUAUCCCCAGCAUUAAGCUAGUUUUGAAAAGAGUUGCUCCCUGACAAUGAUGAUUUUUAGUUUUGUAGCAGGAAAGUUCGGAAUCAGGAAAAUGCGUAAAUUACGUCAUACGCACAAUUACAGUAGAAUAUUAGCCAACUUUAUCGAACUCUUGUGCCUCGGAAUCAACAGUGCCCAAAAAUGUUUUUCUUGAUUUUACUACACUAACCCUAGUACUGAACAGGGAUGGUGACCAAGACUCCAGAUAACGUCAGACUUUUGAAAAAAGCUCAUUUCAAAACUAGGAUAACCGCGCAUUUUUCUCAAGGACGCUUUACGUGGUAUUUUCAAAACAUCAUAACUCCUUUUUUUAAAGUCAGAAUUGAAAUUUUUUUUUCCCUUUUUUGAAUAAAGGAAGCAUGAAUUAAAAUCAUACUUUUGUUUUAUGCUAUUUGGAUAAAAGCGAAAUUUUUGCGAGCCUUGAACAAAACGCUUAAAUUUGACCUUCAAAAAGACGAUCAUGACAUGACCGUCCGGUCAAAUCGCCGCCCAAUUUUUUUUAAAAAAGCAUUAUCAGCCAAACAAAUUCGAUUUUUGUUAAUGGAAUGGGCUUAUUUUGUCGCAGAAAAAAAAUGAAGGAAUUCUGUUUCCCGCAGAAAUUCGAGUCGUCGGUUCUUACACGGACCGCCUCUUAGCACCUUUCAAAUGACGUAUUUCAUCUUACAGUAUUUAAGGAUGUGCCAAAUAAUCAAAACCGAACAGAUCCUACCUGGACUCGACGAAUUACCGGAAGUGCAUUUUGAAUUUCUAAAUAGGCAAAUCGACAACGGCUUUUUUAACAGGCCAAUCAUUGCUCAUACUCAAAUCCUAGUACACAAGUGGGGCCCCCGUAGAGUAAGGAUUCCGGCGCUGUUUCACAGACAGGCUUAUAUAACCAGAGUUUAGUUUCGUCUGUGGUGCAGGCUAAAUUGCUAGCCUGUUGCUAUGGAUUCAUGAUCGGCAGACAUUAUUCUGCUCUAAUUCAAUACGAGAAGAACAGCCAACAACUCCUUCAGGAAUGAGGUCGGUGUAAUUUGCGUCAAAAACAUAAACUUCUCGGAACAAGGUAAUGUUGAUGAUGAUGCCACCUUUAUUACGAUAUUUUUGGUUUCAUUCAAUUUACAGUCUUGCUGCCUCAUGCAGUCUGCAGUCUGCAGUCUGGAAAUGUCAUACACCGCUGAUAAUGCAAAAUCCCGACGCACAACAUCGUAUGAAAAAACACAACACGCAAUACAAAAACAAGUACAUUAACCGUCACCCUGCUAAACAAAAUUGAAAUAAUAAGAAGAAUUGUUGCAGUUAUCACAGUAGUUCCAAAAGAAGCCUCAGUCCCGAAAACACGCAGUGUUAUUUUUUAGUGUGGGCCUACCGGGAACAGUGUGUGCAUUUGUAAGUUUAACCCGGGAUAACAUGAUUGAACAAUAUAUUAACACGUUCCUCGAAACGCCGCGGCCAAAUGUUAUCCAAACUGCUUCUCACUGCUGCUUCGAAAAAUUUCGGAUAAAACGAUAUCCAAAUCGUCCCUCAUCGGAUUGUCCACUCGACCUAACAAAAUCGACCAAUCACAAAAAACGGACAUAAAAUAAAGAAAACAGCAAAUUCAGAUGACCUCUUAGGAAACAUGCAAUUAAAACUGUCUUUCUAUGAUUGGUGCAUUUCGAUCCUCUCAUCAAAAAAUGUCAGACGUCAAUCAUCUUAGCGGACCUCUUAGGAAACGAAAGUUUUCUUCAACGGGUUCAAAAGGUCUUUGUUUAUGAUUUGUGAUUGGUGGAUUUCGAUCCGUUUUUUGUGUUUCUGUGUUUCAAGGCUCGUUGCAAGUGAUCUUAUUGGGACCAAAACCCGACGUUAAUAUUCCAAACAUUUUUGAUAGAUUUCAUCCCUGGACUUCAGACUUCCAAAUUUCAAUGAGGCAAAAAUACUGAAGAUUCAGAUUAACUUUUGAGAUCGUAAAAGUGCGAUUAAGUGCCGUGUGCAAGCAGAGCUUUCUUUCCCACAUGCCUCUUACCUUGUACAAGACGUUCGUAUGGCAGACAUUCGCCUCGCUUCUCUUGUUUACUUGCCUUGUUUACGUUAGCACGUAUUGCGUGCCUAGUGCACAUUUGCGACAAAACAAGCCGUUUCCAUUACUCUAUUUGCGCCACGCCCAAAUAAAAAAGAGUGAAUGUCUGCAAAACAUCGAGCAACCGGCGGCCACGGUCAAACAAUAAAUUUCGCUCAUAGUUUGUCCAUAGAUAACUAUAAGUAAGUAACUAAACGUGGUGUAAUUUGUUUUUUUUUUUUCAAAAGGCCGCUCCUAUUUGGAGAAAGCCGACAAAAUCAGUUUUCAUGGUCGGUGACUUGAAAACAACCAAAAUCUGCGGUAAAACGAGGUCUUCUCAAAACUUUGCUCGCGCGCAAAAAGGAACCCUGAGAGAGCGGGGUAAAGUAUUCCUCUAUUAAUCAAUUUAUGAAGGGUUUUACAUGUACUUCUGUUUUGGUGGUGAAUUCUUAUCUUAACGGUAAUGUGGAAGAUAAACAAGUUUAUCUUAGUUUGGAUUCUUUUUCAACAAAGACAGAAAUCUAAAUUUAGGUCUACAGUCGCAAUUUCAAUUUUAGGCAUGUGUUACACCUUUGUGCUAAAUCAUAUGUAAGACCUGGCUCGGGUAAUUUAAUUUGCGCUUCACACCAACCUUCUGAACUUGAACAAAUUUUGAGUGAAAUAUGACACAUCUGAAUGAUUCACCAACGCCUUGCUGUUGCCGGAACGGAUCAUUGGCGUUUCCUGAGAAGAAAUCUGAUCUAUUUCUAAAGGUACAAUUAUAAUAAAUUUGCCAACAUACAACUGGAAUUAACUUACCUUUAUAGUAUGGAGCACGUUUUUGUCUUUUUCUCAGCUCAACUUCCAAAUUCUAUCUGGGCUAAUGCAUUUUGUAAUUUGAACUCUAACGAAAGUUAUUGGAGACAGGCCAGGUUAUUAAAAUGUCUCUCAAACUGAAUGAGCGUUAUGAUCUAAAUUCUUAAGAAUGGUUGAACAAAAGAUGACACGAGAAAAAUAUGUUUUUGAGACAUUUUUGGCGAUUUGAAAGAUGGUCUUACCAUUUGAAUCAGUUAUACAGCAUACAGUUAAUUGUUACAAUUUGAGAAGGCAAGGAGUGGUGUUGCGUGACAAUGAACACUAUGCUUUGAACUGGGGAAGAUUGAGCAGAAAACAAAAUUGUUCACUGAUGCAUUUUUUAAAGGUUUCAAAACCUGUUUAUUCAAUUAUACAGCAACUGAAAGGUUGCAUGGUCUGGCUGUAAACAGUACCGGAUUUAAAAGUAUAAAUGAAUAGUCUCGGGCGUCGAUAAAAUCCGGAACACGGAACAUUCCGGAACAUGCGGGAACAUGCCAGAAUAUUCCGGAAAAUCCCGGAACAUCCCGGAACAUGAAAAAAUAAAAAAAAAAUUUAAGAAAAAAAAAUAAUAAUAAUAAUAAAAUGAUUUUUGUAAAAAUUAAUAAUAACGCAAAUAACAAAAAGAAAAAUAAAUAAAUAAAAACGAAGAAACUCGUAUCAUCUACGAGUAUGAGAAAACAAUAUUUUGUCGCAAAUAAUUUGUUGGGCGAGUGUGGGUCCAUGCAAAUGACAGUAAUUAGUGAAGGCUUGCUUCUAAAUUCAAAAUAUAUUAAAAUGGGUCGCGAGGAGGAGGGAUUUCAAGCUUUCCUCACACAGCCACCUAUUGUAUUGUUCGCCAUGCGGUUUAACGGUUAUCCAUUUACGGCUUUGCGACCGUAAGAAGAGCUUAGGUGCUCGUCGCUUUGGACUUUAGUGGAUAAGAUUCACAUUUGCCUUGAAUAGUUGCAGUGGCAGUGGUAGCGCAGCGGUAGUUUCUAACUGUUAUCAAUUAGCCUGAAUUUUUAGCCGUCUCCCGAGUCGCAAAUGAAGUUUGCGGCUCGUACCCUGGGUACCAGAGGUUUUUUCUCGCGUGCGAAGGGGAGCUUCAUUUCGUCGGCCGCAGGCGGACACGUGUUCGGCCGAAGGCUGAAGACACGAGCGGCGAAGCCGCUAUAAAAAACCUUUCCAAAGUUCUUUUUCAUUGCCGGUUCUUCAUGUUUCUAUUGAACAGCACUUUCAAGAAAACAAAGCUCACACAUCAGAGUAAAGAUACAAUAAAAGUUAUUUAUUGUUACAUUUUGUUUUUUGUAAAUAAACAUUUCAUUUUAGGUCCUGACAGUUAAUUCUUUCCGUAUUACUGUUUUUGAUUCUGACCUGCAUGACUUGCUGCCAUGGCUCGCUGACUCACAUAUUAUACACACUCUUUUAUCUCAAAAUCUUGUUUUUUUAACACCUUCUUGGACAUGAAACCAAAAACCAAAACUUAAUUGAUGUAAUGAAGACAGUAGCAGCUGACAUCGAUUUUCAAUAGUUAUCUUGUGAGAUGUCUCUCAUGUAUUAUUUAUUAGGGAGGAUGAUUUGUUGAAGAAGAUGCAUUAACAUAGAUGUUUUUUCAUCAAGAGAAUCUCAAUAAUUUAGGAUUUAUUCAAAUACACACAUAUUUGGUAUUAUUACAUCAAAUGUGGGCUUAUUGCUCAUGCACAGGGAUUGAUGGGGGAGAGUGGGGCAUUUUUCAUGUUUCAGAUUGACCUUUUGCACAGCACAGGGACUGAACAUAUUAUGUAUUUGGCAUCUGUAAAGUAAAAACAAUAUUUGACGCCAUGGAUUGAACAUUAUGUAGAGAAAAUCUUCACAAGCCUCCACUUCUAUGACUCCUUCCUCAUCUAUCUCCUUUAAAGCCCCUUGAAUAAGGGCCACAGUCUCUUCUAUGGUUGAAUGGUCAUUGAGUGUGAGCUUCCACUCACAAUGUAUAUAAGCCCCCCCUCCAACCUGUUUCCCUCCUACCCAUUUUUGAAAAGGUCAAAGGAGGGGCUUUUGUGGUAGGUAAGCCUGUGACCACACUACAAAGAAACAAAAAAAAACAUGUUUAAUUUUAUUGAGGUAGGGUUGAAUUUGGACAUUAAAUUUUUCAUUACAGUGGAACAUAAGGCGAACCUAAAGCAAUAUUUUGCCCUCAGAGCACAAAUAUGUCGUUCUGAAGAUAUUUAGCAUUUUGUCCUCCUGGUUCCUGUUCCCAGCUUUUUGGCACAAACGCGACAACAUGUUUGUAAUAUCUCCAUAUGUUAGUCUUCAUUUUUGACGGAAAUCCUGAUCAAAAUAAAAGAAAUCAAUAUAAGAACCUACUCACACUGAUUUAAAACUCAUUCCACACACAUGAUCUGGAUCAAUAAAGUGAUUUCUAGAUGAGAUGUCGCAUACAUUGCCGGUGAACACGACCAAAAACAGACCUGAUCGAUUAUAACUAAAACUACAUAGACAGACUAAGGCAUAACCAUCGAUAUCAGUAACCCUUCCUGUCCGUUGGCAAUUUUCAAUGUGUGGUUGCCAUUUUUGCUAGGUUGUUGCCAUCGAUGAAACUUUGCCUGAACACACUUUACACGUUUUAGUUUUGAGGAAAAUUAGUCUUGAUUUCGAAAAAAUUCGGCAAGAUACUGAAAACUAAACAUAAAGUCACGUACUUACAUUCGAUACCCGUCAAGAUGGCGGCGGCGGCGUCGAAGGCCAUUUGAAAACUGUCGCUUUUAACUACCGAAAUGUGGCAGGAAACUUCCCUUGACAUUCAAAAAGCAAGGAGAAGGCUUCUUCAUCGGUACUGCUAGCUCGGAAGUCUCGGAUAUUGAACGAGGAGACCUGGAACAGGCUUUGAAAAAAGCUCCCUUGUUUCUUGUGAUUAUUUUUUCCUAUUUUUGCGUGUUUUUAGCAGAACAAUGGAAUCAUGACGUCAUCGCUUCUUCCAAAACUGGCAUACUCCCGAACUGGUACAUUGAUAUUUCCAAUUCUAAACGUACGUGAUGUGUGCUUGGAAUGUUUGGAUUUGAUCUUUAUCACCUUCAAACCACCGCGUCCCGAUCACGCGCCUAUUGUGAUUGUAAUCCAAUCAGAGCAUUUGAAACAAUCGAUAUCUCCGAGGAACCAAUCAGCAAAACAUCCAGAUUCUGGGUGUUUUAGUAUAAGCGGGGUUGUAAUUGGCUCGGCGCUAUCAAAGGGAUGGCGCUCUGGUCCAGAGGCUUUUCGCACGGGUCACUUUUUAAGACUUGACAGAAACCGGAAACCACGCAUGGAAAGCCUCAGGCACCCAGGGUACGCGGCUCGAGGAGAUGGCUGAAAUUCAAGCUAGAUCACAGCCCCUAUUUUAUUCCGCCAAGUUGAAAAUGGCGAUCGCCGCUGUCAAAGUGAUUUGGAUAUCCUCUGACGACAAAACAUGGUGAGAGCGAAGUUGUUGCUUAAAUUCGAAUGCUUUGCUAAUGUGUUUGUUGCUUUGAAUUUUGUGACGUUACUGGAUUUUAGUGAACAAGCUUUCAUUUUGGAAACAGUAAUGCGUAGCUGGCUCGGCGACGAGACUUUCUUUAACAACAACAACAAUAAGCUUUAUUUGCAUGACCAUAACAAAGUAAUACAAUAUUGCAAAAGCUACUUGAAAUUACUCAUUGAUUCCUUGUAAAUUAAAUAUUUAAAAUAAUUUGAAACUUAUUAAUCAUUGUUUAUUUCUAACCAUCAGUAGGAUUAAUUAUUCCGGAGAUAAGUUUGUCUCUCAAUUCAAAGCAAGUUGAUAUAAAUGAAAUUAAUUGGAUGUUAAUAAAAUAGUCAGUAGAAUUCAUCAGAUGUGAUAAUAGGGACUCAUGUGAUUGUAGUCGUAGAAACGGUAUUUUAGGUUCUAGUUUAGAGAAGAACAUAUCUCUUAUCGAAGAGAAACUUGGACAAUCUAAUAAAAAGUGAGUUUCGUCUUCAAUUCUGUUACAAUUGCAGAGAUUGCAUAACCUUUCGCCACGUGGUAGAUUGUCGUAUCUACCUGUCUCAAUCCUAAGUUUGUGACUGCUUAUUCUCAGUUUCACUAAUGUUUUCCUAGAAGGGUUCUUUCUUGUUAAAUCUAGGUAGACAGAAGGGCUAUAAUUCGUUUUGAUUUUAUAAUAAAAGUUAAGUUUUUGUGAAUGUUGAAGGGUAUGAUUCCAGUAAGUGAUAUAUUUCUUUUGCAUAAGAUCUACAUAUUGCUUAAUUUUACAUUUAUUCAGUAAAUUACAAUUAAAGCCUGGGAAAUCAUAGUCGUCAGUCAUCUUCUUAAGACUGGAGUAAAAACUAUUUUGGCCACUAUGAUAAAGGUCAACAGAUAUUUUUAAAGAUUGUUUAACUAUAGAUUUUUCAUCUUUUUCUUGGAGAUAGUUUAAGUAAUUAAGUAUCUUGUUAUUUAUAUCAAUGAUCAGAGGGAAUCUGCCAAGUUCAGAUCUGCAUGCAACAUUGGAUGACUUGUUAUGGACUUCUAAAUAUCGUUUACAGAAGUGUAAAUGAGUUUUUUCGAUUCCGGAGUUAUCCCAUGACUUAAAAUCUGAUUUCACAAAGGCACCCCAAACUUCACUAUUGUAAGUUAAAAUGGGUGAGAUCAUUGUGUCAAAAAUUUUAUUUGCAAGGGAGGGUUUCAGUUUACUAAAAUCAGUGUGGCGUCUUAGACUAAAUAGAGCAUGAAGGGCUUUUUGUCGAAGAUGUUCAAGUGAGAGUGUAAAAUUUCCGGAAGACGAGAUGCGAGUCCCUAAGUAAGUAUAGUCUUUUACAAUGUCUAUCAUUUCAUUGCCUAUGUGAAAAACACAAUCACAUUUUUUUGUGUCUUUUUGGAAAACCAUUAUUUUGGUUUUCUUGGGGUUGAUUUUAAGCAUCCAGGAGUUGCAAUAUGAAGACAAUUUGUUGAGGCAAUUUUGUAAUCCUAGUUUCGAUCGUGAUGAUAUAAUAAGGUCGUCAGCAUAAAAAAGAGAAUUGAGUUUGGUGCCAUUUGGUAGCACAAACGGAUCAGAUAAAAUAUUGUUGAAUGAAAAAGCUAGAUCAUUAACGUAUAGGUUGAAGAGAAGAGGGCUCAAAAUGCAGCCUUGAUGCACCGCCUCUAGUGUAUUGAAAAGGAUGUGUUUGGUUAUUUCCAAUCCUAAUAGAACAGGUAGAGUUUGAGUAUAAACUUUUUAUGACUUUAUAGAAGUUUCCUCGGACAUUUAUUUGUAACAGCUUGUAUAAGAGUCCAUCGUGCCACAUCGAAUCAAAUGCUUUUCUAAAGUCCACAAAACAUGCGUAUACUUUCGUUUUGUGACAGUCAACGUAUUUGUCAAUUAAUGUUCGUAGUGUAAGAACAUGGUCAGCGGUUCGAUUAUUUGCUAAGAAACCUAUUUGAGAUUUAUGAAGUAUGUCACGCGACUGAAUGUGCUUGAGAAGUCUUUGAUUGAGAAUUGAGCAAAAUAGUUUCCCAAGACAACUAGAAAUACAAAUUCCUCGAUAAUUUGAGGGAUCACUUUUAGUCCCACUUUUAAAAAUUGGUGUUAUAAGGCCACCGCACCAUGUUUGAGGUAUAGUGCCUGACGUCAGAACAGCGUUAAAUAACUUCAAAUAAAUAGGCAUUAGUUCAUUUAAGCUGGAUUUGAUCAUUUCAUUUUUUAUUCUAUCUGAAUACGAAGAUUUGUUGUUUUUGAGUUUAUUAGCCGCUGUGCGUAUUUCGAGUUCAGUUAUUAGAUAGUCCAAAGCAUGCGAUUGUGUUGUUGCGUCUUCUAAUCUUGUUAACUCAUCGAUAAUGGCUUCUUGGUGUGAAUUAAGAGGCCCGUUUGAAUGUAGUGACUGGAAGUGAGACAACCAACUUUCUUCUGAGGUUGGCGGGGUACUAGUUUCCUUCAUAGAAUCAUCCAUAGAUUUCAAGCAGUUCCAAAAAUUUCGGCUGUUUGAGUUAUCUAUCAUGUCUUCUAGUUCCGAGAUCUUAGUAUCAUAGUAUUCUUUUCUCUUCUGUUUCAGAACGUUUUUGUACUGUUUUAAGACAGUGUGAUAGUUUUCCCUAAGCGUAAUAUUGAGAGGAUCUCUGUGUUUUAGAUUAGCAAGUUUCCUCAAUUCGUGUCUCUUAAGACGACAUUCUUUAUCAAACCAUUUUUUGUUAGACGAAACAGAAGAUAAUCUAGUUUAGUAUAUACACACUCAGUGAUCUUGGUGAUUUAAGCAAUCUGAUUGGUUCGCUAUCUCGGACUAUUCAACAAUAUUCACCUCCUAGCGAGUGGAUAAUGUGUGAGCUCGGUGUUUUUCCCGUUUUUUUUAGAGAACGAUCUUUUAAAAGUCGACAAAAUCCUAGGGCUGACCUUUUUUAAGGCAAGAAAAGACUUGGAAGGAUUCAAUACGGCGUUUUUCAAUUUACUGUAGCAGGAGUUUUGUGCUCGAUGGAUUGUUUACAACUCCCGUGUAUUCGCGUAGAAGAAGCCGUUUCGUGAACUCAGCGUUUUCUAAGAAGAAAACUUUGGCUCAAAAAUCGAAGUUUAUUUAUGACAAACAAAUUUAAAAGGAAAUGUUUGCAGAAAUUCUACAUUUCAAGUAAACAGGAAAAAGAAUGAUACAGGAAGACGACCUCUUACCUCGAGCAACCGAGCCGCCAUUUUUGUCAGCACUUCAUGCGAAGAACGACACAACAUGCCCUUUUGGCUUUAAACUUGGCGAGUCAACAGAAAACAACACAGCUCUACUUUUUUUCUCAGGUAAGGAAACAGUUCAAACUUUUAGCGAUUCCAUUGAAGCCAUUACGCUGUUGUUUGCGAAAUGAGUAAACUUGUGAAUUGCCAUGUUUGAAAAUUCUGCAAAGAUCUAUUUUUAAACUUACGCGUGAUUUGAUCUGUCAAUCAAAUCCUACUUUUGAAUGGUUUCCUUUCUGAUUUUGUUGAGAUCAAUUAUUCUUCUCAAUCUCGGUGAAUAGUGGCUUUGGGAAUAUUUACCUCGCCGCUUUCGCGGCUCGGUAAAUAUUUUGCCACUAUUCACCUCGAUUUCAAUGAAUAAUUGUUAAAUAUCGUCUUUUAACGUUCUUAAUUUUCAAACAAUGUUUUGCGGUUGCAAAAAGAAUCCUUUCUACUGCAUCGAGAGAGGAGUUAAUGUGUUUGUCUGGCCUACUGUCAACAAGAAAAUCAUGUAUCAUUCUCUGUAUGUCUCUUGUUUGCAUUGCUGUUUUAAAUUUUUGUGAUGAAUCAUUUUCCCAUAUAAACUCUUUGAGUAAACGAAUUAAUGUAUCAUUGGUAUUUUCUGUAGCUAAGUGGGUAUUUACCUUAGUAAUGUUAAGCCAUGUCAUUAUUGGACUGCGAUCUGAUAAACUCGACGGCUCUUUGACAACAAAAUUCGCGAUAGAGUGGAAUAAGUCUUGGUCACAUAUUGCAUAGUCAACAACACUAACUCCUAAUUUACCAUGAAAUGUUGGCCUUCCCAGCGAAUCGCCACGGGAUCUACCAUUCAUAAUCGUUAGAUCUGCACUCCUACAUAUUUCUAAAAGCCGUUUACCGUGGUUAUUUAAUUCGUUAUUAAAGCUGUGUCGCUGAAGGGCGCAUAAGGAGAAUUCAGAUUGAUCGUUUGUUAUAAUGGUGUUGCCCUCUUGACAGACAUUGUCUGAGUAUUUGCCUGUUCUAGAGUUGAAAUCACCCAUGAGAAGAAUUGAUCCAAAAGCCGAGAAUUUCUCAAUAUCGUUUUCAAGUUCUUCAAAUAGUUCAGGAUAAAAGUAAAUGGAAUUUUGAGGUGGGAUAUAUGUGCCACAUACAAAGAUAUCUUUUGAAUUAAAUCCUUAUGUUGACUAUUCAUCCCUCAUAAUUACAAAAAAAAAAAACAAUCUUGAGUUCCGCAGAAUAAAAUAAUGACCCAAUAAUGACCCAAUCCCUUUAUGGGAGGGGCUGUUGUGAUUGCCGUGAUCAUGGAGAUCCUCACAGACUUCCUAGCUAGACCCGUUUCAGACUCCAGACAUGACACUGACACGACGGAACCACUUUGCUAAAUAUAUCAGUCUCGGAGCAUUUGGGACACAAAACAAACAAACAAAGACGGACGGCUCUUUUCCUUUCUAUUCACCUUUGACCCGGACACGUAACAAACUGAUACUGUAAUAUUCAGUGAAUUUAGAUGAAAAAUAGAGUUUACAAAAAUAACAAGUCGCAUAAGCAAAUCUUCAAGUGUCUUCUAUAAAUUAGGCUUGGGCUCGAAAUAUAGGGAGAACAGCGUUUCAGCACACAGAGUGGAAAAAAUGCAACGUCACAGGGGAUGCUCAAGUUAAAUCACUUUAACAGCGGCGAUCACCAUCCUCAACUUAGUCAAUCGGCUCCUGUCUGUAAGUAAUUCAUGUCAACCUCAAGAAAGCAAAGCACCUCAAGUAAUCAAAUGUCGGUUAUAUAAGGACACUAUAUGUUGGCUUGACACGAGCUACUUACCGACUUAGCUUGACAUGAAAUGCUGCAUCUCAGACCAUCGCAGAGCCUUAAAUGGAUGACUGCCAAAUGAUUAACUCAUGGCAAACAAUUACAAGAGAUGGCUCUGUCAGGAAAGCUUGAAAACCUCCCUCCUCGUGACCCAUUUCAUUAUAUUUUGAAUUUAGAAGCAAGCCUUCACUCAUUACUACCAUUUGCAUGGACCCUCACUCGCCCAACAAAUUAAUUGUGACAAAAUAUUGUUUUCUCAUACUCCUAGAUGAACAGAUAUCAGUUUCUUUUUCUUAAUCAGAUUUCUUAAUUUUUCGUUUUUCAUGUUAUUUUGUUAUUAUUAAUUUUUACAAAAACUAUGUUAUUAUUAUUAUUGUAUUUGUAUUUUUUUUUUCCAUGAAAAUUAUUUUUAUUUUUUCAUGUUCCGGGAUGUUCCGUCAUGUUCCGGCAUGUUCCGGAAUGUUCCGGAAUGUUUCGUGUUCCGGGUUUUAUCGACGCCCCAAAAAAAUGGCAUUUUUCUUUGCGUGUUAUAAAAAUAAGAAAUACUAUGCGUACAUUGGACAGAAACGGACAAUGAUUUCAUGCCAAAUCGCCGCAAAAUGGCAUUUACUUUCGAUCAUCAUCGAAUUUGCUCCAACUCAGACUAUGAGCAGUUUCUCUUUUUACUUGGUCCGAGGCAACUGGCACAAUCUCUUGCUUACCCUAUUAAAUAGCCAUCAUCUCUCACUUGUUGUCAUUAUCACUAAUACACUGCAUGUGUUUCUCUAGCUUCCAAGUGGCAAAGACCUCACUGUUGUUCUCCUUGGGAAGACCGGCAACGGAAAAAGCGCAACAGGAAACACAAUCAUUGGGAAGAGGUACUUUACGUCUGAGUCAGACGGUUUAGCUGUCACACAAGAAUGUGAACAUGGACGAAGAUCCCUUGAGCGUUCUAUUUUCGUGAUAGACACCCCAGGCGUUCUGUAUACGGCCGCAGUUAAGAGGUCGACAGCUGUCGCUCUUGCAUGUCAAGCGCGACUCGAUCAAGAAAAGAUUUUGACAGAAGUGAGCAAAAUCUUUGCACUUGCUCCGAGAGGGUUUGAUGCUUUCUUGUUUGUAGCAAGAUAUGGCUCUCGAUUGACAGGCGAAGAUGAGCAAGCGUUAAGACUUCUAACCACCUUUCUGGGAAAUGAAUCUUUGAAGUACACGAUUCUCGUUCUUACGUAUGGUGACCAGACGAAGAAUGCAGUAGAAGAACAAAACAUAACAAUAGAGGAAUGCUGUAUGCGGUGGGUAAGAAAUGCGCCAGAAUGGAUGCGCCAUUUUGUCGACGACAUCAACGAGCGAGUGGUGCUGUUUAACAACAUGCUGAGGGAGGAAAAAGAUCCAGAGGGAUAUAAGAAGCAACUGACAAAUCUUAUCAACGUAAGCGUUGAACAAUACCCGGCGUAGUCAAUCGAACGAAACCGAACCAAAAACCAAUCGAACCCAAUCGUUCGAUUGGAGUUCGAUUGGUUCGGCAAUCGAACAUAAUCGAACUGGAGCUUUUUUGUGAGUUCGAUUAAGUUCGAUUACCGAACCCAAUCGAACUCAGUCGACGCGAUUGGUUCGAUUUUGUUCGGUAGAAAAACAAAAUGGUAUACAAAAUUGAUAAGUAUUAACUCUUAGUAGAACUGGAGGGAAUUCACUCUUUAACUGAGUUUUAACUAGAGGAGCAAGUUUUAGAGAUAUUAACACAUUUCACGGAACUAAAAUCUUUAUUGUUUAGCUGAUUCGAAAUUGAUUCAUUCACAAUAUAAAUAUAACAUGAACGGCUCAGUACAACAUGUAAACUUCCUUUAUAUCGCUCGGGAUAACACCGAACGGGGAUAUUUUUAAAAGAUUUAUACCGUGGUCGCUAAAGCUUCGCUUAGAUAACUAGAAAACGACCACAGCAACUGAAUCUGGACACACGCAACAGUGUACAGUGUGCACAAAAUAGUUACUACUAGCGCUAAAAGUGUCCUCAUUACCUCAAAGUAGAUUUCUAUUAAAACUGCAAGUGGUGUUUGCAGAAGCUGCUGCAAAACGCAAGCAAUGUAAUGGAAUAGAAUAGUAAGUUUCACCUCUGCCCUGUCCGACAUCUUGCCUGCUAUACUCGAUUACCGAACGUUCGAUUGACUACGUCGGGACAAUAAUUAUGUAAAAUCGAUAGUAAUAUUGUUAAAAACGCAAACGACUGUAAGUUUUUGGGAGUGUUUAUUUAAAUGUCUGACAACUUUACAUGGCUCAAACAUAUAAAUCUGUUAGUCGCUAAAAUUUCCAAAAUCAUUGUAGUGAUGAAUGGAUUAAGCCACUACAAUAGAACCCUGUAACUCGAACUCUGAAGGGAAAAGAAAAACAAUUCGAGUUAGCGAGGAAGUCGAGUUAUCGGGAUAAAUCUCAGUGAAAUUUCGAUCAUGGGAAAGGAAAUUUAGUUUGCGUUUGCGGGGAAUUCCAGUUAUCCGAGUUCGUGUUAUCGAGGUUCUACGGUAUCUGUUUACUGUUGCUAUUAAAAUUCUUUAUAGUGAGGCUCCCACGCGCGCGCGAAGUUAGCCGAUUUUUAUUUAAAUCCUUUUACUCUCGCAGGCUACAGAAACAAAUGUUUUUUUUUUUCUCCCAUACAAAUCCUUAUAAUUCCGAGCGUAACGACUUUAUAAUCUUGUCGCGCGCGAAGCGAGAGCGCAGUCUGCUAACCGCGCGUGGUCUUAGCUGCGAAAUUCGAGGCUUCAUAAAUAAAUCUUUCUCUGAAUAUAUGCUUGGUGUCCGCCAGUGACGUCAUGGAGCAUUUUGCGUUUCCAGGCAACAUAGACUUCGCCACCGAUGACCAAAGGCGCAUUUUGAUGUGUUUAUUUAUUAGACUACAAAACAGUCGGUUUUUUUCUCAAAAUCAGUAAAAGAAAUCGGUAAAGCGUGGCGUAAGAGUCUUACGCGCGCGAAGCGCGCUAGCCUCACACGCCCGUAGGGGAAACCGGCAAACUAAGAAAUCUGGGUUUUCGACAGUGUAAAACGAUCAUAAUGCCACUGAUUCCAACCUUCUGUUCCUCUGUCUGUUGUUGUCGGCGUUGCCUUCGCUGUGCUAAGCGAUGUUCCUUCUGCUCCGCGGUUUCUUGUUGACGUCUUCUCCUUCGUUGUUCACGCUGAAUUUGAAGUCGGCGUUCUCGCUCCAGAGGAGUUUCGGUGGAAAAUCUUCCAGGGCGAGGAUUUGGAGCCAGUUGUUGUGCUUGUGUGUCAUUUGCAUGGGAAAUUGUUCGUGAUUCUCGGUUGGUCACCCAUCCAGUUCGUAACCCCGACCGACAGGGCUUAACUUGAGUGCCGUUACCUAACCGAGUUUCGCGAGGGUAUUGCGACAUACAUAUUUCUAGUUAGAACGAUACGCAACAGUGCCGAUGGUCAUAUUUCGAGCUUGGGGCACCUGUGCUCUAUCAAAGCUAAUCAAGCCAACUGGAGAGCAGGUCAUUGUAAGUUCGUUAAUUUUUGUCAUGUUCUUUUUCAACCGCUUAGGUUGUUUAUUCAACUGUGCAAGGAUUCUUUCGACUUUCAUUUCUUUAUCCGCAGUUCAAAACAUUAGUCAUUUCCUAUAUUUCCAUUUAUGUCAUUUCCACCUUCGGGUAUAUAACGAACUCACAAUGACCUGCUCUCUAUUUGGCUUGGAUAGAGCGUAGCGUCCGGUCAUCAUCAUUGAGAAUUAAAAAGGGACAGUGUCCUGAUUAUGCGCACGCGCUGUUGUCGUCUGUUUUUCCUUAAAAAUACAAUAGAACUGUCAUAUUGACGCGACAAGAUUUCCUUCCGGACCGCACAGCCGACGGAGAUUUGUUGUUGACAUUCUCCACAGGCGUCCCAAACUCGGUGGGAGUUCGUUGGGACUUUAUAAGGGAAUGUAUGAAAAUAAACAAAAUACGUCCUAAAUUCCAUUUUUUGACCAAAAAAAGAAACAAAAAUGACUCUCCUUGUGUUUUUGUUUUGUUUUGUUUUGUUUUUUGUUUUUUUGUUUUUUUACUGUCUCGUCACUUCUAAAGCCAUUUGCAAGCCGUUUUAUCGAGGUUUAAGAUUUUUAGUUGUACUAACAAUAAGAAAAAUGGGAAGACUGGAGACUCUGAAGCCGACCGUUCAAGUUCGAAGCUCCAUAAAUCUCAUAAAAACGGUCCAAACUCGCCAAAAUUGCCGUCAAAGGAUCUGUCGAUAAUUUGUCUUUCCCCUCUAUGCUUCUGGAGUCUCAGAUUUUACCAAAACCCCUCGCGAAGCGCUUGAUUUUAAACUUUUUCCCUUAGAGUUUUCUUUCUCUCGAUGCGUACUACCGGGCACUUGGACAUGACGUGAUCAACAGUCGCUCAAAGCUAAAGUCACAGCGAUAAUUUGCCACCGUCCGGGAGCGGGCACAGUGCAUCGUUGUUUUAAAGACUCUGAGAGGUUUAAAUUGAAAGUGAAAGUAUGUGAAAGUGAAAGUUUUUAAAAAGCAUCGAGGUCAGACUAAGAAGAAAACGAAGAAGACUGCUCGGUUGUGUAAAUAGCCGGGUGCUCGGGUCAUGUUUUGGCGCGAUUUGUCACUGGCAAAUGAACACUGUGCCCGCUCCCGGACGGAGGCAAGUUGUCGCUGUGACGUAUUAAGCUUUGAGCGACCGUUGAUCACGUCACGCGUACGUCGAAGUGCCUAAGGAACAGGGCGUGCUGGCGGGAGUUCUAAAGGCUUUAAAAAAGUUCUAAAGGCUUUUAAAAAAAGAUCAUCUCUUCCAUGGUAUGUUCCCUAAGCCAGACGUCGAAUUUUUCAUGAACUUAACUCACUAAGUUUGGUUCAAAGCUAUUUUUCAGGAGAAUAACUGGUGUUUUUACUGUAAAAAAAACCGAACUUAAACGCAUUUCAUCGCAUUUAAAGAACAGAUGCCCAACAAAGCCGAUAUGGUACAAACUCGUAUGCGAACAAAACAUGUGUUCUGUUACCUCGAUUUUCGUUCAUAUCUUAAGGCUAAUGAUCCAAGUCGCUUCCAUUUUCUCUUAAAAGUACUUUUGCCUUCGCAAAAAGUACUUAUCGACUCCUAACACGGGCCAUUAUAAAACCAGCCAGAUAGAAAUAUGACCAAAGCAAGACGACGCUCUUCGCAAAGCAAGCCUAUCGGUUGCCUGGAAACCAACAAUGCGAUGAUGUUAAGGGGAACACCAACCAAACUCGAUAGAUUUAUAUCAAAGAGACGAUCACGCUUGUCUUGCGAUCCUCGUGGGAGUUACGCGCGGUGCACGUGCUUUGCGCGCGACGAAGUUAUAAGCCUCGCUACUCUCGGAAUUAAUGAUAUAUUUUUUAAUAUUUUAAUUUAUAUUUUCUGUUAUCGAAUUCGUACCACCUUUUAGAUUUAGAGAAGGCGUAAAUUUAAUAGAAGUGUAAAUUUAACAUAUUGUUACAGUGUACAAUCUUUUUCUCCCUUGUUCAUUUAACAGGCUCUCCGUCUUUUUGUUAAAUUAACUAGUUAUGAAGGACUCUGUCCUCCCCUACUUUAAUGAAACUAAUUAGGAAAUAGUGGAGGGAGAUUAAUGGAAAAGGUGUACUGGAACUCGUAAUUUAUAUCCAUUACAGUCGUACCUUUGUUUUCGAAGUUCAUUGGCAAUUUUGGAUAGAUCUUUAGCUUAUUUUCGCCCUUUUUCCUUCAGACAAUCGACAAAAUGAAUCUGGCAAAAAGUCCUUUCAUCAACAGUCUCACCGAUGCUUCGAAGGAAGUUCUUGAAGAGCGCAUCAAGAAAACUCUGGAUUCCAGUGGAUUUACCUUGAAGUUUGAACAGCUGAAACAAGAGAGGGAACGACUAAGAAAAAAACUGCUAGAGGAAAAGGACCUCAGUGAGGAAGACAAGAGUGAGUACGAAAACUUGCUCAGAGAUGUCGAAGACAAAAUUGAAGCCAAAAAUAGAGAGAAGAAAGCCAUAGAAAUUGAAGAGAGACAAGAACAUGCAAAAAAAGAGACUCAAAAUAAAUCUGGUGGAGCAGCAACAAAGAAAGUUAAAGCCCGACGCCCUAAGAAGCACUGCUCCAUUUUGUAAUAACCACGCCUUUUCACCUAUUUUGUCCCGUUAUUCUCACGAGAAUUGUUUAUUGCCAGCUACAUCAUUUUGUUAUUACAGUGAUAUAUAGCUAAGGCAAAGGGAAACGCAACAAGCUCUGAUGAGCUUUUUUAAGAUUCCUCAAUGAUUUCUUUACAUUGUUGAUAGAAGGUGUCGUAAUAAGUUUCACUUUACAUAUAAAUCAAGGUAUCAAGGAGGAAUAGUCAGCUGAAUGGUACCUGGCUGUAAUGCUUUCUUGAAUGUGUUGCUUGAUUUUAAUUCCUUUAAAUAAUUUGGCAAACUAUUUUAUGUAUGACUCCCCUAUACUGAAUAGAAAAUUUUCCGUAAUUUGUUCUUACGAAAGUGUAUUUUUUAAGUUGAUCUUGUAUUUUAGGAGUGUAUACUAUCGUUUAUUACGCAGUAGUCAUUAAGUGUUUCAGGACGUUUGCCGUACUAAUGCAAGUACAUGAAGAUUGCAUGUAGGUAUACAUUUAUUUCAUAGAUAUUCAUUAUUUUUACUGACUUAAACAAAACUUUAAAAUGUUUUACUAUGUUCUUUAGUGAUAUGUACUAAAUAGAUCUUGGUCUAUAAGGACAUAUGCAUGCCCAGUUAAUAUUACAAUAGGUCAGGUAUGCAUAAACCAUGGUAUUGUAUAGUUCCUUUAAAUUUUUUAGUUCUAAAUAUUGUAUGUCUUGCUUUUGCUAUUAUACCUGCUAUUUUUGAUUUUUUCAUUGAUACAUAAUUGAUGUGAAAUUUCCAACACAAUAUCUAUGUUUUAAACAUUUUAAUACCCCCAAGAAUUUUGCAUGAUCCACUUUUUUUAUAUUUUGCUGUGCAAUAUUUACAGUUACGUCAUGUUAAAUUUUUUUAUUAUUGCUUUUGAAGAUCAUAAAAAUAGUCUUUCCAACAUUUAAUGAUGAUUUGUUUGCUGCUAGCAACAAUGUAACCUGGUUUACUUCUUGAUUCAUGAUUUUGUCGAGCGUCUUUAAAUCUUGGUGACUUAAAAAUAGAUUUGUAUCAUCAGCGAAUAAAAUAAAGAAUAAUAACUUGACAUUUAUUAAUAGAUUAAUUAAUAGUUUGAUAUAGAUUUAAAACAAGUAUGGUCCAAAAACAGAGCCUUCGUUUCUGUCCACACUUACAGUGCGGCCACACGAACCAAGGCCACCCACAAAACAAAUUUUGAAAUUAGCCAAUCACAAGUCGAGAUCUAAACAAUGAAAUUGCACAUAAUAGGCCAUUUUGCAGUUAUGGACGGAAGCGAGGCUGGAGUUGACCUUGUUUUGAUACAAGCCUUCCUGCUUUAUCAUGUAAAUCAAGUUAUUCUUAUGCUAACCAGUAUUUCCAUAACAAAGCAAAGGAGGUUUCUAUCAAAAAAAGGUCACCGUCAGCCUCACAUUCACUCGAGGGUUAGGGUACUAAGUCCACAACUAUAAAAUGGACUAUUGUAUACACAGCCAGUUAAAAAUACGUUGCGAUUUGCGAACCAUCUUUCUAAAAGAUAUAAAUAAGGAAUCGUGACGUCAAGCUGAAAAAAGUUUUGACAACGUCUAGGUUGGCCGGAAUUAAAGCCAUCAGUAAAGAAACUUUGAACAAUCCGAACUAAAGGCAACAGCCGCUCAUUUUCACGGCAAACGGGGCUGAGUGAGUUUUCUUUACUGCUGGCUUUGAUUCGAUCCAUUUUUCAGCUUGAUUUAUACAAACGUCACGAUUCCUUAUUUAUAUCCUUUAGAAAAAUGGUUCGCAACGUAUUUUGAACUGGCUCUGAGUACACUCAUGUGCAAUUUCAUUGUAAAGUUUAGAUCUCGACUUGUGCUUGCUGGCUUAUUUCAAAAUUUAUCUCAAAAUUUUGUCUGGGUGGCCUCGGUUCUUGUGGUCGCACUGUAAUCGUUAAGUAACAACUACAGGCUAUUCAAAAUCGGUUCCCCAAGAGAUUGCAGAUGGCGUAUUGUCGUCAGCCGAGGCACUGGCAUCGUUGAAAUGGCUUCUGCUUCGUGGAAGGCCGCGCUUUGGACAUCGAUGUCUUCCUGUUCAGAAUGCAAUCAAAGGAGAUGUUCCAGAACACUUUGAUCUUUUUGGGACCCCUUUAAGUAAGUUACAUAACGAUAAUACUCACAAAUGUCCAGCGCUGGCCACAAGAUCCCUACUUUCCUUUUUCAUCCUUAGUUCUAAAUUUCUCAGAGGUGUAGAAGUGUGGAAUGGUCUGACAAAGUCGGGAUUUUGUCAUACUUUUUCCCUAGCCACAAUCCCUCUGUCAUUCUUUACUUAGUUCUACACUUCUCAGAGUUGUGGAAGUGUGGAAUGGUCUGACAAAGUCAGGAUAAUGUCACACUUUUCCCCCAGUUACAAACCCUUUGUCAUUCUUUACUUAGUUCUACACUUCUCAGAGGCGUGGAAGUGUGGAGAAGUCUGACAAAGUAAGGAUAAUGUUACACUUUUCUCCUGGUCACGAAACCCUUUGUCAGUGUGGGGGGGGGGUGACAGGGGGGUCACAAUCUCCCGCUUCCCGUACCCCGUUCUCCCGCCUCCCGUGCUUUUUUGUCCUUUUGUCUCCCAACUCCCGCCCUUUAUCGUGUUUCUCCCGUUAUCAUGUAAAUCAUGCUGUUUGACUCCCUAUUCUAAUAGGGAGUGUUUUGGCCUUGUCCAAAAUAAAAAAAUGUGUUGUAAAUCAAACCACGUUCCUUCGACACAAGUUUACACCACGCGACAAAACUUUCAGUUUUUUGUGAAUUAUAGUCGUACGGAGAGAGUUCCCAGGAAGGUCUUCCAUGGACGGAUUUUCUAUUUCCCCACCACACCGAAAAAUACCGAGACCGAUCAAAAUGGUCUUUGACGACAUUUGACCUGACUCGCUUUGUCGUUCUGGUGAAGGUAAAAGGCGGAAUGAAUUUGAAGAAUGGCAUGUGGCAUGGCUUGCAGAAUGACAUAAUUAUGUGGAAUGUAAAUUAAAUAUACGCAGAAUGACCCAAAGAAAUAAAUUAAACUGAAAAGUGCGCCAUUUUUUGGCGCCAAUCAAUUUGCAAACACAGCCGCUGUUUUAAUGUUGCAGGCUCAACAUACGAUGACAAUCGCGGCCACGACGGCUCAUUGUCGAUUAGCCUUUUCAGCACAGCCACAAAGAUUCUUCUUGCCUUUAUUAGUCGGGCUGCGUGGCAGCACCGAUACUAUAUGACGAAAGUCGUCCAUUGAAGAAAAUAUAUUUUGGAAGGUCACACUCCCUUCUACUUUAUUUUUUUCUGCAGAAGAUGUUUGCACGAUUAACUUAACAGUUUCCUUUUACUUAUAGUUGUAUUUGAAACCGCGCGAGAAGUGUUUCACUUUCAGACGGUGGAGGUGCAUGGGUUACGUGAUCGUGACAUAAUAUUUAGAGAUGAAACAGAUCUUGCAUUUUGUUUCCUUGGCUGCGUGGUUACGUUUCCGGCACGCGAAGCUAACAGCUGGCGGAGAAGGGCGAGUGUGAAUCCUGGCAGUUAAGUGUGUGUCUUUUUCUCUUUUUUUUCCCUUCCUACCGUUUUAGCUUUUUUUUACGAUCAAACGCACACACUCACAUAAACAAGGAAGGUGCGAAGACACGCGGAAAGGUCGAAAGGAGACAGAGAGCAGCUCGCUUCACUUAAUUUCUGAAUCACAGAUUUGUUUUAGUCGGGGCGUUCUUUUAGUCUAAAAUAUGAUCUGAUUCGUCUACCGUAUUAAUUAACAAUCCCUAGAAUUGUAGCUAGCCGGACUUCACGUUCAACAAGCGUUCUUUUCCCUCUAGCGUUUUGACAUUUGACUGUAUUAUAAUGGUGGGCAGAAAGAGAAAAAGUAUUGUCGAAAACACCAAAAAUAAAUUAAGUAUUAGUAAACCUUAUCGCUACUCUCUGCUCUGCCUUGUUGGUUUGAGCCAGCAGUAAUAAAUGUAACUGCAAAGCAGUUGCUCACUCAAAUUGGCGCCAAAAAGAGGCUCGACAAAGAUGCUUUUCAGUUUUAUUUGUUUCUUUGCGCCAUUGUCCAUAUUUUACAUUCCCCAUAAUUAUGUCCUUCCGCAAGCCAUGCCACAUGCCAUUCCGCAAACUCCUUUUACCCUCACCGGUGUCGUUCUUACGGAGAAUUUCGACAGCUAGCGAGACAGACGAGCCAGUGACACGACUGGUACAGUCGACACUCGUGUACAUGUGUCAUGCUAUCUCAUUCAUGUCCUAUGAUGUAAGCGACUUGGAAAGGUUUCCGAUUUCACAGGAAGUAAUGCUGUUUUUUUUAUCCCGAGUACGAAUUUUCGUUUUUUGACUUUUCUCGUGUAUAAAAUUUUGCUUUAAGCCUCGGAAAACGUUAAAUGGAAGUCAAGAAACGUUGUUGGGUUCGUUUCUUUGUCUGGAUGUAAGCAGUAACAAAUAACGAAAGCUUGCCUUUUUGAAUUUCUCUCCCGCUUUCCGCCAUCGUAGAGAUCCCGCUUCCACAUGCACUUUUCAGAUGUGUAGAAAUGUGUAUUAGUCUGACAAAGUCAGGAUAUUGUCACACUUUUCCCCUAGUAAAAAGAAACUUGCCUUAAAAUUUUCAACUAAUUUUAACCGUCAAAGGGUUGUCAGUACAGGCUGAUGGUAAUAGCUGGAAGGGCCACGCAAAACAUACAACAAGUCUUUUAUACAGCACUAAACACGUUCGAUCUCCUGAUUGGCCAGGGAACGACCGCCUGCACACUGCUGAUAAGAAACAGGAAUUUCCUCGCAAUAAAAUGACAUUAUGAUUCCAUCUUCUCAUCAUAAUGUUUGUUUUUUGUCAUUCUUUGCUUAGUUCCGCACUUUUGAGUGGUGUGGAAGGGUGGAAAAGUCUUACAAAGUCAGGAUAUUGUCACAAUUUUCCUCUAGUCACGAACCCAUACAUAUAAAACUAAUUUUAAAAUAGUUGAAAAAUUAGACUAGGCUUAUUUACAGAUUUUUUAGCUUUGCCAUUUCUUGUCGGUCUUUUGUGUUCGGUCAGUCGCGUGCUAAGGUUUCUACCGGUUUCACCAUUGUAAGUGGCCUGGCAGUCGCAGCAUUUGAUCUUGUAUACUACUCCCUGUCUGUCCUCCAGUUUGUCCUUGUCCUUGACAAGUCGUUAUAAAGCUUCGAAAAGUGGUGAUCGGUUUGUGUGCAACACGUAUAUUGUAAGGUUACAGUCUACGGGCGAUAGUUUCAGAGGUUUCUCUGAUGUACGGUAUGGUCGCUGUCGUAACGGCCAGAGUUGACGAUGGUCUGGGUGUUGGAAUCAGUGUUUCUGUGAGUGUUCCGUCUAACAAAGUCCGUGUUGUAGUUGCUUUUACAAAAAGCGUUGUUUAGGUAGUCAGUCUCGUCUUGUAGGCUGUCAGGCGAGUAGCAAACUAAUUGCGCUAGUCUCGUCAAAGUCCGUAUAGUUGUAGCUUUGUAAGAGGUUUGGUUGUACGAUGACUGGUCUGGUAAUCUGUCGGUAUGUGUCGGUUUUCUGUAAAUUGUCGCGAGUGACCAAGUAGACUAGAAAAGAUAUCUCGUCAUUUUCCUCGAUCCCCUUGGUAAACUGUAUGUCCGCGUUCUGUCUGUUAAGGUGUUCGUGAAAAUCGUUGAUUUCGUCUUUGUAUGCAGUGGUAAAGUGUCGUCAACGUAGAGUAAUUCAAAGAGGUAUAGUUCGCGUGUAAGUAGCUAGGGCUUGUUCUUCGAAGUUUUGCAUAACAAUUUCUGCCACAACAACAGGAACGUGAGAGCCCAUAGCUGUACCGUGUAACUGUUUGUAGUGUUUGCUGUUGUACUGAAAGUACGUUGAAGUUAAGGAGGUAGUAGUAGUUCAACAGUAGAGUCCGUUCUCAGUACAGUCUAGAGCCAGUUAAAGUGGAAUACUGUUUGUUAUAAGAUCAUUCAAUGAAGUUAAAAUCGACAACUAGUAAAGACUAUUCUAACAUGUUCGUGUCCAAAGGAAGUAAAAAACACAACGCAUGCGGUUCCCCGUUUUUGGGGUGUACAUGUAAGUCAGUCAGGGGCCCCUAAGGGGGUCCCACAGGUUUCAAUGUUACAACAUUUCCCCCCUAACACGAUUCAAUGAGUCUUUGCGGCCUCGUAACUUAACGCCCUGAUCUGUUUGUAAUGGGAGUGUCUGUCUCUCUAGUUUCACUGGACUUGGUGCUGGCUUCUCAAAUACAAGUCUAUCUUGUAUUCGCAGGCGAGUCACGCGGUUGGGUACUUAUGGGAGGAGCCCUUGUCCUUGGGGUCAUGGGAGAAUUAGACUGCGAGCAGUCCCUUGCGAUGGUCACGCGAGCGAGGAAAGCGCGAGCGAGGAAAUCGAGCGAAGCGAGCGAAAGCCGAGGGGAAGCUGGGGAGAAGGCGGGAAAGGAGCCUCUCUCUCUCGCCUUUCUCCAGUUUCCCUCUCGGCCAAUUCGCUCUCUCCAGUCCUGCCGAGCUUAGACUUGAUUGACUGAAGAGGGACUGCUCGCAGUCUAUGGGAGAAUCACUUGGAAUAGAGAUGAUCUGUCGUCUAUUUCUCCUGUAAGUACGUCCAUAUUCAUCUAGCAUGUAUGAUCUUGGCAUUACUUCAGCUUUGCGCCAUUCUCUCUCACCAUUUGGACGAAACCGCACCUUGCCCCCAACUUCCAGUGGAGGCAAGUCUCUACUCUGCUUGCCACAAUUAGACUUGGCAUUUAUGCUGUCUCUGAUUAAGCGUUUUCAUAACAUGAUAACGAUCCACUGCCUGAGGCAACAAGAGACGUCGACGAGUUGGUAGCGGAGCUCCAAGCGUGGGGCUUCGCGCCGAGCGUGGGCGGAGCCCCAUAACUUAGAAAAUCUACCCAUCCCAGAAAAUCUGGUAAUCAAGUGACCGUACACCGAGCGAGCGAGCGAGCGAGCGACCGUCCAUCCGCUCCACAGGAUAACCAAUGUUUACUCUCACACUUUCUAGCUAGUUUGGGAGCCCAAGAGCAAACUUAUUGCACAUCAAUGUUGUGAUCAAUUGACAGCUGUCAAAACAGGAUAUCCGCUGAACAGUAUCACCUGACCGUACCGCGGGCUCAAGUGUCGACCCAUCGAGGUCUAGUAUGUUUCGAAGUUAUCCGCUGACAAAUUACCAGUUUCAAAUGAUCGCAGGCUCAAGUUUAUUUUUUCCAGUGAUUCACAUGAAAUAUGUUGUGUUUAAGUCACUAUGGCCCCUCGCUAUUAGGAUUUUGAUUUCAAACUGACCUCGGACGCGAAAAUUCAGCCAGGUUUUUAAAAUUACAGGCGGGGAAGACCUUUUCUUACCAUGGUCACACGUUGGUCACUCACUACGUCCAAUUUUUAUUCUCUGAUUGGUCAAAAUUUGACAGGUGAGUUCAUGCGGAAAAUUUAUGCAGCAUGUUGAAAGUUGUUUACUUUGACAGCUGAAGGUGACAGUGUUUUGUGUCAACUUGUUGUUUUUUACUGUCUUUUUCCUCUGGAUGUACAAAAUGAAAUACAGCUGCUAUCAAGAGUCUUCUGUUAUUCAUGGCUGGUUUGUUUAUUGGGUUUUUGGUUGAGAAAUGCGUCGCUUGUCAAAAUUCGGUAAUCCGAUUUCGCAUGGCAUCGUUUUCACUUUUCACCUUGCUCAACGCGUAAGAGGGUUUAAAAGUCUCAAGCAACUGUGGUCUUCCUUGAUAGCUUUCAGGAACUGAAUCUCGAAAGGUAAGCCUGAGUAAUUAUUGAAUUCUAAACCACCUGGCGGGUGUUUCCCAGGGUCAUCCACAUUUGUCGACAGGUACGGAUUGCGAAGAGCUGCAUUCUUUGAAGAUUGGCGAAAAAGUUCAGGUCGCUGCGAAAGGGAACAUCUGCUUAGAACCGGUCAUCACUUUUAUUCACCGUGAACAAGAGAAAUUGCAAGAAUUCCUUAGCAUCACCACAACAAAAAACAAUAACUUGAAGAUAACCGAAGACCAUCUUCUCUUUGUGGAAAAGAUUGGCCUCUCACAAGCCAUUCCCGCCAGGGAUGUCCAAAUUGGAGACACAGUGUACGUGAAACAGAAUGGCCUCAUGAAGACUGCUACAGUCCAAGACAUCAGCACCGUGUAUGAGAAAGGUGUUUACACCCCGGCCAGUGACCCGCAGUGGCACUAUUCUGAUCAAUAGCUGUGGUCACACUACAGACGUUUUACCUAGGUAAACACGACUUGUUGACAGUUUACCUAGGGAAACUUGAUUUUUUAAGUGUGACCGAUUUUUCCCCAGGUAACUUACCUCGGGAAAAUUUUAUCCUCUGGAUCUUGGAUAUGUCUCGAAAACAAUAGAGUUUCCCUUGGCAGCUACCCCAAAGCAAUAGCUAGGGAAAAAUAAAAUACCGAGGUUGCUAGCCAAUAGAAGCUCAUCGGCGAAGGUCUUGAUGACAGACCCGGACAUAGAUCACGCUGUGAAAGAUAUUUUGGGAGCACGAGUCGUCUACGUCUUCGCCUUUCUUCACCUUGCACUUUGAAUUAGCGUAAGAAUUAAACAGCGAGAUAAAAGAAAAAAACGUCUCUUUGAUCAGCUAGAUCCCUGCGCAUUUUGUCUUCUUGAAUUUACGCUCCAAAAAAUUCAACUGGCGUGAAAACUUUGGGAGCCGAAUUAUCAGUAAUGUGACCUUACCAGAAUUUAGGUAAAACAAAACCAGAGAUGAAUUUACCUAGGCAGAUUUUUGAUGAAUUUGCCCUAGGUAAAUCGGUUUUACCUACGUAAAAGUCUGUAGUGUGACCACAGCUAAUGAUGUGCACACCUCCUGCUACUUUGAUGUGUUAUCUCACAAGUUGUCCCAGCGGGCCAUGGCAGUUCCUCGCGCUGUAUAUCAUGUUUGCCCUGGGAUUUUACGCUGGAUUAGCGGUUUUGGAGAGAAAGAUGGAUUUCCGGGCUGGUGUAGACUGGCUCAUAAAAUCCUAACCUAG